AAGCACCAUCUGGGCCCUCCUGAGCAGUUUGAGCAUUCCCAACCUCGCCUCGGGUGGAGGGAUUGCGAGGAGGGAAAGCAAAACUACACGGCCUCUAUUCUGUGUAGUUUUGUUUUUUUUCGGGGGAUAUUUCGAGGCUCGACCGUUCUCAUCUUGGAUUUUUCUGGAAAAACCUUCCUGGAUAAGGAGACCGUUGCUCGUUGCUCUGACGGGCUCCGUCCCAUCAUUUCAGGCACUCUUGUGAUACAAGGUGCCGAUCAUCAUGUCAACUCAAGCGCCGACGUUCACGCAGCCGCUACAGAGCGUCGUGGCACUGGAGGGUAGUGCCGCCACGUUCGAGGCUCAAGUUAGUGGUUCUCCAGUUCCUGAGGUGAGCUGGUUCCGUGAUGGCCAGGUACUUUCUGCUGCCGCUCUGCCCGGCGUUCAGAUCUCGUUCAGCGAUGGCCGCGCUGUUCUGAGGAUUCCUGCUGUGACCGCCGCGCACAGCGGACGAUUUUCUGUCAGAGCCACCAACGGUGCUGGACAAGCCACAAGCACAGCCGAACUCUUAGUUACAGCGGAGACGGUGCCUCCGAGCUUCAUUCAGAGACUACAGAGCUCCACGGUGAGACAGGGCAGCCAGGUGAGGCUGGAUGUUCGAGUCACCGGGAUCCCCGCACCUGUGGUAAAAUUCUACAGAGAAGGGGCCGAGAUCCAGAGCUCCACCGACUUCAGAAUCAUCCAGGAUGGAGACCUGCACAGCUUGCUGAUUGCUGAAGCCUUCCCAGAGGAUUCUGGGACGUAUUCGGUGACAGCCACCAACAGCAGCGGACGGGCCACCUCCACAGCCGAACUGCUGGUUCAGGGCGAAGAAGCCGUUCCAGCAAAGAAAACAAAGACCUUGAUUUCAACCGCCCAGAUUUCAGAGACCCGACACACCAGAGUAGAAAAGAAGAUGGAGGCCAGUUUCCAGGCCUCCGCCAUGAUGGAGAUGCAGAUAGAGGGCGCAGAGCUGGCUCACAAGACUCCACCCAGAGUUCCUCCGAAACCCACAUCCAAGUCACCAACUCAGCCAUCACUGGUGGCCAAGGUGACCGGGGGACGGCAACAGUCACCGUCACCUGUCAGACAUGUGAAGGCACCCACACCCACGCCUGUCAGGGCAGUCCCGUCCCCUAUCGCCGCACACAAGCAGGCCGCCGGUGACGUCCUCCCGCCCUGGAAGCAGGAAGACUACGUGGCCGAGGGCAGGACUGUCACUCAGUUGGUCCGGGAGCAGCAGGUCACCAUGGUCAAACAGGCUGAGGGAGGGAAAAGAGCGGGGGCAGUGGCCACCGUGGUGGCUGCCGUCGACCUCGCUCGUGUCCGUCAGCCCGCGCUUGUCGAGGGGGGUCGAGCUGAAGAGGACGAGGCUGUAGAGGUGGACUUAAGGCAGCAGGCCGCCGCCGUGGCUGCUGAUCAAAGCUAUCAAGCUGCUUUGACAUCAACAAGAGUGCAAAGUGGGCACAUGCUUUCUACUGCUCAGGAGUUUACACGUGAAGCAGCCGUGCUGCAGCCUCAGAUUCAGGGAGUGACAGAAAUCUCCUCCCGUGUGGACACUGGUCUCACCCCGUCUCCAGUUCCACAAUUCACAGUUUCUAAAGUGUCUGUCCCAAAACUCGAGUCUAGCAGUGAGGUUUCCAUCGCCGGCUCGGCCAUGGCCACUCUGCACAAAGAGUUAUCCUCGUCUUCUGCCACUAUUCGAAAGAUCAUCAAGCCUGUCAAGUCUCCCAGUCCAUCUCGCAGAGUAGCAGAGACCAGAGAGCUGCUGGAGACCAUCCCACCACCGUUCAAACACUUCACUGACAAAUAUCAGAGUCGUUCUGGCUCUGAGUUACAGACCGGGGUGGUGUACUCAGGCAGAAUGGAGAGAAUGUAUGAGGACUGGGGAGCCCAGGUGGUGGAGGCAGCUGCGGUGCCUUCUGCCGGUGGUGCCGUGGUCCCUCCCACGCUGAUUUCUGGAUUGAAGAACACAAAUGUGAUCGAGGGCGAGUCUGUGACCCUGGAGUGCCAGAUCAGCGGUCAUCCCACCCCCAUCAUUAUGUGGUUCAGAGAGGACUACAAGAUUGAGAGCUCCAUUGAUUUCCAGAUCACCUACGAGAACGGAUUUGCCAGACUGGUGAUCCGUGAAGCAUUCGCUGAAGACAGCGGCCGCUUCACCUGCACAGCUACCAAUGAGGCGGGAACUGUCAGCACGUCCUGUUACCUGCUUGUCCAGGUGUCUGAAGACAUCGAGAGCAGAGAGGAGAUUGCUGUUGUUACAGAACAUGUUGAAACUGCUCAAUUAAGAGAAACCAGAGAGGAGACCCAGGUGAGCAUGGUGGAGUCAGAGUCUGCUGCUGCUGCUCCCUUCUUUAUCAAGAAACCCACCAUCCAGAAGCUAGUGGAGGGUGGAAGUGUUGUGUUUGAAUGUCAGAUUGGGGGAAGCCCCAAACCACACAUCAUCUGGAAGAAGAGUGGUGUCCCACUCACUACCGGAUACAGAUACAAAGUUGCCUACAAGAAGGAGACUGGAGAGUGCCGUUUAGAGAUCUCCAUGACCUUCGCCGAUGACGCUGGAGAAUAUGCCGUGUUUGCCAAGAAUAAGCUUGGAGAAGUCUCUGCCUCCGCCAGUCUGCUGGAGGAAGAGGAAUAUGAAGCCUACAUGAAGAAACAGGAAGCAAUGUUUAAGACUGAAGUGACAUCCAUUGUGCAAGAGCCCAAGGUGGGAGAUAUUCCCCCUGUCACUGUCACAACAAUGGAGAAGAUAACCACCACCAUUAUCUCUGGACAGGAAUUCCAUCUGUCUGUCAUCGAGCAGAGGAUCAUCCAGGAGAUUGAGUUUACCAUUAUGAAAAUCAGCUACAGAGAGAUUGUGACAGAGGAUGGAGAGUUGAUGGUGACUGCCACUGAGACUGAGGCGGUACAGCCAGCCUUUGACACUCCAGUGAAAAGUUACAGGAUCAUGGAGGGGAUGAGCGCUACUUUCCACUGCAAGAUGUCUGGAAUGCCGCUCCCCAAGAUUGCUUGGUUCAAAGAUGGCCAGCGUAUUAGGGCUGGAGACCAUUACCAAAUAGAGGUUCUUCAGGAUGGACGGGCCAGCCUUCGUCUGCCUGUAGUGAUACCCGAAGAUGAAGGCGUGUACACCGCGUUUGCCACCAACAUGAAGGGUAAUGCUGUCAGUUCUGGGAAGCUCUAUGUGGAGCCAUGUGAAACAGUAACACCUCAGCAAUUCACACCACAGCCAGCAGUGCAGAGGAUCAGGUCCACAUCUCCUCGCUCUCUGAGCCGCUCACCUGGCCGUUCUCCCAGUCGUUCACCUGGACGUUCUCCUGCUCGUCGGCUAGAUGAGACUGAUGAGGCUCAGCUAGAAAGACUCUACAAGCCUGUUUUUGUCAUGAAGCCUUCAUCAUAUAAAUGUUCUGAGGGACAAACUGCCAGAUUUGACCUGAAGGUUGUGGGCAGACCAAUGCCUGAGACGUACUGGUUCCACAAUGGGCAACAAAUAGUUAGUGACCACACCCACAAGAUCGUGGUUAAAGAGGAUGGCACUCAGUCCCUGAUCAUCGUCCCAGCUUUGCCACAAGACUCCGGGGAGUGGACUGUGGUGGCUCAGAACAGAGCUGGACGCACAUCCAUCUCCGUCACUCUCGCUGUUGAUGCCAAGGAAACCCUGGUGCGUCCACAGUUCACUGAGAAACUGAGGAACAUCAGUGUGAAGCAGGGCACUCUGGUUGAACUGGCUGUCAAAGCCAUUGGAAACCCACUGCCUGAUAUCGUCUGGCUGAAGAACAGCGACAUCAUCACCCCACACAAGCACCCAAGCAUCAAGAUUGAAGGAACCAGAGGAGAGGCUAAAUUCCAGAUCCCAUCAGCAGCUGGCUCAGACAGCGCCUGGUACACCGCUACAGCCAUCAAUAAGGCUGGCAGAGAUACCACUCGCUGCAGAGUCAAUGUUGAGGUGGAAUAUGCUGAGCCUGAACCAGAGAGGAAACUCAUCAUUCCCAAAGGAACAUACAAAGCCAAAGAGAUCGCUCCUCCAGAGGUGGAGCCGCUUCAUCUGCGAUAUGGUCAAGAGCAAUGGGAGGAAGGCGACCUUUAUGACAAAGAGAAGCAGCAAAAACCACAGUUCAAGAAGAAGCUGACAUCUGUCCGCAUGAAGCGCUUCGGUCCAGCUCAUUUUGAGUGCAGACUGACUCCUAUUGGUGACCCCACAAUGGUGGUGGAGUGGCUGCACGACGGCAAACCUCUGGCUGCUGCUAACAGAUUGCGCAUGGUGAAUGAAUUUGGUUACUGCAGCCUGGACUAUGAAGCCGCUUAUGCUAGAGACAGCGGCGUCAUUACCUGCAGAGCGACCAACAAGUACGGAGUUGACCAAACCUCAGCCACCCUGAUUGUCAAGGAUGAGAAGGGCCUUGUUGAGGAAACACAACUUCCUGAAGGAAGGAAAGGUGCCCACCGGAUCGAUGAGAUAGAGCGUUUGGCUCAUGAAGGUGGACCUUAUGGAGUCACUGCUGAAGAAGAAACAGAGAAGAUGAAGCCUGAGAUCGUCCUUGUUCCAGAACCAAUCAGAGUUUUAGAGGGUGAAACGGCUCGAUUCCGCUGCAGAGUGACCGGAUAUCCAGCACCAAAAGUUAACUGGUACCUCAAUGGACAACUUAUCCGCAAAAGCAAGAGAUACAGACUUCGCUAUGAUGGCAUUUACUACUUGGAGAUAACUGACAUCAAAUCAUAUGAUUCAGGGGAGGUCAGAGUCGUAGCAGAUAACAAUCUGGGCUCCGUUGAGCAUGUCGUAAAACUGGAGAUUCAGCAGAAGGAGGACUUCAGAACUCAUCUGCGCCGUGCCCCUGAGGCUAAGCCAGCUGAGGCUGCACCUGAACCUGGAAAAGUACCAUUUGAGGUAGUUAAAGCUGAAAAGCCUACAGAGGACACUCAGCUGAAAGAGGUCGUCAAACUCAAGAAGGCCCAGAGAAUUGUCCAUGAGAAAGCCAGUGAGGAGUCAGAGGAGCUGAGGAGUAAGUUCAAGCGCAGGACAGAGGAAGGCUAUUACGAGUCUAUUACCGCAGUGGAUCUCAAGUCUCGCAAGAGAGAUGACUCCUAUGAGGACCUGCUGAGGAAGACAAAGGAGGAACUGCUUCAUCGUGCCAAGGAGAAGGAGGAGGCUGAGAAGAAGAAGGAGGAAGAGCGUCGCCAAGUUACUGCCAAGCCUCUAAAACCAGAGAGGGUCAAGCUCUCACCCAGCAUGGAAGCGCCAAAGAUCCUUGAGCGUAUCACCAGCCAGACAGUCGCACAGGGUGACGAAGUCAAGUUUAGAGUCAGAGUUGUCGGCAGACCAGAACCUGAGUGUCAGUGGUUCAAGAAUGGAGUUCAGCUGGAGAAGUCUGACCGUGUCUACUGGUACUGGCCUGAGGACCAUGUUUGUGAACUGGUGAUCAGGGAUGUCACAGCAGAGGAUUCUGCCAGUGUCAUGGUUAAAGCUUCCAGUACUGCUGGAGAGACUUCAAGCCACGCUUUCCUGUUGGUGCAAGCAAAACAAGUCAUUAACUUCACUCAGAAGUUGGAGGACGUCAGUGCCAAGGAGAAGGAUACCGUGGCUACCUUUGAGUGUGAAACCAACGAGCCUUUUGUGAAGGUCAAAUGGCUGAAGAAUAAUGUGGAGAUCUUCUCUGGAGACAAAUACAGAAUGCACUCUGACAGAAAGGUUCACUUCCUGUCUGUGCUGAUGAUCGAAAUGAGGGAUGAUACUGAAUAUACAUGCGUGGCUGUAGAUGAUGAUACUGUCAGGACAGCCGCCAAGCUUAAUGUUGAAGGAGCUCCUCUGGAGGUGUUAAAGCAGCUGGAGAGCACCGAGGUGCCCGAGACUUACUCCGGAGAGUUUGAAUGUAUUGUCUCUCGUGAAGAUGCCGAAGGCAGCUGGUACUUUGGAGAUAAUCUGCUGACUCCUGGCAGUAAAUACGUCAUCUCCUCCCGCCGUGGAAGACACACUCUCUCUGUGAAAGACGUCAAGAAGGAAGACCAGGGAGAAUAUACCUUCAAAGUGGGCGAGUUUAAGACAAGUGCCUCUCUGAAGAUGAAAUUGCGUCCAGUGACCUUGAUGCAGCCUUUGUCUGACAUGACCGUCUGCGAGGGUGACAUCGCUCAGCUUGAGGUCAAGUUCUCCCAGGAGAAUGUUGAAGGAACCUGGAUGAAGAAGGGGCAGCCCAUCACAGCCUCCAGCCGUGUGCAUAUAGUUAUUGACAAACAAAUUCACAAACUCCUUAUAGAAGAUACAACCAAGGACGACUUUGGAAUGUAUUCCUUCGAGGUUCCUGAUCAUGGAAUUUCAACCUCUGCAAAGCUGGUCAUUCAGACUAUUGGCAUCCUGAUCCCACUGAAGGACAGUCAUGCAAUUGAGGGUACAAAGGUCGUCCUAGAGGCAAAGAUCUCUGCUCAGGACAUCAGCUCAGUCAAAUGGUACCACAAUGACAACCUGCUGACAGCCAGUGAGCGAAUCCAGAUGGUGGCAAAGGGAGCCAAGCAGCGCCUGGUUUUCACCAGAACAUACGCCUCAGAUGAAGGACACUACAAACUGGUGGUUGGCCGAGCUGACACCAGCUGCAGAUUUACUGUUGAGCCUGUCCAGAUUGUGACACCAAUGAAAGACAAACAGUGCUCCGAGUCUGAAAAUGUCACCUUCGAGGUCGAGGUCUCUCACCCAGGCAUUGACGCUUUCUGGACCUUUAAGAGGCAGCCGAUUAAAGCUGGUCCCCAGUACAAGAUGGAGUCCAAGGACAAGAGGCAUAGGCUCACGGUCAUGAAUGCAAUGAAGGAUGAAGAGGGCGAGUACAUGUUUGCUGCUGGUGAGAAGAUGUGCAGUGCUUCACUCACCGUAACAGGUGGUGCCAUUAAGAAGCCCCUACAUGAUUUGGUGGUAGCUGACUCCCAGACCGCUGUGCUGCAGUGUGAAGUUGCUAACCCAUCCGCAGAGGGCAAGUGGCUAAAAGACGGUCAGCCUGUUGACUUCAACGAGAACGUGCUGAGCGAGGUGGACGGUGCUGUCAGACGCCUCGUUAUCAUCAUCACUAAGGCCACUGACGUUGGAGAGUACACUUACCAGGUCGCCACCUCCAAGACCUCAGCCAACCUGAAAGUCGAGGCUGUCAAAGUCAAGAAGACCCUGAAGAACCUGAAUGUAGUCCAGACUCAAGAAGCCACGUUCAGCCUUGAACUGACCCAUGAGGAUGUAAGGGGAGCACAGUGGAUCAAGAAUGGCGUUGAGAUCCAGCCCAGUGAUAAAUAUGAAAUCAGUAUUGAAGGCACACUUCACACAUUGAAGGUCAAGAACUGCAGCACACAGGAUGAGUCUGUUUACUCCUUCAAACUGGGAAAACUGUCUGCAAGUGCCAGACUCAAUGUGGAAACCAUUAAGAUCCUGAAGAAGCCAAAGGAUGUGACAGCACUGUCAGGAGCAACAAUUGUAUUUGAAGUUGGCAUCUCAGAGGAUGACAUCCCAGUGAAAUGGAUGUUCAAUGACAAAGACCUGGUGUCUGACGAGCGCUACAGCAUUAUCUCUGAGAAGAAGAACCACAAGCUGAUUGUCCACGACGUGGACGACAGCGUGCAGGGCAACUACAUUGCUGUCAUAGGACACCUGCAGUGCAGCGCUCACCUCGUUGUUGAGUCUCUACGUGUCACAAGGCCCAUGAAAAACGUGGAGGUCACAGAGACUCAGGUGGCCACAUUUGAAUGUGAAGUUUCUCACUUCAAUGUCCCGUCCACCUGGCUGAGGGAUGGUGUGGAGAUUGAGAUGAGUGAGAAGUUCAGGAUUGUGGUUCAAGGGAAACUCCAUCAGCUGAAGAUCAUGAACACCAGCAAUGAAGACUCUGCAGAGUACACUUUUGUCUGUGGGAACGACCGCGUCUCUGCAACGCUAAUCGUUAACCCUAUUCUGAUCACAACGAUGCUUGAAGACCUGAACGCUCAGGAGAAGGACACGGUCACAUUUGAGGUGAAUGUGAACUACGAGGGAAUAACGUACAAGUGGCUGAAGAACGGCGUGGAGAUCCGCUCUACGGACCGCUGCCAGGCUCGCUGCAAACAGCUCACUCACUCUCUGAGCAUCAGGAAUGUUCACUUUGGAGACAGUGCCGAGUACACCUUCAUGGCUGGCUCUGCAGUCACUUCAGCUAAACUUCACGUUGAGGCCCGUGUGGUUGAAUUCACCAAACACCUGCGGGACCUGAAGAUCACAGAGAAGAAGAGGGCAACAUUUGAAUGUGAAGUUUCUGAACCAAACAUCCAGGUGAUGUGGAUGAAAGAUGGUCAGGAGCUGGAGCUGUCCGACAGGUACAAAAUGACAUCGGACCAGUUUGUGCACCGUCUGGUUCUGCCCUCUGUGCGUCUGUCGGAUGCCGGUGAAUACACCGCUGUGGCCGGUUCAAGCAUGUCCAAGGGCCACCUGGCAGUCGAGGGAAGAGAUGUCAGAAUCUCAGAGCCAGCCACCAGGGACAUCACGGUUGUUGAGAAGCAGAGAGCCACUUUUGAGUUUGAGGUGAAUGAGGAUGAUGUAGAAGGUCACUGGCUGAGAAAUGGAGUGGAGCUCCAGUUCACUGUGGAGGAGAGGUUCAAUUAUGCCACCAUCAGGAAGCUCCACCGUCUCACCAUCUCUGAGACCUUCAGGAGCGAUGCUGGAGAGUACACCUUUUUAGCCGGCAAAAACAGGAGCUCUGUGAACCUCCACGUCAGAUUGCCAGAGCCACCUCAGAUCAUCCGGGAGAUGCAGCCCCAAACCGCGAUCUCGGGCAGGUCAGUUCGCUUCUCGACACAGGUGAGCGGCCUUCCUCAGCCUCAGGUGUUCUGGUACAAAGAUUCUGAGGUUCUGUCCACGAGCUACAAGUGCAAGUUCCUCCAUGAUGGAGAUGAGCAUACGCUGCUGCUGCUUGAAGUCUUCCCUGAAGAUGCAGGCAUCUAUAGCUGUGAGGCCAAAAACAACUACGGAGAGGUGACGAGCUCUGCAUCUCUCACUGUGGAAGUUCCGGAGGUGGUUGAAGCCGUGGCUCAGGUUUCCCCUCCAGUCCUCAUCGCUCCCAUGAGGGACCUGCUGAUCUCAGAAGGACAUCCUGCCCAGUUCCAGUGCAGCGUCUCUGGGGAAGAUCUGCAGAUUUCUUGGUUCUGCAAUGACAGAGAGAUCAAACAGUCGGACAUCUUCAGGAUGUCUCAUUAUGAUGACACCUGCCUGCUGGAGAUUUCCCGAGUUCUUCCCAGCCUUGAAGGAGAGUACUCGUGUGUUGCUACAAAUUUGGCAGGAAUGGUCACAUGUGCCGCCACUCUGAAUAUUGAUGAUAAAAAAGCCUUAGCUAGCGUGUCAAGCACUGGGGCUGAGGCUAAGCUAUUUCAGAGACUGGAGGCUCAGAGUGAGAGUUUCAGCUCUCUGUCAGUGGGACAAACAGCCCACAGUGUUGAGUUUACUGAGACGAUCACCGAGAGCUCCUCUGUGUCUUGGAGCACGAUUGAGAUAAGCUCGAUGGAGAGGAGCUCUGAGAGCAGCUUUGACUUCAAACUCUCAGCCAGCCCGAAGCUGCUGAUGGAAAUGAGCGAUGUCCGAGUGAAAAGUGGUGAAAUGGCAGAGUUCAGCUGCUCAUUCGACGGCCAGCCCUUCUCCGGGGUGGUAUGGGAACAUAACGGCGAGAGCCUGGUGGACACCGAGCGGGUGAGAAGCUCUCAGAGCGGUGGCUUUUUGUCCCUGGUCAUCCAGGGCGUCGGUGUGGUGGACCAAGGCACGUACCGCUGCACCGCUACCAACGAACAUGGCCACAACAGCUCCUCUGCUCAGCUCACUGUUGAAGCUAAAGAAGCAAAUCUCAAAGCAGAAACCCCCAUCCCUACCGAUUCAGUGCGCAAAGUGUUACAGGCACACAGGGAGAGCCCUAGAGAUCCCUCUGACCAAGACAAGCAGGAGGUGGUGGAGAAGCCAGGACCAUCACCUCCAUCUUCCCAGAGACCUUACAGCCUCAUCAGCCUGUUGUAUUUCCCUGAUGUCGUGCCUAAUGAAUACCGAGGUCAUCGCCCUUCCAGCUGCCCCGACUUCCUGAUCAAACUCCCCCCUGAGCUGCUGAUCAGAAACAAAGGCAGUGGCUCCCUGAAUUGCGUCGUGAAGGGGCUUCCCACUGCGUUUGUCAUUUGGCUUUACAACCAGUUGAAUGCUGAGGAAACUGUGUGUUACUCUGUGAAAAAUCAAGACCCCUCAAGCUGUAUAAAAGUUAACAAUGUGGGACCUGGAAAAGGGGGCUCUUACGUUUGCAAAAAUAUCAGCUCAGCCGGAGAUGCUGAGCGCAGCACAGUGACGAAAGUAACUACAGAGGAGAAGGUGACUCAGGUCCAGGAGGAGAUAAAAGUCUUCUGUAGCUCAGCCGUCACAGUGGAAGAGGAAACCCAGGAGUCAUACUUCACUGGCAUAAAGUUAGCAGACAAAACCAAAACACUUGAACUCGAACCAGAGUCUAAACGCUUCUCCAGCACUUUGGAAAAGAAAAAGGAAAAACCAGUUUUCCUCAGUGGACUUUCUCCGGCAGCUGUGACUGUCGGAGAAACGGCUACGUUUACCGUCAGAGUGUCCGGCUUCCCUAAGCCCACCGUCCAGUGGUUUCACAACGGGCACACUAUAACCAGUUCAUCCGUGUAUACAUUUAUUCACGAACACGAUGAGUACAGCUUGGUGAUUAACACAGUUCACAGGGAAUGUGAAGGAGAGUACUCCUGCACGGUCAGCAACAGAUUUGGCCAGUCAACCUGCACUUCCUACCUGCACGUUCAGGUGAAGGAGCCAGAAAAGCAGGAAAGAGCCGCGGAGAGAACAUUUGCAGUGACUGGUAAGCGCCCAGAAUUCACUAAAACUAUAGAAUCUCUUCAGCGGCAGGAGGGGGCUCAGGGUGUCUUCAGUUACACUGUGACUGGAGAUCCUCUCCCUGAGGUCCAGUGGCUUAAAGGCACUUCCCACAUCCAGCCUAGUGGGUUCUGUAUCAUUGUGAACAACCCAGAUGGAUCCGGGUUAAUUAACAUUAAGAGUGUCAAACAGGAGCACAGCGGCAUUUACACCUGUAAGGCCUCAAACCAGUACGGGGAAGCCUCCUGUACUGCAGAGCUGCUGGUGUUCAGGGAGAAAGCUCAGGAAGAGGACACGUUAGUACAGAAAACACAAGGUUUGACGAUAUCGAUGGCAGAACAAACCGCAGAACUCAGAUUUCACCAGGAAAGAUCCCGGUCUGAACACAUGAUCUAUACCAUUAGUACUGGAGACCGACAGAUUAUUCCCAGUGAAGAGGUGGAAACGCUCAGAGAGCUCAGCAUCUCUUCUGCCACCCUUCAUCGUGAGCAACUUACCCACCAGGCAGCGGUGCUGCAGUCCCAUGAAAUAGAGGAGAGGGUUUCAUUAGCCCCCAGCCAUCCACCUCAGGUCUCAGCUGUCCCUGUUAAACAGCAUCACGUGGCUGCUUUCUUAUCCUCAGUCCAGGAGAGACAAAAGAUCACAGCGCAGCACUCUGAACGGAUUCUCAGCCCCGAGGUGGUUGAGCUGGAGUCAGCCAAAGAGCAACCGCCCAAGCUCAUGUCAGCUACGUCUGAGGAGGUCCUUCCCCUCAGCACGGUGAGAGCUGAGGCACUGAUAGGUCAGAGUCCAGAACACGUAAAGACCUCCAGCGAGCCGAGGCAACUUGUUACUAGUCACCAGGUCGAGCUCGCUGUACCUAUCGCUGAUGAAAUCUCAGAAGACAUGCACAGAAAAGAGGAGGAGAGGAGCUUCAGAGUCACAGAGGGGGUAAAGAUUUUAUACUCGGCUCAGUAUGCAGGACAGCUUCAACUUACAGAAGGACACACUGAGCAUCUUCCAGCUUUAGAUGCAGACAUUAAAGGUUCAGCUGGCAAAGAGCAGCCGAAACCAGUGGUAGCACCAGUGAGUGAAGCCAGAGUGGCUUUAUCCAAAGAGCAAAAGCUUGAAACACAAAGACCAGAGCAGGAGAGCAUUACCCCGUGCAAAGACAUGGUUUAUAAUUCAGCCGUACAGACCGAAGAGAAAUAUGAGCUCUGUGCUGAUCAAACAGGACAAGUGCCACAUGGGGCAUUUUCUGUAAGUGUGCAGCCACAGCAGGAGGGAGAACAGCUUCUGAAUCUGCAGGUUAUCAGUGAUCAGGAUGUUUUACUGUGUGAGGGGAGGUUGAGCAGUGAAAAACCUCCAACAGAACAAGCAGAAGCGAGGAAAAGUCCGACUUUGCUGCAUUCAGUGACUCAAGAAGAACAGAGGACUGUAGUUUGUGAGGCAGCUUCAGAAUUCGAAACAAAGAUGAACGCCACCUCUGUCCAGCCAAAGCAAGAGUUGGUGCAACCAAAACGCCUUCAGUCGGUCCAUUCUCUAACAGUUUUACCAAAAGAAGGCAUACUCGCUGUCACCAAACCUGACCAGCAGGUGGCAGCACAGAAGCUGGAAAAGGCUAGAUGGCAUGCAGCUACCUCAGAAGAGAGAAUGGAGGUCACUGCGGAUUACCACAAAGAUCUUGACAUGUCUGCGAUCAGCGCUCGACCACAGCCGCGUACUGAGUCCAGGCCUCUGCGCAGCCUUGCUGUGUCCUCCCAGCCCAUGCAGCUCCCAAAAGAGACUCCUUUUGUUACGAGCGUCACGCAACAGCGAGCAUUAGUCCAGAAAGAGGAUUACUGGAAUAUCAUGCAGUCUUUGAUCAUCACAAACAAUCAAAGUCUGGAAGAGGGUCACACUACUAGCUUCGAAACUGAUGAAAAAUUUAAGCCUGAGAUUAAAGUUGAGGCCAAGAUACCAAAAAAGCCAGUUUUCAUAGAGGAAAAAGCUAUGGCCACCGAAAGCUGCACUAUCUUAGAGGCGGCUGAGGGGGACUUUGUAGUCCAGAUCCAGGAAGGUCAGUCGGUCCGACAGUCAGUGUUUCUAGAAGAAAAACAAGUCAUCGUAGGAGAGCGGUCGAGUGAGAUUGGUAAAUUGGAGGGCACCGCAGUCAGUGUUAAGACACAGCCUAAAGGGUUUCUUUUUGUCCCAGAGGCUCAGGAUGCUCUGACUCUACCUAAGGAACUGAAUUUCAUCAUUUAUGCCCCCAAACCAUCUAGUUUGAAUGUACGACAUCAGCUCAGAGAUGCUCUUCACUCAGCUGUGGCCAGUAAUCCACCAGUUUUACUGGCUGAUGUUGUUGGAAGACUAGAGGCAGCGGAGGUCCAUGAGGUCAAGGUUCAGAGAGAGCCCAGGCAGGCUGCAUGUUCCUAUCUUAUCACAUCUCCAGGUUCCCCCCUGGAGAUCACGCUGACUUUUGAAGGUGAUUACCCUCAGACAGCUGACCUUAGGCAUGAACUCCAGGUAGCUUUGCAUGCUAUGGUUUCCCAAGAACAGCCGAGUCUUACAUCAGAGCAGCCAGGCACCGUGCACACUGAUAAGCCUCAAAAAGUGCAGGUCAGCUCAGUGUCCUCCAAGGAGGUGUUGUCUUCUGUGGUGGACUCUGUGGUGGUGGCAGAGAGCGCAGGCAGUUUACUUCCUGCUGUAUCUCAGUCUGCAGCUCUGACGACAGAAGCCAGGGCUUCCUUUCAAAGUGCGACACUUCAGAGCCAAACCGAGGUCCACGAGUCCAAGAGCAGCAGGACUGUUAGAUCAGAGAAGGACGGCACAGUAUGCCAGGCUGAACAGCAUGUGGACAUUUUUGUCCACAGAGAAACCAGAGAGGAAUAUCUUUCAGAGGCAAUCAUGAUCAGUGAGUCUUCGGACAGUAUCACUGAUUAUCCCGUCAUCGUAGAUGUUCUGGAGGAUGUCUGUGCUGAGGAAAAUGGCAAGGCUGUGCUUACUGCCAGUGUUAAAUACGUCACCAAAGUUAGCUGGUUUUUCAAUGGGAAGCUGGUGAAAUCUGGCAAAGAGUUCAAGUGUUUUAAAGACCGUGACACAUACACACUAGUUAUUGACAACGUUGUCAAAGACCGCCAUCAAGGAGAGUAUGUCUGUGAGGCUGAGAAUGAAGUCGGCAAGACGACGACAUCUUCGAGGCUGACUGUGGUGCCACGAGUGAAGCCUGUGUUCAGGAACAGAAUCGCCCCAGUGGAGAUAAACAUCGGCAGCUCUGCCAAGUUUGAAUGUGAAACUGAGGACGCUCCAAACGUGAGCUUCAAGUGGCUCAAAGAUGGACAUCCCAUCAAAGAGGGUGAAAAGUGCAGGAUUAUCAGUCGCUUCAGCUCUUCCUCCCUGGAGCUUCUGAGGACAACCAAGGAUGACAGUGGUGAAUACACCUGCAAGGCGUCCAAUCAGCACGGCAGUGAUGAAUGCUCCGCCUCCCUCAGUGUCACAGAACAAUUUCCUCCUGUCUUUAUAAGUAAGCCUGACCCUCAGACUGUGUAUGUUGGAAAGAGGGCUGUAAUGCAGUGUGUAAUAGCAGGAACUGCUCCUCUGAAUGUUGUCUGGCUUAAAGACAACCAGGCCUUACCCAAAGUGCCUGCACACUACCAGAGCUCUUGUGAAAAGAAUAAGCACACUCUUGAGAUACCCAGUGUUGAGGCAGCUGACAGCGGGCUUUAUGUGUGCAAGGUAUCUAACAAAGCUGGGACAGCUGAGUGCCACACGGAGCUGUGUGUUAUCGAUAAACCCAACUUUGUAAGGCCCCUGGGUUCAGUCGCCGCUGUGGUCGGAGCUGCUCUGCACCUUGAGUGUCAGGUGGAUGAGGACACUGGAGUAACUGUCAGCUGGACCAGAGAUGGCAGAAAAGUCCACCAGUCUCCCGACUGUAAACUGUUGUUUGAGGAUAAGACGGUUACUCUUGAUAUCCUAAAGACCACACUGAAAGAUUGUGGAAAUUAUGUGUGUACAGUGGCAAACGAAGCCGGCAGUGCGUCUUGCUCCACCACGGUGAAGGUACAAGAGCCACCGGUCUUUGUAAAGCGGCUGGAAGCCACAACGAUUUGGAAGCAGGGCAGCACCGCUCGCCUGCAGUGCACCGUCAAAGGAUCUCCCGAACUCCACAGCACCUGGUUCUUGAAUAACAGUGAGCUGUCCACUGGUGGCAGACACGCUGUCGGUCUGAAGGACGGUGUCGCCACUCUCGAGAUACACGAUGUCCUGUUGACUGACAGUGGAAACUACACCUGUGAGGUUCUCAACGAGUGCGGGUGUGAAAGCUGCAGCAUUAAAGUAACAGUGAAAGAACCUCCGUCAUUCAGAAAGGAGUUACUGUCCACCGAGGCAGUCAGAGGGUCGGUAGCUGUGCUGGAGUGUGAGAUUGCAGGCUCUGCACCGCUCGAAGUGUCUUGGAAAAAGAAUAAGAAACGCCUGUCCUCAGAUAAGAAGUACAGCAUAGUGUCACAGGGAUCGCUGGCCUCUCUGGAGAUCCAGUCCUUUGAGAGCGCUGAUACUGGUGAAUACGAAUGUGUCGUAUCCAACGAGGUUGGGUCAGCAACCUCAAAGUCAGUACUUAAACAAAAAGAGCCACCUGUGUUCUCAAAGAGGAUUGAGAGCGCUACAGCAGUUUUGGGAAAUACAGUGAAAUUACAGGGAACCCUGAAAGGUUCAGUUCCCAUCACCAUUAAAUGGAUGAAAGACUCUGAGCUCCUCAGAGAUGAUGAUCCCAACAUCAAAAUGUCCUUUGUGAACAACAUCACUAGUGUUUCCUUCUCAUCUGUUGAGCUGAAGCAUGGUGGGAAGUAUACUUGUCUCGCUGAAAAUGAGGCAGGACAGCAAAAAUGUGAAGCUAUCUUAACUAUUCAAGAACCUGCUCGGAUUUUAGAGAAAGCAGCCUCCAUCAGCGUGACUGCAGGCGACUCUGCCACGCUGGAGUGCACCAUCUCUGGAAGCCCUGAACUCAAAGUGAAAUGGUUCAAAGACGGCAAGGAGAUGAUUGGUGGUCGUAAAUAUAAAAUAGCAGUUAAGGAGAACACUGCCAUUUUAAAGAUUCUCGCUGCAGAUAAAGGUGACACUUCCGAGUACAAGAUGGAAGUGUCCAAUAAAGUUGGAAAAGACGAGUGCACGUGCUCGGUUACAGUUAUAGAUCGUGCAGUUCCCCCGUCCUUCACCAAAACUCUAAAGAAAGUGAAUGGGAGCAUUGGCAGUAAUAUCACGUUGGAUUGCAGGCUUGCUGGAUCUCAGCCGAUGGCUCUGUCUUGGUACAAAGACAAUAAAGAAAUCCACAGCGAUGCAAAAUAUAAGCUUGAUUUCAGUGAGAGUACAGCCUCUGUGACAAUAACUGGCCUGGAUCAGAGCGAUGGUGGAGUUUAUACAUGCAAAGCUUCUAAUGAUGCUGGAGAAAAAGAAACCAGUGGUACUCUUUCCAUCAAAGAACCUCCAGCCUUUACCUCGAAACCUGAAUCUCUUGAUGCAUCCCCGGGAUCAAACAUUGUCUUAAAGUCUGACUUUACGGGAUCGGCUCCACUUACCGUUAAAUGGUUCAGAGAGGAGAAAGAGAUUUUCACUGGAGGAAAGUAUUUCAUAAAGAAAGACUCUUCUUCCAGCUCCCUGGAACUUCAUUCUGUGAAACCCAGUGACUCUGCCAAAUACACAUGCCAAGUAUCCAACGACGCUGGGAAGGUUGACUGCACUGCAGCGCUCUUCAUAAAAGAAGCCCCAACAUUUACGAUGAAGCUUGAACCUUCAAAGCUGCUGAAAACAGGACAACCUCUGGAGUUGUCCUGCAAAGUGCAGGGCACUCCUGUUAUUACUGUCACAUGGUUUAAAAAUGGCUCAGAAAUGGUUUCAGACCGCAGACACAACAUGACCUUCGACGGCUCGUUGGCCACUCUGGAGGUUGAGAGUUGCUCUGUAGAGGAUAGUGCAGAUUACGUCUGUGUGGCAUCCAGCGAGGCCGGCAGGGAGCAGUGCAGCAGCUCAGUAACAGUGAAAGAGCCUCCAUUGUUUGUGAGGCCUUUUGAAUCAGCUGAGCUUGUUACGGAGUCUGAGAUUAUCUUGGAAGCAAUCGUUUCAGGUUCCCCUUCAUUUGAAAUAAGCUGCUUCCUCAACGAUAAGCUGAUCAGAAAUGACAAAAGACAUAAAAUCAGUGUGGAAAAUGAUACAAUCACUCUUCAGAUCUCACACUGUGAGGCCGGAGACGAAGGAACGUACAAGUGCACUGUUUCAAACGAUGUUGGGGAGACAUCUUGCUCUUGCCAGAUUUCUCUAAAAGAACCACCAUCAUUUGUUCAAAGACUAAAGGAUAUGUCCUGUAUUGUGGGCUCUGAAAUCUCCAUGAAGUGUAUGUUGUCUGGGUCACUUCCCAUGACUUUGUCCUGGAUCAAGGACGAUCGUGAGCUUACGGAAGACGAGCAUUUUAAGAUGUCCUGUGAAACCAAAAGUGCCAUGUUGAAUUUGAAAAAUGCUCAGUUGUCACAUGGCGGGAAAUAUGUCUGUCAGGCGCAGAAUAAAGCCGGGACCCAGAGAUGUGCCGCGGUGCUCAUAGUGACAGAGCCAGCAAGUAUUUCAGAGCACCCAAAGUCCAUCAGUGUAACCCAUGGCGACCCAGCCAGACUUGAAUGCAGGUUUUCAGGCACUAAACCGCUGAAGGUCAGAUGGCUUAAGGCGGGAAAGGAGCUGCCGUCAGGACAGAGAUACAGAAUACAGAGCACAGACACGAGCUCUGUGCUCAAGAUGAUAAAAACAGAGAAGAGUGACGGCGGUGACUACACUGUCGAAGUUUCAAAUGUUGCUGGGCACAGUUCGUGUGACGCAUCAGUCACAGUCUUAGAUCAGAUUAUUAAACCGUCCUUCACAAGGAAGCUGACAGAGACUGAAGGUAUAAAAGGAUCGUGUGCUCAUCUAGAGUGCCUCGUGUCUGGUUCUCUGCCGAUGACGAUACAGUGGUACAAAGAUGAAACAGAGAUCCAGACUUGUCAAAAAUAUAAAUGCACGUUUUUCGAAAAUGUUGCUUUCCUGGAAAUCGGCUGUCUCGACAGUAGAGACAGUGGGAGCUACACUUGUGUGGCUGAAAACGAGGGAGGAUCUGCCCAGUGCUCCGGGAUUUUGUCUGUUAAAGAAGCACCACGCAUUCUUGAAAAACCGGACUCCAAGAAUGCGUUGCCUGGAUCAAAGGUUAGGUUUACUCUUCAUGUCUCUGGCACACCUCCGCUCGCCAUCAAAUGGUUUAAAAACAAAAAAGAAAUCCUUCCGAGUGCCGAGUGCUCUGUAAUCAAAGACAGCACUUCAAGCUCCCUAGAGCUCUUCUCUGCCAAAACCUCUGACUCUGGAGAGUAUGUCUGUGAAGUUCAGAACGCUGUGGGCUCCGCUUCAUGCAAGGCAGCGCUCUUUGUAAAAGAGCCCCCGUUUUUCACUGAAAAACCUGAAGCGGUGUCAUUAGUGAGUGUCGGAGGCAGCAAGGUGUUUGAGUGUAAGGUUGCUGGUACCCCAGAGAUCUCCAUGAAAUGGUUCAAAGAUGGAGUUCAGAUUCGCCAAAGCCUCAAAUACAAGAUAUCAUUUUUUACCUCUGUUGCCGUUUUAGAGGUUUGUGUAGUUAGUCAACAAGACAGCGGGAAAUACUUCUGUGAGGCCUCCAACGAAGCAGGCACAGAGACUUGCAUUUUUGAGCUUGUAGUGAAAGAGCCUCCGUCAUUUGUUGAAGAGCUAUCAUCUCUGGAAGUCGUUAAAGGUUCCACGGCAGCGUUUGCUAGCAAAGUUGCAGGAAGUGCUCCGUUCAGUGUCACGUGGUCUAAAGAUAAAAAGGCAAUUUUAUCCAGCCAAAAGUACAUUAUUGUUGAUAGUGAAAAUGUGGGCUUAAAAAUCCAGGACUGCGACGUGGAUGAUGUGGGCACCUACCAGUGCGUGGUAGCCAAUGAGGUUGGGAGCUGCUCUGGCUCGGUGGUGUUGUCUCUGAAAGUGCCUCCAAAGUUUAUUGAGAAGAUAAAGAGUGUCUCCACUGUUGUGGGAGAUGCUGUAGUGUUUCGUUGCUCUGUGGAAGGGCCCCUGCCACUCUCUGUGCUAUGGAAAAAAGAUGAAAACUGGAUCCAAGAUGAUCCGAAGAUCAAGCAAAUUUUCCAGAACAAAGAGGCCACUCUCAGGGUUCUUGCUUGUGAGGCUAUUCACAGGGGGAAAUAUACCUGCCAUGUUGUAAAUGAGGCUGGGCAAGAUGUGUGUUCAGCAACACUGACUGUGCAAGAACCACCAACGAUUGAAGAGAAACCGGAGGUUGUUAAAGUGACUUGUGGAGAUCCAGUUAGCUUUGAAUGCAGGGUAGCUGGAACUCCUCAUAUAAGUGUGAGAUGGAUCAAAGAUGGCAACGAGCUCCAUUCGAGCAGAAAGCAUAAUCUCUGCUAUGGGGGCAACCUCAGUAGACUUAACAUAAUGUCCUCUCAGCUGGAAGACGGUGGAGAGUACAUGUUUGAAGCCCAAAAUGCAGUUGGGACUUGCAGAUGUAAAGUGAAGCUGGUUGUUUUGGAAGAGUUGAUUCCUCCCACAUUCAUUAAGAAAUUAACAAACAUUCAAGGAAUCAUGGGUUCAGUGGUGACCAUGGAGUGCAGAGUAACCGGUUCGCUUCCUCUGACUGUUGAAUGGAGCAAAGGGAAACAAAAGAUUCCAGAGAGCUCCAAGUACAAACUUGUACACACUGAAAAUAGAGUCUUGCUGGAGUUAAAACUUACUGGGAGUGUUGACACGGGAGAGUACUCCUGCAAAGUUACCAACAAAGCAGGCAGCUGUGUGUGCAGUGGAGUCCUCACAGCUAAAGUGCCGCCAAGAUUCAUAGAUGAGCUUGAGUCUCAGGCUGUUAUUCCCAAGUCUGACGUAUUCUUCAAAAGUGUCUUUGAAGGGACGUCUCCGUUUAUGGUGAAAUGGUUCAAGGAUGGCAUCGAACUCAUCACUGGGCCAUCGUGCAGAGUUAGACUGGAGAAAUAUUCCUCCUCUGUAGAGCUCUGCUCAGUGGGCACUCUGCAGUCUGGGAUUUAUUCCUGCCAAGUUAGCAACGAAGCAGGCACGGCGAAAAGUGCGGCACAGUUACUGGUGAAAGAACCACCUCAGUUUGUCCUGAAACUGCCUCCCACUACGUCUGUGAAACAGUACGAGGGACACUGCUUUGAAUGCAAGGUCACCAGUGUACAGUCCCUGAGAAUAUGCUGGUACAAAAAUGACCAACAGAUAACUGAUGGAGGCAACUAUAAAACAAUGUGUGUUGACUCAACUGCAUACCUCCAGAUCUCCAAUGCAACAUUUGACGAUAACGGAGUUUACUCUUGUGAGGCUCAUAAUGAUGCUGGCAGUGCAAGCUGCAGCAGCGUUCUCACAGUUCAAGAGUCCCCAUCCUUUGUUAAAACUCCAAGCCCUGUGGAGGGCAUAAAAGGCAAAGAUGCUAGUCUGCAUUGUGAGAUGUCUGGCACCCCACCCUUCCAGGUUAACUGGUACAAAGACAACAGGCCACUAAAGGAGGAUAGAAAAUGCAAGAUGGUCAAUGUGGGCAGUUUUGCUACACUUCAUAUUAUAAAGCUGGAGCAAGAUGACGCCGGGCUUUAUGAGUGCAGGGCGUCGAACAAUGUAGGAAGUAAAUCGUGCCAAACUGCCAUUACUCUGAAAGAACCACCAGUGUUUGUGGAGAAACUGGUCGAUCAGUCAGUGAGACUCGGUCAGCAGCUGACGCUGACAGCUACCGUGCACGGCUCAGAGCCACUGACUGUGUCUUGGGUUCAGGACAAAGAUCAUAUUCUCAGAGAAGAUGACAACAGGAGGGUCACCUUUGAAAACAAUGUGGUUGCUCUCGUAGUGCCCCAGGCUGACUCAACCACAGCCGGUAAAUACACCUGCCAGCUGAGGAACGACUGUGGAGCGGUCGAGUCGGUCUCUCAAGUGACGGUUCUAGAACCUGCUGCUAUCGUGGAAAGCCCGGAGCUGUUGAAUGUGAAGUCAGGAGAAACUGUAUCUCUUGAGGUAACAGUAUCUGGCUCACCAGAACUGAAAACUACAUGGUUCAAGGGCAACAAAGAGCUCUCUGCUAAUGCAAAGUAUCAUCUGAGCUUCAAAAAGCAGCUUGCCACCCUGAAGAUUCUGUCUGCUGACAAAGCAGAUGCCGGAGAAUACACACUACAGGUUACGAACCAUGUUGGAACAUCCUCUUGCAAAAUUAAGCUCACAGUCUCAGAUAAGUUGAUUCCACCGAGUUUCAUAAAGAAGCUGAGAGAUACCCACCUUGUUGUGGGUAAGCCUGGUGAGAUGGAGUGUAAGAUUACCGGUUCUGCUCCUUUAACAACUUCCUGGUUCCAUAAUGGCCAAGAGAUAAACAGUGGGCCAAACUAUGACAUUAGCAGCGUGGAUAAUGUGCGCACGCUGAGAAUUCCAAUGAUUAAGACGUCAGAUUCUGGCAAAUACACAUGUAAAGCUGUGAACGCUGCAGGAGCCAGUGAGACAAGUGCUUCAAUGAAUGUGACAGAACCACCAUCUUUUUCUGAAACGCCCGAGGCUCGAGAAACGUUGCCUGGCCAAAGUGUGUCUUUCUUGGCUAAAGUGAAAGGCAGCAUUCCCAUAAAGGUCAAAUGGUUCAGGGGAGCCAAGGAAAUGCAGCACGGGAGAGGCUGCGAGAUCUCCCUGAAGGACGAUGUCGCCACGCUGGUGCUUCAUAAAGUUGAAAAGUCUCAUGCAGGAGAGUACACCUGCCAGAUCGUUAAUGCUGCAGGAAAGGACAGCUGCUCAGUUUUUCUGUUUGUGAAAGAGCCAGUCCACUUUGUGAAGAGGCUGAGGGACAUUUCCAUUGAAAAGAACAAGCCUCUGAGGCUCGAGGUCGCAUAUGCUGGAACCCCAACUGUAAAUGUAACCUGGGAAAAGGAUGGUAAACUCAUCCAAGCCUCUUAUCUGCACAAUAUGAUCACCACAGACACCUCUUGCAUCCUGGAGGUUCUGAACUCUGAAAGGAUGGAGGCAGCUGGUAGAUACUAUUGUGAGGUAGACAAUGGAGCUGGAAGUGACAAAUGUGAAGCACAAGUUACAAUCCUAGAACCACCAUACUUUGUUGACAAGCUGGAGCCAGUGGAGGUAACUAUGGGUGAGGCGGUGACCUUAGAGUGCAGGAUUGCAGGAACUCCUGUGAUCUCUGUCGCCUGGUUUAAAGAGGAUGGAAAGCUGCGCAAGUCCAACAGUUGCUCAAUGGACUUUGCAGAUGGCGUUGCCACUUUGCAACUGUUCAAAUCUACCAAGUCUGAUCACGGUGAAUAUAUCUGCAAGGCCGAGAACCGGGUUGGUUCAGCCUCCACCAGCUGUAGCGUGACUGUGAAAGAGCGCAAAGUUCCUCCAAACUUCACCAGGAAGCCUUCGGAGUCCAUGGUGGAUUCAGUGGGUAAGACCGUAAAGAUCGAGGGCCGCGUGUCCGGCUCUCAACCUCUGACCGUCUCCUGGUACAAGGACAACAGUGAGAUCCGCGCCUCGGACAAAUAUGAUAUCAGCUUCAAAAACAACAUGGCCGUGCUGUGUGUCAGAGACUCCACGGGCUCUGACGGUGGUGUUUACACCUGCGAGGCCUCCAAUGAAGCUGGCAAAGCUUCUUGUAACGUUUCUCUCACAGUAACAGAGACUGGCCAGGCUCCCAAAUUUGAUGUUCCUCUGGAACCAGUGACUGUGGGUGAAGGGGAGAAGCUGAGCCUCCAGUGCCACGUCACCGGCUCUACUCCAAUAACCAUCCAGUGGAUGAAGGACAGGAGAGAGCUCGUGUCCAGCGGAAACACCAAAAUCUCAUUUGUUGGUGGAACGGCCAAUCUGGAGAUCAGCCAGGUGUCAAAGACGGAUGCUGGAGAUUACCUGUGCAAGGCCAGCAAUGCAAAUGGCACUGACUUCUGCAAGUCUAAAGUCACUGUAAAAGAUAAAGGUGCCAAGGCCACACCCGCUGAGGCUGCUGCCCCGGCUGCAGCCGCCCCGGUCAAAAGGCUCGACAAUCUGUUCUUCAUCGAGGAACCCCAAAAUGUUUCUGUCACAGAGAAGGGUACUGCAACCUUUAUCGCCAAGAUUGGAGGUGACCCAAUCCCCAGUGUGAAGUGGAUGAAGGGCAAAUGGAGACAGAUCACCCCCGGUGGUCGAAUCUCCAUUGAGCACAAGGGCCAGGAUGCCAAACUGCAGAUCAGAGAAGUGACCAAGUCUGAUUCUGGUCAUUACAGAUGUGUUGCCACCAACAAACAUGGAGAAAUUGAGAGUGGCGCUGAUAUGGAGGUGACCAAAAAGGAGGACAUGGGAGAAGUGGGAGACUUAAGAACGAGGCUCAAGAAGACUCCUUCCAAGCAGAAGAGUCCCAAGAAAGAAGAAGAGGUCAACAUUGUAGAGCUGCUUAGAGGUCACGACCCCAAAGACUAUGAGAGGAUCCUGCGGGAACAUGGAAUCCAUGACUACCGUGCCAUCCUGCAGGCCGUGGAGUUCCUGAAGAAGGAGAAGGAGAUGGAGACUGGAAGAGCGGAGGUCGAGCGUGGGGCACGAGUCGAAGAAGAGGACAUGGCCCGACUCAUCGAGCAGCUAGAGGGACGCGUCAGCAUGGAGCCCGUCUCUGUGAUGGAGGACAUCACUGACCAAACCAUCACGGAGAACCAGAGCGCCACCUUUGAGUGCCAGAUUAAGAUCAACUACCCAGAGAUCACGCUCACCUGGUACAAAGGCACCCAGAAACUGGACAACAGCGAAAAGUACGACAUCAGCAGCGUGGGGGACCGCCAUUAUCUGAAAAUCAAGAACUGCCAGGUCAAAGAUCAGGGCAACUACCGCGUGGUGUGCGGUCCUCACAUCUCCAACGCCAAACUGACGGUCACGGUCGAUCAAAUUCAGUUCACUAAAAGCAUCCGAAGCAUCGAGGUCAACGAACGCCACUCUGCCACCUUCGAGUGCGAGUUGUCCUUCGACAACGCUACCGUCACGUGGUACAAAGACUCGUGGGAGCUUAAAGAAAGCCCAAAAUAUAACUUCAGGACUGAAAGCCGACGGCACUUUAUGACAAUCCACAACGUAACUGCAGAGGACGAAGGCGUGUACUCGGUGAUUGCUCGCCUGGAGCCACUGGGAGAAGCUCGAAGCACAGCCGAGCUUUACCUGUCAGGCAAAGAAAUUGAGUUAGGGAGGGUUCCUCAGGAUGUCCCCGACACAGCCGUUCAUGUGUCAGAGGCAGAGUCUAUGCUCGUGUGCAGAGAUUCCUCCGAGUUUGAUCACUUUGAGGAGAGAACAGAAGUGAGAGUGUUUCAAAGUCUGACACGUGAAGAAGAGAUGCUUUCGGUUCAGUACUCGUCCGUCUCAGAAGAGAAAAAACCUGUAGAAGAAACUGUUGAGUGGACUGAGGUCGAGGGCAGAGGAGAACUCCCUAAAGUUCCUGAGAUUCACAGGAUGCCAGAGGAGAAACCCUCUGAGCCUGAAGCUCCGCCUCCACCUCUGGUCAAAGUACCUGAAGCAAAGAAGCUACAGCCUGAAGCCCCUGCUCCACCUCAGAGAGAGGAACGUCCAGCUCCAGAAGUGCCUCCUCCUGAGGAGAAGAAACCAUCUCUACCAGCACCAAAGCCUUCACCUACUCCUCCUCGUGAGCAGAAGGGGGCUCCCCCUGCAGAAUCUCCCCGAGAGGAGCAGAAACCAUCUGCACCAGCACCAAAGCCUUCACCUCCUGCUCCCCCUGCUCCUGAGCAGAAGGUGGCUCCCCCUGCAGUAUCUCCCCCAGAGGAGAAGAAAACAUCUGCACCAGCACCAAAGCCUUCACCUCCUGCUCCCCCUGCUCCUGUACAGAAAGUUGCUCCUCCUGCAGAGGAAAAGAAACCAUCUUCUCCAGCGCCGAAGCCUUCGGCUCCUGCUGCUCCUGCUGCUCCUGCAGCCAAAGUUGCUCCUCCUGCAGUGUCUCCUCCUGAGGAAAAGAAGGUGCCUCUACCAACAACCAAGCCAACAGCAGAGAGAGUGGUUCCCCCCGCAGCUAAAGUUGCAUCGUUGGAGAAGGAAGCUCCUGCACCAGCCGUAAAGGCUGAACCAGCUCCUGUAUCAAAGGAAAUCUCGCCCCCUGAAGACAAGGAACCAGUGUCAGCACCUGGACCAACAAAAGUGCCGUCUCUUAAGCAAAAGGGUAAGAUUCCUGUUCAAGAGGCAAAAACACCCGAAUCACCUAAGCUGAAGAGUAAGUUCACCAGAAUACCGAAAGAGAAAGAACCAGAACCAGAGGUCAUUAAGCUGAAGAAGGUUCCAGUGAAACCUCCAGAGCCAGAGAAACAAGUCGUAACUCAUAAGGCAGAAGUGACGAGGCAUCACGAUCCAGAGCUAGCAGUUCAUGGGCUUCAUGACAGGGACGAUCGAGAGAUAAUCACACUUGGUAGAACUGAACGAGUAUUCACUGCAGAUGAGGAAACUAUUGAGUUAAGCCAUUUUGAGGAAAUGGAAACCCUUACAGUUGUGCAAAAACCAGAACCUGGCAAAUGGACAAGAACCUUAAAACCUCAGAAAGACGAGGCACCGGAGGAGCCGCACGUCGCAAAGAAGAAAAUAACUAAAUUGCCAAAAGCAGAUGAGCAAAAAGAAUCAGUGAAACUAAAACCAUUUGAAACAUUUGGGAAACAAGAUGCUGAAUUACAAGCAAUCAAACUAAAAAAGGUGCCACCUAAACCAAAAGAGCCUGAAAAGGAAGCCAUAACUCAUAAAGUUGAAGUGACAAGGCAUUAUGAUGCAGAAUUAACAGUCCAGAAACUUCGUGAUAGAGAGGAUCGAGAGUUAGUAACAGUUGAGAGAAAGGAACGAGUUUUCACAGCAGCUGAAGAGACAUCUGAACUCAGCUUUGCAGAGGAACCUGAAAAACUGGAGGCAGAAGAUGAGAAAUCAAGAUGGGUAAGAGCCCCAAAAGCACCAAAAGAAGAGGAACCAGAGUCAGAUUUAAAUAAAAAGAAAAUAAAAAAAUUACCAAAGAAGGACGAGGACCAGGAAGUAGUUACACUGAAGCCAUUUCAAAAACCCCAAAAACAAGAAGCAGCUGAACCUCCGAAGGCUGAGACAGAAGCUGAGGCAAAAACAGAUACUGAGCGGAGUCCUUACAUGAGAGGUGAGCUGCCACGAAGAGAUCAACCUGCCGCUGCUGUAAAACACCAGAAAGAUGAUGACGAUGCUCCACUGAUGAAUGACAAUGCAUCUCCACAUAUCAACAAAGACCAAAAGGAAAUCCCAUAUAAGAAAAAGGUUGAUCAAGUACCCAAAGAUGUAGAAACUACAGCGGCCGAAAAGCUCCGCAGAAAACCUAAAAUUAUUUCUACACCUGAUAAAGAGAAAGAGCAGGUUGUGUUGAAACCAUUCACUAAAAUCACCAAGCCUGAAGAAAAGCCAGAAAAAGCAUCAGAAGAGAAGAAGAAGCCUUUGGACACAAAGGUACCCAGUCAAGGAACUAAAGAGCUGAAGGAACAACUUAAGAAAGCUGAAAAGACUGUAACGCCUAAAAAAGACAAUGAAACACCUCAGGAGAAGGAGAAACCAGCUGAGAAGCCCAGUCCUCCAAGUCAGAAAGAAGAAGAGAGACCGAGUCCUCCAAAACAAACCGAUAUCCUGAAGAAAAGUCCAGAAAUCAAAAAGACUCCUUCACCCAAAGCCAAGAUAAGUCAAGAUAAGCCUGAAGAGGAAAAGCCCCUCAAACCUAUUGAGCAGCUGAAGAAGGUUGAACUAAAAAAGACCCCAUCACCCAAGAUAGAGAAAAUAAAGACAAGUGAAGUGGAGCAAAUUCCCAUCGAGAAGAAGCCAAGUGGUGAAAAAGUCAAAAGGAUUCCCAAGACUGUUUCGCCAAAAGACUCCACUGAAUCCGUGACCCUCAAAAAGGUGCCCAAGAAGCCCUCACCAGAGGGGCCCUCGGAAAGGCCUGAUACAGGGCGGAUCCCUCUGGUGAAGGAGAUCUCUCCUGGAGCUGUGGAGAUUAAGCGGGUGACAACCCAGCCAGAGGAGGAGGUAUGUGAAGAGGAGGGUGAAAAAAUGGUAGCCGACGAAGAUGAGGAGGUCUGGGACUGGGAGCUGGUUCCACCGGAAGACUGGGAAGGUGAAGGGGUGGAUGGGGCGCUGGAGACUCCAGGCAUGCCCGGCACCAAGAGAGAUGGAAAACCAACAGAAGAGCCCGCGAAAGGCCGAGGUCGAGGAUUUGGGGCGAGACAAACUCCAUCUCCUGGUGAUGGAGGCAGGGGCCGGGGUCUAAAGCCAGGUGGAAAAGGCCCAUCACCUCCCGAGGACCCAUUUGGAGGAUUCAAGCUCAAACCUGUCCAGCUGAAGUUCAUUAAGAAGCUUAAGGACAUUGUGCUGCAGGAAGCUGAGUCCAUCGGCUCCUCCGCGGUGUUUGAGUGCGAGGUCUCGCCUUCCACGGCCAUCACUUCGUGGAUGAAAGAUGACAGCAACUUGCGUGAGAGCCCCAAGCACAAGUUUACAUCUGAUGGCAAAGAUCGCAAGUUGCACAUUAUUGAUGUGCAACUAUCUGACACUGGAGAAUACACGUGUGUGGCUAAGAAUGCGGGCAAGGAAAUAACAUGCACAGCCAAGUUAAUUGUUGAAGAGCUGCCUGUGAAAUGGUUGAAGGAACUGGAACCAGAGACAACAUGCAUUAAGGGUCAGCCAAUGUACCUCACCUGUGAGCUGAACAAAGAACGGGACGUCAUUUGGAAACGUAACGGUCAGGUUCUGAAAACAAAGGCUGGAAAAGUGGCCGUUAAUGUAAUUGGCAUGCAGCAUGCUGUGACCAUCCAGAACUCCACUGAUGAAGAUGGCGGCGCCUACACCUGUGAGGUCGAUGGACAGGAGGACGUCAAGACUACAACUAACGUCAAAGUUAUUGAAACCAUCAAAGACUGGCUGGUGAAGCCUCUGAGAGACCAGCAUGUGAAACCAAAGGCAAAGGCCACCUUCAAAUGUGAGCUGUUCAAGGACACGCCCAACUGGAAGUGGUUCAAAGGAGAAAACGAGCUUACUCCCUCUGACAAGGUCGAGAUCAAUAAAGAUGGAAAGGACAUGACGCUCAGCAUCAAUAACUGCCAGCCUGAUGAUGUAUCAGACUACACCAUCCAGGUGGAGGAUCGCAGAUAUACAGCCAAGCUGACACUUGGAGAGCGUGAGGCUGAGAUCCUCAAGCCACUCUCCAGUGUGGAGGUGGUUGAGAAGGAAGAGGCCAACUUUGACUCUGAGAUAUCAGAGGACGAUGUGGCCGGUGAAUGGAAGCUGAAAGGCCAGGUGUUGACUAGAUCUCCGACCUGUGACAUUAAAGCUGAGGGCAAAAAACGUUUCCUCACACUGAAAAACGUGCAGCUGGAUCAGGCUGGUGAAGUGACAUACCAGGCUCUGAACGCCGUCACCAGCGCUAUGCUCACCGUCAAAGAAAUCGAAAUGGGCUUUGUUGACCCGCUCAAGGACCUUUCUGUGCCUGAAAAGAAGCAGGCUAAGUUUGAGUGCACCAUCACUAAGGACGUGUCAAAGGUCAUAUGGUUCAGGGGGACAGAGAUUGUCACUCCAAGCCCUAAAUACGAAAUAAUUGAUGACGGAAAGAAGCACAUGCUGAUCAUAAACAGCUGUGAGUUUGACGACGAGGCUCAGUACACGAUCGAAGCGUUGGGUCAGAAAUCAACGGCUCAGCUGAUGGUGGAGGGCAUGAGGCUGAGUUUUGUCCAGCCGCUUCAGGACCAAACGGUCAAAGAAGGUAAUGCGGCACGCUUUGAUCUCGAGCUGUCUCAUGAGGACGUGCCAGUGGUCUGGUACCGAAACGAAGUCAAACUCCACGUGAGCCGAACGGUUCUCAUUCACGUGGAAGGAAAGAGACACACUCUAGAAAUGAGGACGCUGAGUCUAGAUGAUACCUGCCAAAUUAAGGCAGAGGCUAAAGGCAUUUACUCCAUGGCCAAGCUGACGGUCGUAGAGGGCGACCCCAUGUUUGUGGUGAAGCUACAGGAUUACUCAGCCACCGAGAAAGAAGAGGUGACCCUGGACUGUGAACUGAGCAAAGACGUCCCGGUGCUUUGGUACCACGAAGAGAAGGAAAUCAUCGCCUCCAAGAUGGUCAUCAUGAGGUCAGAGGGCACGCGCAGGUCUCUGGUCCUGAAGAAAGUGGAACUGAGCGACAAAGGCAAAUAUGUAUGUGACUGUGGAACAGACAAGACGUCAGCCAACAUCAAUAUUGAAGCACGCGACAUCAAAGUCGUCCGGCCGAUUUAUGGCGUGGAGUUGUUUGAUGGAGAAACGGCUCGUUUCGAAGUGGAGAUCUCUGAGGACGACGUCCACGGACAGUGGAAGCUGAACGGAGCGGUGCUCAGUCCGUCCUCUGAUGUGGACAUCAUCGAGGAAGGAGGCAAGCACACGCUGAUCCUCUACAACUGCAAAGUGUCCAUGACCGGCGAGGUGGCGUACUCUGCUGCUAACGCCAAGUGCUCCGCUAACCUCAAGGUCAAAGAACUCCCGCUGAACUUCCUCACACCCAUGACUGAUGUUCAGGUCUAUGAGAAGGAUGAUGUGAGGUUCGAGGUCGAGGUGUCGAGAACUCCAAAGACUUUCCGUUGGCUCAAAGGCUCACAGGAGCUGCAGAGCGAUGAAAAGUACGAGGUGAUCCAGGAGGGAAAUUUGUACGUCCUGGUGAUCCGAUCGGCCGCCUACGAUGACGAGGCAAAGUACAUGUUUGAGGCCGAGGACAAGAGGACGACGGGCAAACUGGUUAUACAAGGUAUUCGCCUAGAGUUUGUCAAAGCAAUCAAGGAUGUGACAGUAAAGGAACGUGAAACAGCUGAAUUCAGCGUGGAGCUGUCACAUGACAAGAUCCCGGUGGUCUGGUACAAGAACGACGUCCGACUUCAUCCCAGCAAAGUUGUUCACAUGUCGGCACAGGCGAAGGUUCACACGCUGGCCUUCAAGGAAGUCAUCAUCGACGACACGUCCAUGAUCAAAGUAGAGGCCAUGGACAAGAGCAUGACCGCCAUGCUCACUGUCAUCGAGGGUGACGCCUACUUCACCACUAAGCUGCAGAACUACACGGCAGUGGAGAGGGACGAGGUGAAGCUGGUCUGCGAGCUGAGCAAGGCUGUAGCUGAUGUGAAAUGGUUUAAGGAUGGGAAGGAGAUCACCCCCUCCAAGAACAUCGCCAUUGUCACCGAUGGCAAGAAGCGCAUCCUGAUGGUGAGGAAGGCAGAGAAGGCCAACAUCGGAGAGUACACCUGCGACUGCGGCUCGGACAAAACCACAGCUAAGCUCAACAUUGAAGAGCGGGAUAUCAAAGUUGUCCGUCCGCUGUACAGUGUGGAGGUCACGGAGACAGAAACAGCCAAGUUUGAGACGGAGAUUUCUGAGGAGGAUGUCCAUGGAAACUGGAAGCUGAAGGGAGAAGCUCUUCAUCAGUCAGCUGAUGUUGAGAUUAAGGAGGAAGGAACCAGACACCUGCUGAUCCUCUACAACGUCUGCAUGGACAUGGCAGGACCCGUUGACUUCUCUGCAGCCAACGCCAGAUCCAGCGCCCAGCUCAGAGUCAAAGCUCGGUCCAUCACGCUGGUCCAUCCUCUGAAGGACGUGACGGUGACGGCUGGAGAGACGGCCAUCUUUGAGUGCGAGCUGUCGUACGAGGGCAUCGCGGUGGAGUGGUUCCUGGGAGGGCAGAGGAUGGAGGCCAGCGACCGGGUGAAGACUCGGGUGGCGGGCCGAGUUCACACUUUGACCGUCCGAGACGUGAACCUGUCGGAGGCCGGCGAGGUCAAACUUACUGCCAAGGACUUCCAGACUCAGGCUCAGCUUAUCGUCAGAGAGCCAGCGGUUGAGUUCACAAAGCCUCUGGAGGAUCAGACGGUGGAGGAGGAAGCCACGGCCACUCUGGAGUGUGAGGUUUCCCGUGAGAAUGCUGAGGUACGAUGGUUCAGGGAGGGACAGGAGCUCAGAAAGACCAAGAAGUACGACACCAUCGUGGACGGACGCAAGAGAGCUCUGAUCAUUCACGACUGCUCUCCUGAAGAUGCCAAGUUGUACACGUGUGAUGCCAAAGACUUCAAGACUUCUUGUUUCCUGGAAGUUACACCUCCGUAUGUUGAGUUUACAAAGCCUCUGCAGGAUGUUGAGGUCAGAGAGAAGGAGUCUGCCAAGUUUGAAUGUGAAGUUUCUCGUGAGUCUGCCAAGGUUCGCUGGUUCAAGGACGGUGGCGAGAUCAGGAAAGGAAAGAAGUACGAGAUCAUCGCCAAGGGAGUCCAGAGAAUCCUUAUCAUCCACAAGUCUGUGUUUGAUGACGAAGCCGAGUACGAAUGUGACGCGAGAACCUCCAAGACCUCUGGCAUACUCACCGUCAUCGAGGAGGCAGCCAGGUUUACAAAGAACCUGUCCAACGUGGAGGGAACAGAGACGAACACCGUGAAGAUGAUCUGUGAAGUGUCGAAGGCCGGCGCUGAGGUCACCUGGUAUCGAGGGGACGAGGAGCUCCCAGAGGGAGGUCGCUACGAACAACAGACGGACGGACGCAAGAGGAUCCUGAUCAUCCGGGACCUGAGGAUGGAGGACGCUGGUGAUUACAACUGCAGGCUGAGUCCCACCAUCAGGACAUCCGCCACGCUCAAACUCAACGAACUGGCAGCCGAGUUCCUCGCUCGGCCUCAGAACCAGGAAGUGGUGGAGGGCGAGAAGGCAGAGUUCUCCUGCUCUGUCUCCAAAGACACCUACGAAGUAAAAUGGUUCAGAGGAGACAAAGAGAUAGAAGCUGGAGACAAGUACGGCAUCAUCAGUGAAGGAAAACGAAGAGCUCUUAUUGUGAAAAGCUGUGAGCUGAAGGAUGAGGGAGGCUACACUGCACACAUUGGCACUGUUAAAGCCGUGGCAGAUCUGCUAGUGAUCGAAAAACUGAGGAUCAUAACUCCGAUCAAAGACACCGAGGUGAAGGAGGGAGGCGAGAUCGUGUUUAACUGCGAGACCAACACGGAAGGAGCGAAGGCCAAGUGGCUGAAGAAUGAGGAGACCAUUUUUGAGAGCAGCAAGUACAUGAUGGCUCAAAGGGACAACGUCUUCUCUCUGAGGAUCAGAGACGCCCAGAAGGCUGAUGAGGCCGUCUAUACCGUCAGCCUGACCAAUCACAGAGGAGAGCUCGCCAAGUGCACUGCCAGCGCUAAAGUGGCAGAGGAGAAACUGAGGUUCUUGGAGCCCAUCGAGGACAAUGACACUCAGGAGAAGAAGACCGUCAGCUUCGUCUGUAAGGUGAACAGGCCCGGGGCGACGGUGAGGUGGCUGAAGGCUGGUCAGGAGGUGACACUCAGCAAACGCAUCGUCUACAGAGUCGAUGGCCUGAAGCACAGCCUGACCGUUAAGGACUGCAUCAUGGAAGACGAGGGCGAGUACACGGCCGUGGUCGGAGAUGACAAAUGUGCAGCUGAGCUGAUCAUUAGCGAGGCACCCACAGACUUCACGGCACAGCUCAAAGACCAGACCAUUACAGAGUUCGAGGAUGCAGAGUUCACUUGCAAGCUGAGCAAGGAGAAGGCUGCCGUCAAGUGGUACAGGGAAGGACGAGAGAUUCGAGCGGGCCCCAGAUAUCAAAUGGAAAAAGAAGGAAAGACGUGCAGACUGAUCAUUAAGGUGUGCAGGCCUGAUGACGAGUGUGAAUACGCCUGUGGUGUGGAUGAGAGGAGGACGAGAGCGAGGCUCUUUGUUGAAGAGACCCCAGUGGAAAUCAUCAGACCACCGCAGGACGUGUUCGAACCUCCGGGUUCAGACAUCAUGUUUGAGGUGGAGCUCAACAAAGACAGGGUGGAGGUGAAGUGGAUGAGGAACAACAUGAUCAUCGUCCAGGGAGACAAAUACCAGAUGAUCAGCGAGGGUAAAGUCCACAGACUGCAGGUCUGUGAAAUUAGACCCAGAGAUCAGGGAGAGUACAGGAUCGUGGCCAAAGACAAGGAUGCCCGGGCCAAGCUGGAGCUGGCAGCUGUUCCAAAGAUUAAAACCACCGACCAGAACCUGGUGACAGAUGCCGGUAAACCCUUUGUCAUGACUGUGCCUUAUGACGCGUACCCUCGUGCUGAUGCCGAGUGGUUUUUUGAAGGCACCAGUCUUCCUGUCCAGAAUAUUGACACCUCUUUGGACAAGACCGAGUACCGCCUGAAGAGCCCUGCCAAGGAGGACCAGGGCCGGUACAAGGUGGUAAUUAAGAACAAGCAUGGUGAAGGUGAAGCCUUUAUCAACCUGGAUGUGAUUGAUGUACCGGGACCCAUCAAGAACCUGAGAGUGGUUGACACUGUUGAUGGCGAGGUCAGUUUGGCCUGGGAGGAACCUGAGAAUGACGGUGGCAGCAAGAUUAUCGCCUAUGUUGUAGAAAGACGGGAUGUGAAGCGCAAGACCUGGACUGUGGCUACAGACCGUGCUGACACUCCAGAGUACUGCGUCAGUGGCCUGCAGAAGGAAUCCUUUUACCUCUUCAGAGUCUGUGCUCGAAACAGAGUUGGCAGCGGACCCGCUGUUGCAACCGAAGAUGCCGUCCAGGCCAAAAACAAGUUUGAUGUUCCAGAUGCUCCUGAAAAUGUUGCAGUAGAGUCAGUGAACAAGUUUGGUGCCACCAUCACUUGGGAGCCCCCCAAGUUUGACGGUGGCUCUGAGAUCACUGCUUAUGUGAUUGAGCUCCGUGACAGAACAUCUGUUAAGUGGGAGGCAGCCUUAGUCUGUGCUGCCGAUGACCGCUUGGCUAUGCUGAACGACGUGGUGGAGUACAAGGAGUACAUCUUUAGAGUCCGAGCAGAGAACAAGGCUGGCAUCGGCAGGCCCAGUGCUGCCACCAACCCCGUCAAGAUCAUGGAUCCCAUCGAGAGGCCGAGCCCACCUCUGAACCUGAACUUUAGUGACCAAAUCAAGACAGCAGUCACGUUGACCUGGGAGACGCCCAUAAACAACGGUGGCAGCAUGAUUACAGGAUACAUCAUUGAGAAAUGUGAGGACGGCUCUGACAAGUGGCUCCGCUGCAACGCCAGACUGUGUCCCGACCUCUCCUACCGGGUGUCUGGACUAAAACCUGGUCAGAAGUACCUCUACAGAGUUUGCGCUGAGAAUGCCGCCGGUGUCUCCGAUCCAGCCGAGCAGCUGGGACCACUGCUUGCCGAUGAUCCUCAUGUUGGUCCAACCUUUGAUCUGAGUGGCUUCAGGAAAGGCCUGGAGGUGAUUGUUCCUCAGCCUCUAACAAUUAGAGUUCCCAUUACUGGAUACCCAACCCCUGUGGCCAAGUGGACCUUUGGCGAGAAGGAGCUGACCCCAGCGGAUGAGCGUGUCUCCAUGGUGACGAAGCCUACGCACACGGAACUGACGAUAUCUCCUAGUGUUCGUCCAGACAAAGGCAUCUACACCCUGCAGCUGGAGAACGACGUAUCCUCUGUCUCUGGAGAUAUUGAUGUCAACGUCAUCGCAUGCCCCAGUGCUCCGAAGGACUUCAAAGUGGCUGAAGUGACCCGUCAACAUGUCCACUUGAUGUGGGAGGCACCUGAACACGAUGGAGGAAGUCCAGUGACACACUAUCAGAUUGAGAAGAGAGAAGUUUCUCGCAAGACAUGGGCCAAGGUGGCUGCUGGCGUCCUUGACCUGGAGCACACGGUAACAGACGUGAUUGAAGGAAAGGAGUAUCUGUUCAGCGUCUCUGCAUGCAACAAGUGCGGACCUGGAGAGCCAGCCUACAUCGAUGAGCCCAUCAAUGUCUCUUCUCCUGCAACUGUACCUGAUCCACCUGAGAACCUUAAGUGGCGCGAUAAGAGUGCCAAGUCCAUUUUCCUGUCCUGGGAGCCUCCAAAAUACGAUGGUGGUGCCCAUAUUAAAGGCUACGUGGUGGACAAGUGCCAGCGUGGUACAGACAAGUGGGAACCCUGCGGUGAUCCCCUCCCUGAACUCAAGUUCCAGGUUACCGGCCUGGUCGAGGGCCAGUGGUACGCCUACAGAGUCAGAGCUUUUAACAAGCUGGGAGCCAGCCGACCUUGCAGGGCUACCGAUGAGAUCCAAGCUGUGGAUGCUAAGGAACCUCCUGAGAUCCAGCUCGAUGUGAAGUUGCUGGCUGGAUUAACCACCAGAGCUGGCAGCAAGAUUGAGCUUCCUGCAGAUGUGAAAGGGAAGCCCGAUCCCCGGGUGAAGUGGACCAAAGCAGACGUGGUCCUGAGGGCUGAUAACCGCAUUGCCAUCGACACCCAGCCAGGACACUCGAAGGUUUCCAUUGACAACACCACCAGAGGAGACACCGCCACCUACAUCAUUGAGGCAGUCAAUGCCUGUGGACGAGCCACUGCCACUAUUGAUGUCAACAUCCUGGAUAAACCGGGUCCUCCAGCUGCUUUAGAUAUCUCUGAAAUCACCAACGAAUCCUGCGUCCUGGCCUGGAACCCUCCCAGAGAUGAUGGUGGGUCUCCCAUCACCAACUACAUUGUGGAAAGUCGUCAGACUGACAAGGAGGAGUGGGUCAAGCUGUCAGCCACGGUGAAGCACACCACCUUCAAGGCCACCAAGCUCACAGCAUUGAAAGAGUACAUUUUCAGGGUCAGUGCUGAGAACCAGUAUGGCAUUGGUGAACCUGCAGAGCAUGUGCCAAUCACUGCCAAGUAUUCCUUCGAUCCUCCGGGUCCUCCAACCAGAAUCACUCCCUCUGACAUCGCCAAGGACGCUGUCACUCUGACCUGGUUAGAGCCUGACGAGGAUGGCGGUAGCCCCAUCACUGGAUACUGGAUUGAGAAGUUAGAUCCGGAGAGUGACAAGUGGAUCAGAUGUAACAAACUACCCAUCACCGACACAACAUUCAGGGUAAAGGGUCUCACCGCCAAGAAGAAGUACCGCUUCCGUGUUCUGGCUGAAAAUCUAGCUGGACCUGGAAACCCAAGUGCAGAGACUGAUCCCAUCCUCAUCAAAGAUCCUAUUGAUCCUCCAUGGGCUCCUGGUAAACCUGCCAUCAGGGACAUUGCCAAGACCUCAGCCCUGUUAGGAUGGACUCGUCCAGAGCACGAUGGUGGGGCUAAGAUUGAAGGCUACAUCAUUGAGUUCCAGAAGGCUGGAAGCGAGGAAUGGAUCAAGAUUGCAGAGGAUGUUCCUCAGACUGAGCAUCAGCUGAAGGGCCUAAUAGAAAAGCAAGAAUACUCUUUCAGAGUCAGGGCCGUCAAUAAGGCUGGUGAGAGCGAACCCAGUGAGCCCAGCGACCCCGUGGUCUGCAAGGAGAGACUCUAUCCUCCAUCAGCUCCUCAGUGGCUGGAGGUGGCGAACAUCACCAAAAUUAACGCAGACCUAAAGUGGCAGCCUCCCAGCAGUGAUGGCGGCUCACCCAUCACCAACUACGUGGUUGAAAAGAGGGACGUGAGGCGGAAGGCGUGGCAGACUGUCGAUACCACCGUCAAGGAACAGAAGUAUACGGUUACCCCUCUCAACGAAGGAUCGCUGUAUGUGUUCCGGGUUGCUGCAGAGAAUGCCGUUGGGAUGGGUGAAUUUUGCGAGCUGGAGGAUGCCGUUCUUGCCAAGGACACUUUUACAACUCCUGGACCUCCUUAUGCACUGACAGUGGUGGAAGUCACCAAGAGACACGUGGAGCUGAAGUGGGAACCUCCCAAUAGCGAUGGUGGAAGACCAAUAACAAAGUAUGUGAUUGAGAAGAAAGAAAAGGUGGGAACUCGCUGGCUGAAGUGCUGCAAAACUCCGGACAGAAAGACUCAGUUCAAGGUAACGGAUGUUGAUGAAGGUUCAGAAGUGCAGUUCCAGGUCAGAGCUGAGAACGAGGCUGGAGUUGGAGAUCCAAGUGAACCCACCGUGAUUCUCACCAUUGAAGAUCCAACCAGUGCACCAUCACCUCCACUUGAAGUGGUCAUCCCUGAUGCCAGCAGGGAGCACAUCAAUGUCACCUGGAAGCCUCCGGUCAAGGACGGGGGUUGUCCUGUCACUGGGUACCAUGUGGAGGUGGCAGAAGCCCGUCCAGAACUAAAGUGGCUCAGGGUCAACAGCAGACCCAUCAAGGAGCUAAAGUUCAGGAUAGAUGAUGGAAUCAAACCUGAGAAAAAGUAUGUCAUUAGGGUUCGGGCCAUCAACUCUGUCGGAGUCAGUGAUCCCUCUGAUGUCUCUGAUAAGGUCGCCACCAAAGAUCCUGACUGUGCUCCAACCAUGGAUUUGGAAGCAAAGGAUGUGAUAGUGGUUGAAGGUGAGAAGCUGCACCUGAAUAUUCCCUACAGGGCAAUCCCGACACCCAAGAUGGUUUGGCAGAAGGACACUGUGGAGUGUAAGGCCGGUGACCGGCUCUCCCUGACAGUGGAGAUGAACAGCGCCCACCUGGAGCUGCUCAAGUGCAGCCGCGGUGAUGCUGGCGCCUAUGCCAUCACUCUGGAAAACAGUCUGGGAACUGCCACUGGAACCGUCAAUGUCAAAGUCAUCGGACUCCCUGGUCAGUGUAAAACUAUCACCUCCAGUGACGUCACCAAGAACAGCUGCAAGGUCAGCUGGGAAGCUCCAGAGGAUGAUGGCGGCACCCCCAUUGUCAGCUAUACCCUGGAGCGCCGUGAAGCGUCCAAAAAGACUUACAUGCCUGUUAUGUCAGGAGAAAAUGUCCUAACAAGUACUGUCAAAGAUCUCUUUGUCAACUGUGAGUACUACUUCAGGGUGAAAGCUGUCAACAAGGUCGGAGCGGGACAAUAUCUGGAGUUACAAAACCCGGUCAUUAUAGAGGAAAUAAAACAGAAACCAGACCCACCCAUCCAAGUGGAGGCUCAUGACCCAACGUCCAAGUCCAUCACAGUCACCUGGAAGGCUCCAGACUACGAUGGCGGCUGUCCCAUCCAGGGCUACAUCAUAGAGAAGAUCGAGAAGGACGGCGACCGCUACGAGAGGGUCACACCAAGCCUGGUCCCUGGUUUCUCCUACGUGGUGAUGGGCCUAAAGGAGGACAUGGAGUACCAGUUCAGGGUCAGAGCUGAGAAUGCUGCCGGAGUCAGUGAGCCAUCACGCAGCUCACAGCCCAUCAAGGCUGCAGACCCUGUUGAAAAACCCAAGGUCACCCUGCACGCCCGUGUUCAAUCUGGGCUCUGCAUCAAGAAAGGUGAGGAAAUCUGCAUUGACGCCUACAUCUCUGGCUCCCCAUAUCCCAAAGUCACCUGGCUGAGAAAUGAUGAGGAUGUCGCCAAAGAGCCCACCAAGAAGUUCAUUCCUGUUAUCAAGAAGAAGAAGACCAAAGCCAAGGUUCCAGAACCAGAGGAGGAGUUUGUGACUCCCCUGCGUGAGCGUCUGGGUAUAGACCAGACCAAGAAGGGACAAUCUGCACUGAUGAUCCGUGAUGCCGUCAGAACCGAUCACGGCAGCUUCACUAUCAAGGUGGAAAACACACAUGGUGUUGCCACCGCUUCCUGCGUCGUCAACGUCCUAGACAAACCUGGUGCUCCGAUUAACUUCACCUUUGAUGAGAUCAGGAACACGUCGGUCAUCUGUAACUGGGAGCCUCCUGAGGAUGAUGGUGGCAGCGAGAUCCUGAACUACAUUCUGGAGAAGAAAGACAACAAGAAGGACGAGACUGGCUGGAUCACCGUCACUUCUACCCUGAAGGGCACCAGCUGCCCCGUCACCAAGCUCAUCGAAGGGAAGGAGUACAUCUUCAGAGUCACUGCAGAAAACAAGUAUGGCUGUGGUCCACCGUGCAUCUCCGAACCACUCGUCGCCAAGAACCAGUUCAGUCCUCCUGAUGCUCCCAACACUCCCAGAGUCCACGAGGUGACGGCAAGCACCGCGCACAUCUCCUGGCAUGAGCCAAAGGACAAUGGAAGCCCCAUCCUGGGUUACUGGAUCGAGAGGAAGGAGGUGAACAGCAAACACUGGACCAGAGUCAACCGAGCCCUCCUCAACUCUCUCGAGGUGAAGGUGACUGGCCUGAUGGAGGGCUUGACCUACAUCUUCAGGGUCUGUGCUGAGAAUCUGGCUGGCCCCGGGCCCUUCAGUGAUCCGACCGAUCGCAUUGUCGCCAUGGAUGAAAUCCUGCCUCCUGGUCCACCAAUUCCAUGGAUCGUGGACACCGGGAAGGACUCUGUUGUUGUGGCGUGGAAGCCCCCGCUGUACAAUGGUGGUGGAGACAUCCUGGGAUACCACGUUGAGAAGGUUCUGGCCGGAGAGAAAGACUGGAGCCGCAGCACCGAGUUCAGGUGUAAAGAGCUGACGUACACUGUGACCGGCCUCACUGAGGGAGCAGAUUAUUAUAUCCGGGUUCUUGCAGUCAAUGAUGCAGGCCCAGGAGCUCCUGGUGUUACUGAACCCGUUACCGUCAAAGAGCCCCAAGAAUCUCCUGUUGUGGAUUUCGAUGACUCUGUGAAGAACGGCGUCAUGAUUAGGGCCGGCGAGUCUCUGAGGCUUCCUGCUGUGGUCCGUGGUCGACCCCAGCCGGAGGUAAAAUGGGCCAAAGAUGAGGCUGAAAUCGACAAAGAGAGGAUGAUUGUGGAGACCGUGGGGAAGAACAGUACAUUGUUCAUCAAGAAGGCUGUGAGGGCAGAUCACGGAAAGUACCAGAUCACCGGCACCAACAGCAGCGGGAGCAAGACCGCCGAGACAAGAGUGGAUGUUAUGGAUGUUCCUGGGCCGGUGGUUGACUUGAAGGCUGUUACAGUUACCAAGAAGAACAUCGUCCUCACCUGGUCUGACCCCGUGGAUAAUGGUGGCAGCGAUAUCAUUGGUUAUGAGGUGCUAAAGAAGGAUGCCAAUAUGAAGCUCUUCCGCCAGCCCAUUGAGACUGCAUCCUGCAAGUGUGAUGUCCAAGGCCUGCUGGCUGGCGAGCAGUAUGAUUUCAGAGUCAUUGCCAGGAACAAGUAUGGUGAUGGACUUCCAGCAGACCUGGGUCCCAUCUUAGCUGAGGAUCCAAAAGGUACACCAUCUGCCCCAGAGAAACUGCACUACACCAACAGAAGCAAGAACACCAUCACUCUGGCCUGGCAGCCUCCUCGCACUGAUGGUGGCAGCCCCAUCAGAGGAUACUAUGUGGAGAAGAUGAGGUCUGACAGCACCGAGUUUGAAGUGGCCAACCGCAAGAUCUUCACUGAGUGCUGUGGAACCAUUGAGAACCUGUCGGAGAACCAGGAGUAUGACUUCCGUGUCAAAGCCGUGAACGAGGUUGGAGAAGGAGAUCCAUCCAAAAGAAUCACCGUCAAGAUCCAGGAUGAUGAGAUUGCUCCCAGCAUUACAAUCUUGAAAUUCAUCAAGAGCAACGCCAUCAAUGUGAGGAAAGGCGCCGCCAUCGACAUCCCAGCAGAAGUGAGGGGACUUCCUCUGCCGACACUGCAGUGGAUGAAGGAUGACGUCGUGAUCGAGAAGACCGAUGAGGAGAAGAUGACGAUGGAGACUGAGGAGGUGGACCGGACAACCAUAAGGACGAAGAUCGCCAUCCCAGAAACCAUAAGGCAGGACAAAGGCAGCUACAAGCUGGUUGCUGAAAACUGCCACGGGAAAGCUCAGCAGAUCAUCAAAGUCGAGAUCCUCGACCGUCCUCUUCCUCCACGGAACAUCGUGGUCUCAGACAUCAAAGCAGACUCGUGCUACCUGACCUGGGACGCUCCAGAAGACAAUGGAGGAAGCGAGAUUACUAACUACAUUGUUGAGCGCAGAGAUGCAAGCAAGAAAAAGUCUGACUUUGAUGUUCUCACCAUCAACCUCAUUGACAGGAGAUAUGGGGUGUACAAACUGGACUUGAAUGGUAGCUACCAGUUCAGGAUCAAAGCUGAAAACAAAUAUGGCGUCAGUGAUGGCUGCGACUCAGAGAAAGUCCAGCUGCGGGAUCCAUUUGGUCUUCCUGGACCUCCACGUAAUGCAAAGAUUAUUGCUGCUACAGCGACCACAAUGACCGUGACUUGGGAUCCCCCUCUGGACAACGGUGGUUCCACCAUCCAGGGAUAUUGGCUGGAGAAGAGGGAACGUGGUGCUGUUUACUGGGGUCGUGUCAACCGAGCUCCAGUCACCAAACCGGCAGUGAAAGGCCUGCAGUACACCGUGCUGAAGCUCAUAGAAGGAACAGAGUACCAGUUCAGGAUUUCAGCCUGCAAUGCUGCUGGUGUUGGACCGCCCAGCGAGGCCACAGAGUGCCGCUUUGCUGUGGAUCCAUGCAACCCCCCAAGCAUACCUGGAAAUCCUGAAAUUAAAGACAAGACCAAGAGCAGCGUCACUCUAACCUGGACCCCACCGGACAAAGAUGGCGGGAGCCCAAUCAAGGGUUACAUUAUAGAGGUUCAUGAGGAGGGCUCUCCUGAUUGGAGGAGAGUGAAUCCUGCUGAUAAGCUCCACCCCUCCACUGAAAUCACUGUACCUGACCUGAAGGAAGGCAAGAAGUGCAAGUUCAAGAUUUACGCGGUGAACUCUGCUGGAAACUCAGAGCCUGCUAGGACUGGUGACAUCCUGGUUCAGGACAUCCUGAUUGAGCCAACGGUGACUCUCGAUGUGACUGCUCACGACCUGCUAAACUGUAGAGCAGGAACAACCAUUAAGAUUCCUGCCACCAUCACCGGCCGACCCGUCCCCAAAGUCACCUGGACGUUCGAUGGAACGGCUGAGACUGAGAAAAAGAACGAUCUACACACUCUGCCGAUUGACUCAGAGAUCCAUUCCACCGACACAACCUCAGUGAUUGUGAUCCCAGCCUGCAAACUAAACCACAGUGGCAGAUACAUUAUCAACGCAGAGAGCCCUGCUGGACACAGAGUGGUCAAAGUCAGAGUCAGCGUCCUCGACCUGCCCGGACCUCCCAGAGACCUGAAGAUUAGUGACGUGACCAGGGGAACAUGCAGACUCACCUGGAAACCCCCAGAGUGUGAUGGAGGAGAGAGGGUUAAGAGCUACUUUAUUGAAAAGAAAACAGCAGAGGGAAAAGCAUGGACCAAGGUAAACCCGGCCUGUGCUGCUCAGUCUCUGGUGGUGCCAGAUCUGAAUGAAGGCCAGGAGUACUUUUUCCGUGUACGUGCUGAGAACCGCUUUGGGUUUGGCCCCUACAUCGCAAGCAUUCAAAGGACCAAGGCCAGAGAUCCAAUCCAUCCUCCCGAUCCUCCAACAAGGUUGAAGAUCCAGAGCGUCAGGAAGGGCACAGUAACUCUGACCUGGAAGGCUCCAAAGAACGAUGGUGGUUCACCUGUAACCCACUACAGCGUGGAUCUCCUCUGCUGGGACAGCAGUGGCACCCAGAAGGAGUCCUGGAGGAGGUGCAACAGGAGAGAUGUGGACACCACCAGCUUUAAAGUGGAGGACCUUACAGAGGGAGAUGAGUAUGAGUUCAGGGUGAUGGCUUACAAUGAAGUCGGACCGAGCCGACCUUCAUCUACUGCUGGACCAAUCAUCAUCCAGGACCAGAGCUGUGCUCCAUCCAUCGACCUGAAUGAGUUCAUGGAGGUGGAGCAGGGCUCCGACAUUAGCAUUGUGGCCCAAAUUCGUGGCUGUCCAUUCCCUACACUCACCUGGUACAAGGCUCCGCCCCACAAGUCCGACGCGAAGGUGGAGGUGCAGUACGACGAGCAUAUAAAUAAGAUUGUUUCGGACGACAGCUGCACACUGCUCAUCCAGCAGGGCAAACGUCCCGACACAGGCCUGUACACGCUGGUGGCUUCCAACAGCCUUGGCAAGGCCUCCAAGGAGAUGAGGCUCAACGUGCUCGGCCGUCCCGGUCCUCCCUCUGCUCCCAUUAAGUUUGAGGAGAUUGGAGCUGAGAAGAUCACGCUUUCCUGGCUGCCGCCGAAGGACGAUGGUGGCUCCAAAGUCACGAACUACGUCAUCUGGAGGCGGGUGGCCAACAGAAAGACUUGGGUGCCUGUCACCAGUGAGCCGAAAGAGCGGAUCUGGACAGUGGAGAACUUGAUGAAGGGACAUGAGUACGUGUUCCGCAUUAUGGCACAGAACAAGUAUGGAGUUGGAGAGCCAUUGGACAGUGAGCCCGAGGUGGCCCGAAAUCUCUACACUGCACCUGGUCAGGUUGAAAAGCCGACAGUUACCAGCGUAACCAUGGACUCCAUGACUGUUAACUGGGAAGAACCUGAGGACGAUGGGGGGUCCCCGAUCACUGGCUACUGGCUGGAACGCAAGGAGACAACUGGCAAACGCUGGACCCGUGUCACCCGCGACCCGAUCCGUCCCAUGGGCCUGGGCGAGUCGUUUGUGGUGAGCGGACUCAUUGAGGGAUCCCAGUAUCUAUUCCGAGUCUCUGCCAUCAAUGCCGCAGGGCCCGGACUUGCCAGCCCUCCCACUGACCCCAUCUUUGCCAGAGACCCUAUCACGCCGCCAUCUCCUCCAACCCCAAAGGUUUCUGACUGGACAAAGUCUACAGUGGACCUGGAGUGGAUUCCUCCUCUGAAGGAUGGAGGCUCCAAGAUCAUUGGUUAUUGGGUGGAGCACAAAGAGGAGGGCACUGAAGCCUGGGUCAAGGCCAAGGACACGGAAAUCCGUGGCACCCGGUUUGUGAUCACUGGUCUGAAGACUGGUGGUAAAUACAGGUUCAGAGUGAUUGCCUUCAAUGCUGCUGGCAAUGGUGAGCCAGGAGAAGUCCCAGAGGUUCUCGAAGUGAAUGACAGAAUUGUUGCGCCUGAGGUCGACUUGGAUGCCUCGGUGAAAGAAAGAAUAGUGGUCCACGCUGGCGGCGUGAUCCGAAUCAUUGCCUACGUGUCAGGCCAGCCAUCCCCCGAUGUCACCUGGAGUAGAGAUGGAGCUGCACUGCCUCCUGAGGCUAAAGUGGAGACCACAGCCAUCAGCUCAUCUCUUGUCAUCAAACCUUGCACUAGGAAACACCUUGGUGUGUACACACUGACCGCCAAAAAUGCUGGAGGAGAGAAGACAAAGAAGAUCACAGUGGAAGUUCUGGAUGUUCCCGGGCCAGUAGGCAUCCCCUUAGUUGCAGAGAACCUGAGCAGUGACUCCUGCAAAAUCAACUGGUUCUUCCCUGAGAAUGAUGGCGGCUCACCUAUAAGCAACUUCAUUAUUGAGAAACGUGAGGCUGAGCGCAAAGCCUGGACGUCGCUGUCCUACACCGCCAGCAGACAGAACGCUGUGGCUCAUGACCUCACACCUGGAAAGGCCUACUUCUUCAGAGUAGCUGCAGAGAAUGCCAUCGGUAUUGGACCCUUUCUGGAGACUGCAGCUGAGAUUGUCGUCAAGGAACCCAUCAGUGUUCCUGACCGUCCAGAGGAGGUGGAAGUCACCAAGGUCACCAAAGAUUUGAUCAGCAUUGCUUGGAAGGCGCCCAAGUAUGACGGUGGCUCAGAGAUCACUAUGUAUAUCCUGGAAGCACGCAUGAUUGGCAAAGACAAAUUCACUAGACUGACAAAGGAGCACCUGAUGGACAGGAAAUACACCUACGAUGGCCUCAGGGAGGGUGACACCUAUGAGUUUAGGGUCAUUGCUGUCAAUGAGGUUGGCCCCAGCAAACCAUCUUUCUGCACCAAACCAGUCACCUGCAAGGACGAGCUGGAGCCGCCCACCAUUGAGCUGGAUUUCCGCGAUAAGAUCAUCAUCCGCGUGGGGGAGAGCUGCCUGCUGCAGGGCCGCUAUACUGGUAAACCACCUCCAUCCAUCACGUGGUAUCGUGACGACAAGGAGCUGAAAGCUGACAAACACAUCAUGUUCAAGAACACGCUAACCACCAUGUCGCUGGGCCUGAUGAAGGCAGAGCGUGAACACAGCGGCAGAUACGUGGUCGUUGUAGAGAACAGUACCGGAUCCAGGAAGGGAGUCUGCAACAUCACGGUUGUUGACCGCCCGACUCCUCCUGUUGGCCCAGUGGUGUUUGAGGAGGUUCACAGGGAAUACAUGGUGAUCUCCUGGAAGCCUCCUUUGGACAGUGGUGGUGUUGAUGUCUCUAAUUACAUAAUUGAGAAAAGAGACAUCAACAGAGAAACCUGGACCACAGUAACAUCUGCCACCACCAAGACCACAUGCAAAAUCCCCAAGCUGACAGAGGGCAGGGAGUAUAUAAUGAGAAUCUGUGCUGAGAACAUGUACGGUAUCAGCGACCCUCUGGAAUCUGAGGAGAUGAAAGCCAAAGAUCUCUUCAGAGUCCCCGAAGCCCCUGAAAUGCCAACAGUCAGGGAGGUGUAUGGCACCAAUGCUCUAGUGCUGUGGAACCGGCCUCGUGAUGGUGGAAAGCCCAUCACCAACUACAUCCUGGAGAAAAAAGAGACCACAGCCAAGAGGUGGUCCAGGGUCACCAGAGACCCACUGUACCCAGCCACUCAGUAUCGAGUCCAGGAUCUAGUGGAGGGUUGCGAGUAUGAAUUCAGGGUGAUGGCUGAGAAUGAACUCGGACCUGGAGAUCCCAGUGUCCCCUCCAAGCCCAUACUUGCCAAAGACCCUAUUGUGCGCCCCAGUCCUCCUGUGACCCCCGAGACCUAUGAUAAGACCAAGGACUCCGUCAGCCUGAAGUGGAAGAUGCCACGCCACGACGGGAGGGGACGAAUCUUUGGAUACCUUGUGGAGUACCAGACGCCUGGUGCCGUAGAGUGGAUGCAAGCCAACGAAACCCCAGAGCAGUGCCCUGACCUCCACUAUGUGGUGACAGGGCUGGCUGAAGGACACGAGUACAAAUUCAGGAUCUUCACUGUCAAUGCUGCCGGCAAAUCAGAUCCUGCUUAUGUCAAGGACACCAUUAAAGUCCAUGACAGGCUUGAGGAACCACAGUUGCUGCUGGAUGCCAACAUGGCACGUGACCACCUGGCCAUGCUGGGAUCUGACAUCACCCUGAGUGCCACCAUCAAAGGUGUGCCGACGCCCACAGUCAGCUGGAAGAAGAACGAUGCAGACGUUCCUGCUCACAUCACCGUCGCUGUUACUGCCACUGGCAGCAAAGUCUUCAUCCCGAAGUGCGUCCGUGCAGACUCUGGCAACUACACCAUCACUGUUGAGAAUGCUGCUGGAAAGAAGACAGCAACCGUUGCUGUGCUUGUGCUGAACAAGCCUUCUCCUCCCAGGGACUUGGCAAUCUCUGAUGUGACCAGUGAGUCCGCCUACCUCACGUGGAAGGCUCCAGAGGACAAUGGCGGUGCCGUCAUCUCUCAUUACAUCGUGCAGAAGAAGAACGUGGCUGCUGAGCAGUGGGUACCUGUUGCUGCGGCCAAUAAGAAACUGAGUCUGAUGGCCAUGUACCUGAUGGAAGGAAUCCAGUAUUUGUUCAGGGUAGCUGCAGAGAACCAGUUUGGCAGGAGUGAUUACGUAGUGACCAAAACACCCAUCAAGGCUGUCGAUCCUCUCUAUCCUCCUGGCCCACCCAAGAACCUGCACCAUACUGAUGCAGAUAAGACAGAGGUUUGGUUGGCAUGGGAGUGGCCUGACCGCACCGGCGGAAGUGAAAUUACUGGCUUCAUUGUGGAGCACCAAGAAGAGGGUCAGACUGACUGGGUCACCUUCAAGACCGUAAGCAACAAUCACACCCAUGUCACAGGUCUGGAGGAGGGCAAGACUUACCGCUUCAGGGUCAAAGCUCAGAACGCCAUUGGCGUGAGCCGUCCCGACACCAGUGUCCCUGUCACAUGUCAGGAGAAAACAUUGCCACCUACUAUUGAAGUUGAUGUAAAGCUUAUUGAGGGUCUCACUGUCAAAGCUGGCACCACUAUUGCUCUUCCAGCCAAGAUGGUGGGCAUCCCUCUUCCCACUGCCAAAUGGAUGACUGAUGGCAAAGAGAUCACAUCUGAGGGCCGCUAUCACAUUCAGUCAGCUGAAUCCACAACCACCCUAAGUAUCCCUGAGUGCCAGAGAGCAGACUCUGGAGAGUAUAUACUCACUGUGUCAAAUCCUGCAGGCAGCAAAACUGUUGCCCUUCAUGUGACCGUCCUGGAUCUUCCAGGUCCACCCAUUGGACCCAUUAAUAUUUUGGAAGUCACCCCUGAUUACAUGAUGAUCCAAUGGAGAGCCCCAAAGGAUGAUGGUGGAACACCUAUCACCAACUAUGUGGUGGAAAAGAAGGAUGUGAAAAAACCAUGGGAGCCUUGGUCUGUGGUUAGCUCCAGUGGCACAGUGACUAGAGCCAAGGUGUCCAGACUAGAGAAAGGCCGUGAGUACAUUGUCCGUGUGCGUGCGGAGAACAAGAUUGGUAUCGGUGCUCCACUUGAGAGUCCUCCAACUAUUGCCAAACACAUGUUUAACCCUCCCGGCCCACCAGGCCUACCAGAAUGUUCUGAUAUAACAGAGAAUGCUGUAACAGUGUCAUGGAGCCUGCCUGACUAUGAUGGAGGAAGUCCUAUCAGUGGUUAUGUGGUUGAACGCAGAGAAAUGACAGGAAAGUGGAUCCGUGUCAAUAAAACACCUGUUCUCGACCUCAGAUAUAGAGUCUCUGGCUUAUUUGAAGGGAACACUUAUGAGUUCAGAGUAUUUGCAGAAAACAUUGCUGGUAUCAGUGAGCCCUCGCUUACCUCUGAUCCCAUCAAGGCCACCCGAGCCAUCACCAAACCUGGCCCCCCUGGUAAUCUUAAACUGAAAGACUGGAGUAAGUCCCAUGCUGACAUCUGUUGGACCAAGCCUACAAGAGAUGGAGGUAGUCCCAUUCUGGGGUAUGUAAUUGAGGCUCAGAAGUCAGGAACUGCCCAGUGGGACAGAAUCAACAAAGACCUUGUCAAGAUGUGUGCCUAUAGAGUUCCAGGCCUCAUCGAAGGACUAGAGUACAGACUCCGCAUCAGAGCCACCAAUAAGGUUGGAGACAGUGAACCCAAGGAGCUACCUCAGACUAUCUUGGCAAAGGACAUCCUGGUACCACCUGAAGUUGUUGUUGAUGUGUCAUGCCGUGACUCUCUGACAGUCAGAGCAGGUCAGAUUAUCAGUUUGAUCACUAGAGUCAAAGGCAGACCCGAUCCAGAGAUCACUUGGACCAAGGAUGCCAGAGCUUUGGCCAGGGAUAAGCGCACACAGAUGAACAACAACUACCCACUGUGUGAACUCAUCAUAAACGAUGCAGUCAGAUCAGACUAUGGUAAAUAUGCUAUUGUGGCUAAGAACAGCAGCGGGCAGGCACAGGCUGCCAUUGUUGUCAAUGUCCUAGACACACCGGGAGCUUGCCAGAAUAUAAAAGUGGCUUAUGUGACCAAGAAAUCCUGCAUGGUUUCCUGGGAGAACCCUGAAGACAAUGGAGGAACUGAGAUCACGCAGUACAUUAUUGAAUGUCGUCAGCCCAGCCAGCGAGGAUGGACAGUGGUUUCCAAUGACUGCACUAAGCGUCUGAUAAAGGCUCCUCUUACAGAAAGUUGUGAAUAUUUCUUCCGGGUCAGCGCAGAGAACAAGAUUGGCACUGGUCCACCCACUGAGACCAAGACACCUGUAUUGGCAGUUGAUCCCAUUGAGAAACCUGGUGAACCUAUUGACUUCCAUAUAUCUGAGAUAGGCAAGACCUUCUGCUUCCUCAAGUGGAAGAAGCCAGAUUAUGAUGGUGGUAGCCGUAAUCUGGGUUAUCAUAUUGAAAAGAAACCAAAGGAGGCUGAUGAGUGGGAGAGGCUUCACAAGGGUGCCAUCAAGGAGACUUACUUCAUGGCCGACAGAUGUAUCGAAAACCAGAUCUACCAGUUCAGAGUUCAGACUAAGAAUGAGGGCGGUGAAAGCAGCUGGGUUACCACAGCUGAAGUCAUGGUUAAGGAACAGUUAGUGAUUCCUGAGAUCAAGAUUAAAUUGGAUGGAACCCUUAUAGUGAAAGCAGGAGGCUCCAUUCCUAUAGAGGCAACAGUGACGGGCAAACCCCAGCCUGAUAUCAAAUGGACCAGGGAUGAAAGCACAGAGGAGAUUAAGAAGGGCCCCAGGCUUCAAAUCGAAAGUGGUGCAGACUUCUCUAAACUUCUGAUUACUGGAGCAAGGCGCACUGACAGUGGCAAAUAUGCUGUUACUGCCUCCAACAAUGCAGGAACAUGCUCUGCUCAUGCCAAGGUCAUUGUACUGGAUAGACCUGGCCCCAUCAGGGAUCUCAAGAUAUCCGGUAUCACUAAUGACAGGUGUCAUCUGGCCUGGGAAAUCCCAGAGGAUGAUGGUGGCUGUGAUAUCUACAACUACAUAAUUGAGAAAUGUGAGACCAAGAGGGGAGUCUGGUCUGUUCACUCCAAUGCCGUCAUCACCAACAAAGCGAAGGUAACUCGUCUUAUUGAGGGUAAUGAGUAUAUGUUCAGAGUUAGAGCCGAGAAUAAAAUGGGCUCUGGACCAGCAGUACAGAGUGAAGCUAUUGUUGCUGGAACGCAGUUCAGUGUACCUGGUGCUCCAGAAGCACCAGAGGUCAUCAAGAUUGCCAAGGAGGAGAUGACUGUUCAGUGGUCAGAGCCAGAGAAAGAUGGUGGAAAGCCAAUCACAGGAUAUCUGUUGGAGAAGAAAGAGGAACAUGCUGUUAAGUGGUCUCCUGUCAACAAGGAUCCAAUUCCUGGAACUCGUUUCACAGUUACUGGACUCCUUCCACUUCAUGAAUACCAAUACAGAGUGAAGGCGGUGAAUGAAAUUGGCAUCAGCAACCCAAGCAAGGCUUCACGUGCAAUCACUGCUAAGGAUGCAGUUGAGCCACCUGCACCUCCUACUAACUUGAAGGUUGUGGACAGCACCAAAUCCACAGUCACCUUGGGAUGGACCAAGCCGGUGUCAGAUGGCGGAGCUCCCAUCAUUGGUUAUGUUGUGGAGAUGAGGGCAAAGGGAUCUGUUAAGAAAGGUGAAGAUGGCUGGAAGAGGUGCAACGUGGCAGCUCAGCUGAUCAUAUGCGAGUUCACAGUCACAAGUCUGGAUGAGAACCUUGUGUAUGAAUUCAGAGUGUCAGCUCAGAACCAGGUGGGCAUGAGCCUGCCAUGCAAUCUGGAAGGCGCCGUGAUUCCCAGGGAGAUUCUAGAGACACCCGAGAUAGACUUGGAUGCCAACCUAAAACAGGGAUUAACCGUAAGAGCCGGUUGUCCCAUCAGAUUAUGUGCCACCAUCAGAGGCAGACCACCUCCAAAGGUGAUUUGGAGGAGGAUGGGUAUUGACAACGUGGUCAGGAAGGGUAAAGUUGACAUCAUUGACACCAUGACCUUCCUGGUCAUUCCCAACAGCACACGUGAUGAAUCUGGAAAAUACUGCCUGACUCUGCAGAAUCCUGCUGGAGAGAAAGCUGUGUUUGUCAAUGUGAAGGUUCUGGACACUCCUGGACCCGUGAUGAAUCUGGAAGCUACAGACAUCAAACAGACAUCAGCAAUGCUGUCUUGGAGCCCUCCAGAGAACAAUGGUGGCAGUGACGUCACACAUUAUAUUGUUGAGAAGCGUGAGAUUGACCGCAAAACCUGGGCAACUGUCAAGGCCGAAGUAGCACUCGAUAAGAUUCCAUUCAAAGUCACCAAUCUGAUGCCAGGAACAGAAUACUACUUCAGGGUCACAGCUGUCAAUGAGUAUGGUUCUGGGGUUCCCAAAGUGACACCCACUUCUUACCUGGCUUCUGAUCCUGUCAGCAAGCCAGAUCCUUGUCAGAAAAUUGAAGUCCUAGAAAUCACAAAGAACAGUGCUUUGGUCGGGUGGGUGAAGCCUGCAGGGGACGGUGGUGCCAAGAUUGAUGGUUAUGUAAUUGAAUACAUUGAGGUCAAACCUCCUCCAGAGCCACCAGCAGCUGUGGAGGUUCCUGAAGGAGAGGAAGCUCCUCCACCACCUCCACCACCACCAGUUAUAGAGGAGGAAGAGAAGCCAGAGCCUGAAAAGGAAGUGUGGAACGCUUAUACUACAGUUAAAGGUUUGACAAUCAGCAUCAGUGGACUGAAGGAGGGCAAGAGGUACAAGUUCAGAGUGGCUGCCAAAAACAUCAUGGGUCUCAGCUUGUUCACUGAAACCAGAGACCCUGUUGAGAUCAAGGAACAGAUGUUGGAACCAAAGAUUGUCAUGCCAGAGGCAGCAAGUGCUAGAGCUGGAGCCAAGCUUAGAGUGGAGGCAGUGGUUUCAGGAAAACCGACCCCAACCUGCAAGUGGCUGCGUGGCGAAAAAGCCGUGGUUCCAUCCAGCUGCCUGGCUGUGCAUCAGUCAGGCAACUUGUGUGUCUUGAUCAUCAAAGACGUAUCAAGGACUGACACUGGAGAGUACAGCCUUGUGGCUGAGAACAGCACUGCAAAGGUGACCCAGACCAUGAAGAUUGUCAUCAGAGAUAUACCCGGGCCUCCUGAGGGCCCCGUAGAGAUCAGCGAUAUUGACUCUGAUGCUUGUUCCUUAUCCUGGAAUAAACCUCUGGAGGAUGGAGGGAGCAACAUCACUAACUACGUGGUGGAGAAAUGUGAUGUGAGUAGAGGCGACUGGGUGACUGCUCUCUCUACAUGCCCAAAGACUAAUUGCAGGCUGGGAAAGCUUAUCCCUGGGAAGGAGUAUGUGUUCCGCAUCCGUGCUGAGAACCGCUUUGGCGUAUCAGACCCCGUUCAAUCCGACAGGAUGGUUGCAAAGUUCCCCUUUGAUGUUCCAAGUGAACCCUUUAACUGCCGCAUCAACAAGACCAACAAAGACUGUAUGUUUGUGGCCUGGGAUAAGCCAGAGAGUGACGGAGGCAGUCCCAUCACGGGUUACUACAUUGAGCGCAAAGAGAGGAACAGUCUGCUGUGGGUGAAGGCCAAUGACACUGUUGUUCGAAGCACUGAGUACCCAUGUGCUGGCCUCAUCGAGGGCCUGGAAUACACCUUCAGAGUGUCAGCUAUUAAUCGCGCUGGUCAGGGCAAACCAAGCAAGAAGACUGACUUUUUCACUGCAAGAACACCCGUUGACACUCCAGGUAAACCUGAAGUCCUGGAUGUAACCAAGAACUCAGUCACUCUGGUUUGGACCCGUCCUAAGAAUGAUGGAGGUAGCAAGAUCAUUGGUUACUAUGUUGAGGCCCUGCGGGUACCAGGAGACACUUGGAUACGCUGCAACACAAGUAGCCAGAAUGUGCCUAAGGAGGAGUACACAGUUACUGGCCUGGAGAGAGACUUGCAGUACCAGUUCAGAGUUAUUGCUAAAACUGCUGUCAACAUGAGCAGUCCCUCAGAACCCACAGACCCUGUCCUCGUGUGUGCUGAAAAUGUUCCUCCAAGGGUGGAGCUCAAUGCCAGGAUGCAGAAGGGUUUGAAGGUGAAGGCUGGAACUACAAUCCUCCUGGAGGCUGAUGUGUUCGGUAAGCCCAUGCCCAGAGUGACCUGGAAGAGAGGUGACGACAAUCUGAAGUCAGGUGAAGGCCAGGUUAUUACCCACCAAAGAAAUCACUUUCAGCUGGAAAUGACAGGUGUCACCAAGGAGCAUACAGGAACAUACACCAUCUUGGCUGAGAAUGCCAGUGGCUCCAAGAGUGCUGAGAUCCAGGUCAUUGUGCUAGAUGUACCUGGUCCUCCUGCAAAUUACAAAUGUGUUGAGGUGUUUGCCACUAGCAUCAAGUUGUCUUGGGAACCUCCUCUUAAGGAUGGUGGUGCCCCAGUCACCAACUAUAUAUUGGACAAGCGUGAAACCAGUAGACCUGAAUGGGCUCAGGUUGCAGGUAAAAUCAAGGGUGACAUCCUUGAGUUCACUGUGGCAAAGUUAAUUGAAGGUCAUGAAUACCAGUUCAGAAUCCGCGCUGAGAACACGUGGGGAGUUGGAGACCCUCUUAUCACCGGCCCUGUCAUCGCCAAGAACCCAUUCACUGUCCCUGGCCCCUGUGAAGCCCCGGUGAUCACCAAUGUCACCAAGGACCGUAUGACCGUUAGCUGGAAGGAGCCUGCAGAUGAUGGAAAGUCCACUAUCCUGGGUUACAUGUUGGAAAAGAAAGAGACCAAGGAAAUGAAUUGGACCAAGUUAAAUAGGAAGCCACUGACAGAAAGAAGUCUGGAGGUUACAGGCCUCACAGAGGGAGUCGAGUAUGAGUUUAGAGUUAUUGCUGUCAACGUGGCUGGGCCCAGCAAACCCAGCGAGCCUUCUUCUGGCAAUGUUGCACAGAAUCCUAUUACUCCUCCUGGACCUGUUGUGAAUCCCAGUGUGACUGACACCACCCACAGCACCAUCAGUCUUGCCUGGACUGCCCCCACCAACAAUGGUGGAAGCCCCAUUAUUGGAUACUUGGUGGAGUGCAAGAGGACAGACACCAAAGACUGGAUCCGCUGUAAUGUCCCAAGGAACCUGCAGGAGACCCACUACGUCAUUCAAAACCUCAUUCAUAAGUCAGAAUACCAGUGCCGCAUCACUGCUGUCAACAAGAUUGGCUUUAGUGAACCAGUUGAAGUCCCUGGGAAACAUGUUGCCAAGGACAUCGUUGUUGCUCCUGAGGCAGAACUGAGUGCAGAGCUGAAGGAUGCCCUGGAGCUACGUGCUGGUGCCACCAUGAGACUGCAUGCCACCAUCAAGGGUCGUCCCACUCCCAAGAUAACUUGGGCAAAGAUGAACACUAACAUUAAAGACCGUCAGGGCAUCAUCAUCAAAUCCACCCAUGUUGACACCAUGGUGAUGGUGGAGAAAGUGAACAGAUAUGAUGCUGGCAAAUACAUUCUGAGCUUGGACAGCUUAGCUGGCAUGAAGAUGUAUACCAUCGUUGUCAAAGUUUUUGACACUCCUGGACCACCAGUUAAUCUAAUGGUGAAGGAUACAUGUAAGGAUAGUGCCUCCAUCUACUGGGAUGCUCCUCUGAUUGACGGUGGCUUUGAAAUUACCCACUACAUAGUACAGAAGCGUGACACUGAGAGGAAGGCUUGGUCUACCGUUUCCACCAACUGCAAUAAGACAUCAUUCAAGGUUCCAGACCUAGAUGCUGGGCGGUCCUACUGCUUCAGAGUGGCAGCAGUUAACCAGCUGGGUACUGGAGAGUUCUGUGAGACUGAUGAUUCAGUCAGAGCAACAGAGGAGCCUGGGCCUGUCAUGGACUUCAAGACCCUGCUGGUUACCAAGGAUUCUUGCACUUUAAGCUGGAAGAAACCCCUCACUGAUGGUGGUAGUCGCAUCAUCUGUUAUGUACUUGAGGUUCUCAAUGGUGAGGAUAAAUACAAGGAGCUAAUGAGGUCUAAGAAUAUGCAGUAUAGUGCCAAGGACCUGGUGGAGGAUAGAGAGUAUACCUACAGAGUCAAAGCUGUGAAUGACACAGGAGAGAGUGCUCCCAAGGAGCUGAAAGUGGUUGCCAAGGACCAGCUCAUUCUUCCCAGUUGUGACUUGAGGGAGUUGCCCAACAUGUGCUACAUUGCCAAGGAAGGCAGUACCGUCCGCCUGAAGAUCCCAAUUAUUGGCAAGCCUACACCCAAGGUAACCUGGAAGAAGGGAGAUGAUGAAGACCUGACAGACACUGGCCGAGUGUGUGCCGAGUCCUCAGCAGUUAACACCACCCUCCUCAUCAGGGACUGCCAAAGGACUGAUGCUUCCAAAUACACCAUCACCCUGAGAAACAGUGCUGGAAGCAAAGAGUCCACCAUCUUUGUCAGGGUGGUGGGUAAACCUGGCAUUCCUGGAGGACCAGUAAAGUUCAAAGAUGUUGCUGCUGAUGGUGCCACACUAAAGUGGGGUCCUCCCAAGGAUGAUGGUGGCUCUGAAAUUACCAACUAUAUCCUGGAAAAGAGGGACUCCAUCACAAACAUGUGGGUGACUGUGUCCUCUGUUGUGGAGACCAACACCAUGAGAGUAACUGGUCUUCAUGAGGGCACAGAAUACAUCUUCAGAGUAUGUGCCGAGAACAAGUAUGGGGUCGGCGAAGGACUCAAAUCUGAGCCGAUUGUAGCCAAACAUCCAUUCAAUGUUCCUGAUGCUCCUGCUCCUCCUCAGAUUAUGAGCAUGCGCCAUGAUUCAGCUUAUCUUGCCUGGACUGAUCCAAGGAAGACUGGAGGAUCUCCUAUUACAGGCUAUCAUGUUGAGUUCAAGGAGAGAAACAGUAUGUUGUGGAAGAGGGCAAGCCCAGCUGCCUUGAAGAUGAGAGAACAUAAAGUCACUGGGCUGACUGAAGGUCUGGAGUAUGAGUUCAGAGUGAUGGCAAUUAAUUUGGCUGGAAUUGGUAGACCAAGUGCCCCCACUGAUCCACAGGUGGCCCUGAACCCCGUUGAUGCACCUGGUAAACCAGAUGUAAUCAGCAUUACAAGGAGCACUGUGACCCUCCAGUGGACUGAACCUCAGUUUGACGGUGGCCACCGACUGACGGGCUACAUUAUUGAGAAAAGAGACCUGCCUUCUAAAAUCUGGGUAAAGGCAAACAAUGUGAAUGUUGUGGAACCUGCAUUCACUGUCACUAAAUUGCAAGAGGGCUGCAAAUACGAGUUCAGAAUUCGGGCAAAGAAUGCUGCGGGCGCUCUCAGUCCACCCUCUGAGCAGACAGAUACCAUUAUCUGCACAGAUGAAUAUGCUGCGCCAACCAUUAUAAUUGAUGCUCAGGUGAUGGAAGGCUUGACUGUCCGAGCUGGCGAUACUAUCGUCAUCACUGCCACAAGCAUUUUAGGGAAACCUGCACCAACCUCCUGCUGGUCAAAGGGAGGAAAGUACUUUAAACCCUCAGAUCUUGUUCAAAUUGAGACCACUGCCACAUCCUCCACUUUGUCGGUCAAAUAUGCUAGCAGGAAGGACUCUGGAGACUACAUAAUCACUGCCAGUAAUCCCUUUGGUGUAAAGGAGGAAACUGUGAAGGUCAAAGUUCUGGAUGUUCCUGGUGCUCCUGGACCCAUUGAGUGCAGUGGUGUAUCCUCAGAAAAAGUGACUCUUACAUGGACAGCUCCUACUGAGGACGGAGGCUCUCCUAUCAAGUAUUACACCCUGGAGAAGAGGGAGACCAGCCGUUUGCUCUGGACUAUCCUGGAAGAUAACAUUAUUGAUUGUCACUAUGUGGCCAACAAACUCAUCCAGGGCAAUGAAUACUUCUUCAGAGUCUCUGCUGUUAACCAGUAUGGUGCCAGUGAGCCAUCACACUCUGAGGCAGUUAAAAUGGUGGAUAGAUUUGGUCCACCUGGUCCACCUUCCAAACCAGAGGUUGAAAAAGUCGAUGGACAUUCAGCCACUGUGACCUGGAGAAGACCAACUGAAGAUGGAGGAAGCGACAUCAUAGGUUAUUGUGUUGAAAAGAAAGAGAAAAAAGGCAUGAGAUGGGUCAGAGCAUCCAAGAAAUCCAUCACUGAACUCAGCUUUGAAGUCACAGGUCUCACUGAGGAUGUGGAGUACGAGUUUCGUGUUCUUGCUGAGAACAGAGCUGGGUUUGGUGAGCCAAGUGAACCAUCGAUGGUUGUCAGGACAAUAGUUGUUGCCUAUCCACCUGGACCUCCAGUCAAUCCAAGAGUUACAGACACAACCAAAACCACUGCCACUCUGAACUGGGGAAAACCUCUUCAUAAUGGUGGACUGGAAGUUACUGGGUAUGUCAUUGAGCACAAAAAAGAAGGAACAGAAGAAUGGGUUAAGGAUACCCCAUCAUCUCCACUUAGGAUCACAGAAUUUGUUGUUCCUGAACUAGACACUGGUGCAAAAUACUGCUUCAGAAUUAGUGCUGUGAAUGCUAAAGGAGUGGGAGAACCUGCCGAAACUAAGGAAUUCACUGAGAUUGUGGAGCAUGCAGCUGAACCUGGAAUGGAGCUUGAUGUUGAGCUCAGAAGAACUCUUGUUGUCAGAGCUGGUUGCUCCAUUCGCCUUUUUGUGCCAAUCAAGGGACGUCCUACACCUACUGUCACCUGGACCAAGGAAGGCGGACCUGUUCCACGUGCAGUCAUUGACAGCACUGAAUCAUUUACGAUGCUGAUCAUUCCUGAGAGUUCAAGAAUUGAUGCAGGCAAAUAUGAGCUUACCCUCGAAAACUCAGCUGGAAAGAAGAGUGCUGACAUACACGUGAGAGUUCUGGAUUCACCUGGGCCUCCGCUUAACCUAAAACCAAUCAAGAUUGACAAAGAAAGCAUUACGCUUCAGUGGGAAAUGCCUCUCAUUGAUGGUGGUGCAAAGAUCACAAACUAUAUCAUUGAGAAAAGAGAAUCAACACGCAAGGCUUUUGCUACUGUUGUUACAAAGUGCCCAACUACUUCAGUCAGAAUUUGUGACCUGGGUGAAGGUUGUGAGUACUAUUUCAGAGUGUCUGCUGAGAAUGAGUAUGGUAUCGGUGAGGCGGUUGAAACUUCUGAUCCAAUUCGUGCAUCCCAGACACCAAGCUCUCCAGAGAGCAUUAUUCCUACUGAUAUCACCAAGAACUCUAUCAGCCUGGCUUGGACCAAACCUAAGCAUGACGGUGGAAGCAGAAUUACAGGAUAUGUCCUGGAAGCCCAGAAGAAGGGAACUGAUCAGUGGUCUCAUAUUACGACGGUCAAGAACAUGGAUUUCACUGUGAAGAAUCUCAAUGAGAAUGAGGAGUACAUUUUCCAUGUAAUGGCUGUCAAUCACUCAGGUAGGAGUAUUCCAAAGGAGAGCAAACCCAUUGUUGUCAAGGACUCUACUUCUUUGCCAGAGUUUGACCUGCGUGGAGUUUGUCACAAGACUGUUAUUGCCAAGGCAGGAGAUGAUAUCAAGGUUGAAAUUCCAGUUAUGGGACGUCCUAGACCAACUGUCUCUUGGCAGAAGGAUGGCGCAGCCCUGAAACUCACACAGAGGACCAAUGUAGAAACUACUGCUGCUACGGUCAUUAUCAGCAUCAGUGAGUGCACCAGAGCUGACAGUGGUGUAUACACCAUGACAGGAAAGAACAUUGUUGGAUCUGUGACAGACAGCAUCACUCUGAAAGUUCAUGAUGUACCUGGUCCACCCAAAGGACCCGUUAAGAUUGUGGAAAUAUCUCGUACUUAUUGUAUCUUUUCAUGGGACGCUCCUGAGAAUGAUGGAGGGGUUCCCAUCAACAACUAUGUCAUUGAAAUACGAGACACCACUUCUCAAACAUGGACUGAGCUGUCGUCUACCGUCAUCCGCACAAUGUUUAAAGCCAUCCGGUUAACUACUGGAUCAGAGUAUCAGUUCAGAAUAAAGGCUAAGAACAGAUAUGGUGUUGGACCUCCUAUUACUUCAGAGACAGUGGUGGCUGCCUAUCCAUUCAAAGUCCCUGGUCCUCCAGGUACUCCUAACGUUGUUGCAUUUACCAAAAACUCAAUAACAAUUGGCUGGAAUGAGCCUGUGAAUGAUGGUGGAAAUGAAGUCAUUGGCUACCAUGUUGAGAGGAAAGAAAGAACCAGCAUAAUGUGGUAUAGGAUUAGCAAGGGUCUUGUAAAAGGAAAUAUCUUUAAAUCCUCUGGACUUGAAGAUGGAGUUGCUUAUGAGUUUCGUGUCAUGGCUGAAAACAUGGCUGGAAUUGGUAAACCCAGCAAGGCCUCAGAACCGAUACUGGCCUUGGACCCUGUUGACCCACCAGGUCAGCCUGUGCCAAUAUCUGUCAACAAGAAUGCCAUUACUAUUCAGUGGACAAAGCCUGAGUAUGAUGGUGGGUUCAAAAUCACCGGCUACAUUGUGGAGAAGAGAGAACUGCCUGCUGGUCGCUGGAUGAGAGCCAACUUUACCAACAUAAUUGAAACAACGUUCACUGUUAGUGGACUAACUCAAGAUGCCUCAUAUGAGUUCCAUAUCAUAGCCAGAAACUCAGCAGGUGCAGUGAGCAUACCUUCUGAGCCUUCAGAUCCUAUUAUCUGCAAAGAUGACAUUAUCGAACCACGCAUUAUGGUAGAUGCCAUCUUUAGGGAUGUUGUUCUACUAAAGGCAGGAGAGUCAUUCAAGCUUGAAGCUGAUAUUGCUGGUCAACCAACACCAUCUAUGGUUUGGACCAAAAAUGGAAAGGAGGUUGAGAAUACAAUGAAACUGGAAGUUAGGUUCACUGAACUGACAACUACUCUCACCAACAAGGACUCUAUAAGGCCAGAUGGAGGUGAAUUCAUUUUGACUGCCACUAAUGUUGGUGGAUUUGCAAAGCACAUUUUUAAUGUUAAAGUGCUUGACAGACCAGGACCACCAGUUGGACCUCUUAAGGUAACUGAUGUCACAGCUGAGAACUGUGCACUCUCCUGGGCUCCACCUGCAGAUGAUGGUGGUUCCAAGAUUGAAGGAUAUGUGAUUGAGAAGCGUGAAUCAAGCAGACUGGUUUGGACCAGUGUUGUUUCAGACCUCCAAGAUACACAAUACAAGGUUACUAAGCUGCUCAAAGGAAACGAAUACAUUUUUAGAGUAAUGGCAGUGAACAAAUAUGGAAUUGGCGAAUCGCUUGAAUCACAACCCACUAUUGCAGACAACCCAUAUGUGAUUCCAGAUCCUCCUGAGAAUGCUGAGGUGACAGCUAUCACUAAAGAUUCAAUGGUUGUCAUGUGGCAAGCACCUAAGAGUGAUGGUGGAACUCCCAUCACCACCUACCAUAUUGAAAGAAAAGAUAGAAUGGGCCUCCGUUGGGUCAAAUGUAACAAGAGGAAAGUCAAAGAUCUGCAGUUCAAGGCAACAGGUCUUGUUGUUGGACAUGAAUAUGAAUUCAGAAUUAUUGCUGAGAAUGCUGCCGGAUUGAGUGUACCAAGUGUGUCUAGUCCAUUCUACAAGGCCACUGAUGGACUAUACAAGCCUGAAGCUCCAUGCAACCCCAGAAUCUUGGAUACAACCAAGUCUUCAAUUACUGUGGCUUGGAACAAACCUGCAUUUGAUGGUGGCUGUGAAAUAAUGGGCUACAUUGUAGAAACAUGCAUCCCAUCUGAAAAGAAGGAAGAAGAGGAAUGGACCAUUGUGACACCCAAGGAAGGUCUUCCUGCUACCUCAUUCACCAUUGUUAACCUGAAGGAGAAUCAAGAGUACAAGAUUCACAUCUCUGCUGUCAAUAGUGAAGGAAUUGGAGAGGCAGCAUCUGUACCUGGUAAUCCAAAGGCAGAGGACAGGCUUCUCCCUCCUGAGAUUGAUUUGGAUGCGGAACUUCGGUCAGUUGUCAGGCUUAGAGCUUGCUGUUCACUUAGACUGUUUGUGCCUAUCAGAGGCAGACCACCCCCUCAGGUAAAAUGGACCAAAGGAGAUGGGGAGCCAGUUGAGAGGGCAAUCAUUGACAGCACAACAUCAUACACAUCACUGAUAAUUGAAAAUGUCAACCGAUUUGACAGUGGAAAGUAUAAUCUUACUGUUGAGAACAGCUCUGGCUCCAAGACAGUUACAGUACAAGUCAGAGUGCUUGAUACACCAAGUGCCCCACAGAAUCUGAAAAUUACUGCUGUGACAAAGGAUGCUGUGACUCUGACUUGGGAUCCACCAGUGAAUGAUGGUGGAGUUAAAAUUAAGAAUUAUGUUGUUGAAAAACGUGAGUCUACAAGAAAAGCAUAUGCCACAGUCAAUGCUCUCUGCUAUCAAACCACCUUCACUGUUGACCAGCUCCUGGAAGGAUGCAACUAUUACUUUAGAGUUUUAGCGGAGAAUGAGUAUGGCAUCGGCUUGCCCAUUGAGACUGGUGAAUCAGUUAAGGUGUCAGAGAAACCACAGCCUCCUGGCAAAAUCACUCUUAAGGAUGUUACCAAAAACAGUGUCACUCUCUCCUGGGAGAAGCCAGAGCAUGAUGGUGGCAGUAGAGUGGGCUGUUAUGUUGUUGAGAUCCUGCCUAAGGGUGCUGACAAGUGGACCCAAGCACUGAUCGUAAAAGAAACAGAAGCUACUAUUAGUGGACUAAAUGCAGGUGAAGAAUAUAUGUUCCGUGUUGCUGCAAGAAAUGAAAAAGGAACAAGUGAUCCACGUCAGAUUGGAGUCCCUGUGAUUGUAAAAGACCUUGUUAUUGCACCUGCUGUCAAAAUGUUGUUCAACACAUUUACUGUGUUGGCAGGAGAAGACUUGAAAGUGGAGGUUCCUUAUAUUGCACGCCCCAAAGCAACAGUUUCAUGGGUAAAGGAUGGUCUCCCUCUUAAGAGAACUAGCAGAGUAAACUUUGGUGCUACAGACACAAUGCUGAACCUCACUAUAAAAGAAGCUACUAAAGAUGAUGUUGGACACUACAUUAUUACUCUUACCAACACAGCAGGAGAGACUAAAGCAGAUAUUGGCAUUGUUGUUCUUGACAAACCUGGCCAACCAGGUGGUCCAGUUAAGGUAGAGGAAGUCACUUCUGACAGUGUAACCAUCUCCUGGAAUCCACCAGAGUAUGAUGGUGGUUGCACCAUCAAAAGCUAUAUUGUAGAAAAGAGAGACACAUCUACAACUGCCUGGAUGGUUGUAUCUUCCAACCUAGCAAGGACCAAAAUUAAGGCAGGCAGGCUGAAAACAGGUUCUGAGUAUCAGUUUAGAAUUACUGCAGAAAACAGAUAUGGAAAAGGUCCAGCUCUUCUAUCACCAUGCAUUUUGGCUCAAUACCCAUAUAAACUCCCAGGCCCUCCAGGUACACCAUCCAUUGCAGUCUGCACCAAAGAUAGCAUGGUGGUCACCUGGAAUGAACCUGUCAUUGAUGGUGGAACUUCUAUCUUGGGCUACCACCUUGAACGUAAAGAGAGGAACAGCAUCCUUUGGGUCAAACUAAACAAAUCUCUUAUUACAGACCAAACCUUUAAGACCACUGGUCUAGAACCAGGAAUGGAGUAUGAAUACAGAGUGUAUGCUGAAAACAUAGUUGGAAUAGGCAAAGCAAGUAAAGUGUCGGAGGGCUAUAUUGCUAGAGAUCCUUGUGAUCCACCUGGCACCCCAGAGGCAAUAAAGAUUACUAAGGACUCAGUGACUAUUGUUUGGACCAAACCUGAGUAUGAUGGUGGUGCAAAGGUUACAGGCUACAUUGUGGAAAAGAAGGAGCUUCCAGAGGGUCGUUGGUUGAAGGCUAAUUUUACUAAUGUAAUUGAGACGGAAUAUUUAGCAAGUGGACUUGUGGAGGGCAAUCAGUAUGAGUUUCGUGUCAUUGCCAGAAAUGCUGCUGGUGUUUUCAGUAUUCCUUCUUACAGCACUGGUCCAAUUACUGCCAGAGAUGAGAUUGAGCCACCGAGCAUAAGCAUUGACCCAGAGUAUACACAGAAUAUUGUGGUCAGUGCUGGCGAUAACUUCAAAAUUGAUGCAGAUGUUCAUGGAAAACCACUGCCCUCUAUCCACUGGAUGAAGGGAGAGCAGGAACUAGGCAACACAAUUCACAGGGAAAUCAAGAACACACCCACCAAAGCUUUUAUAUCUGUCAAAGAAGCUAAACUGUCUGAUGGAGGGCAAUACAUUUUGCUACUGAAAAAUCCUGGAGGAGAAAAGACUGUACAGGUCAAUGUUGUUGUUCUAGAUAAACCUGGAGAACCACAAGGGCCUCUUGUUGUCACAGGAAUAACCAAAGACAGAUGCUGCCUUGCAUGGAAACCACCAUUGCAGGAUGGUGGCAGCAAGAUCUGUCACUACAUUGUGGAGAGAAGAGAGACAAGCAGACUAAUCUGGACUGUAGUUGAACAAAAAGUGGAGAACAUUUGUCUAAAAGUUACUAAGCUCCUGGAGGGAAAUGAGUACAUCUUCAGAGUCCGUGCUGUCAACCAAUUUGGAGUAGGCGCACCACUUGAAUCUCCUGCUGUCAUAAUCAAGGAUCCAUACAUGCUACCUGGAUCGCCCAAGAACUUAGAAGUUUCAAAUAUUAAAAAGGAUUCAAUGGUGCUUACCUGGGAGGCUCCUUCUGAAGAUGGUGGCAGUCCUGUAACUGGAUACAUAAUUGAGAAGCAUGACAAAGAAGGCGUAAGAUGGACUAGGUGCAAUAGGCAAACAGUCACUGAUUUGAGUUUUAAGGUCAAAGGACUUUUGGAAAGCCACAAUUAUGAAUUCAGAGUUGCAGCUGAGAAUUCUGUUGGUGUUGGUGAGCCAAGCUCCCCAACUGUUUUCUACAAAGCUCUUGAUCCUAUCUUUAGGCCUGGCCCACCACAUAACCCAAGAGUUACAGACACUACAAGAACAUCAGUAUUCCUGUCAUGGGGAAAACCCAUUUCUGAUGGAGGCUGUGAGAUUCAGGGAUACAUUGUUGAGUGCUGCACUACUACUGCUGAAGCACCUGCUGCUGAAGGAGCUGCCACAGACACAGUUGUUGAAGAAUGGAUAAUGUGCACACCAGCUACAGGUGUUAAGAAGACUAAGUUUGAAGUUGCAAAUCUGAAAGAAAACCAGGCAUACAAGUUUAGAGUAUGUGCAAUCAACAAAGUAGGAGUUGGUGAGCAUGCUGAUGUUGCUGGAAUUGUUGUUGCUAUGGACAGAGCAGAUGAGCCAGACCUUGACAUUGACCCAGAACUAAGAAAAAUUGUUACCAUUAAAGCUGGUGCGUCUCUAAGACUCUUCAUUCCUAUCAAAGGCAGGCCCACACCUACUAUAAAGUGGGACAAAGAUGAAGCUCCCCUUAAAGAGAGUGCUCAGGUUGAGAUAACCAGCAGUUAUACAUUGCUUGUGAUUGAUAAAAUGAGCAGAAAUGACAGUGGAAAAUACACAGUCUCUGCAGAGAAUUCCAGUGGAACCAAAUCUGCAUUGGUUGUUGUCCGUGUCCUUGACACACCUAGUGCUCCUGUUAAUCUUAAAGUGAAAGAAAUUACAAACCAGUCAGUAACAUUGGAAUGGGAACCACCUCUGUUGGAUGGUGGAUCCAAGAUCAAAAACUACAUUGUUGAAAAAAGAGAAAGCACACGCAAAACAUUUGCAGCUGUUGUCACAAAUUGUCAUGCUCUUUCAUGGCAGAUCGAACCACUCCAGGAGGGCUGCAGUUACUACUUCCGUGUACUUGCAGAGAAUGCUUAUGGUGUUGGUCUGCCUGCAGCAACUGUUGAUCCUCUUAAGGUCUCAGAAGUGCCCCAGGCUCCAAAGAGUUUAAUUGUUACAGAUCAGACAAAAACAAGCAUCUCUCUGGCCUGGGAGAGGCCAGAGUAUGAUGGUGGUAGCAGGAUCAUGCAGUACUUGCUUGAGGUGCAGCUGAAGGGUCAAGAGAAAUGGUCUGCUGUAAACACUUUUAAGACAAUGGAAGCAACAGUCUCCAAUUUGAACCCAGGAGAGGAGUAUCUUUUCAGAAUUACAGCUGUCAAUGAUAAAGGGAAGAGUGAUCCCAAAGUCCUUUCCGGGCCAGUGAUGACCAAAAACUUGGUCUUUGAGCCAGAUGUCCGUCCAGAAUUCAGCAGCUACAGUGUUCAUGUGGGCAAAGACAUUAACAUUGACAUUCCUAUCUUUGGACGUCCUAAACCUACCAUCACAUGGACUAAAGAUGGCGCUCCGUUGAAGUUUACUACAAGAGUCCAUAUUGUCAAUACACCAACACAUACAACACUAAGCAUAAAAGAGGCAGCAGGCGAUGAUGGUGGUAUGUACAGCAUAAAUGUUGCCAACUCAGCUGGAAAGAAGGACACAACAAUUGAAGUCAUUGUACUUGACAAACCUGGCCCUCCAUGUGGCCCUGUGAGAUUUGAUGAAAUCACAACACAGAGUGUCACUAUAUCAUGGGACCCACCAAAACACAAUGGUGGAUGCCAAAUUUCAAACUACGUUGUACAGAAAAGAGAUACAACUACUACAACAUGGGAGAAUGUUAGUAUCAACUGGGCCAGAACCACCAUAAAAGUACCUAGACUAAAGACUGGAGCUGAGUACCAGUUCAGGAUCAUUGCCCAGAACCGUUAUGGUAAAAGCCAUGGUCUGGAUUCAUCUGCUGUAGUUGCUCAGUACCCAUACAGAGAGCCAGGCCCUCCAGGCACUCCUUUCAUCUCUUCUCUCUCUAGGGACCACCAAAUUGUUGAGUGGCAUGAACCUGUCACAGAUGGAGGCAGUCCUGUUCUUGGCUACCAUCUUGAAAGGAAAGAGAGGAAUAGUAUUCUCUGGGUCAAGAUCAACAAGACUCUCAUCCACGAGACAAGUUUCAAGAGUUAUCCCUUGGAGGAGGGUGUUGAAUAUGAAUACAGGGUUUAUGCUGAAAAUAUUGUUGGAAUUGGAAGGAGCAGCAAAGUCUCAGAGGGAUGUGUUGCCCGUGAUCCAUGUGAUCCUCCUGGAAUACCAGAGGCCAUCCAUGUGACCAAAGACACCAUUGUCAUUCAGUGGACUAAACCAGAAUAUGAUGGUGGAAGCAAUAUCACUGGCUAUAUUGUGGAAAAGCGUGAUCUGCCCGAGGGCAGGUGGGUAAAGGCAAAUUUUACUAAUGUGAUUGAGACCCAGUUUACAGUGACUGGUCUGACUGAAAAUGCACAGUAUGACUUUAGAGUCAUUGCUAAAAAUGCUGUUGGCACUGUCAGCAAACCAUCAUAUAACAGUGGACCUAUAACUGCAAGUGAUGCUGUGGAGGCACCCAAAUUCUCCAUUGAUCCUGCAUUCACCAAGACCAUUAUUGUCAAUGCUGGAGAGACAUUCAAGCUAGAUGCUGAUGUACGUGGCAAGCCGCUGCCAACAAUCCAGUGGUUCAAAGAUGACAAACCAGUUGAAAACACACUUCGACUAGAGAUCAGAAACACAGAAAACCAUGCAAUGAUUGUCAUUAAAGACUCCAUUAGAGUUGAUGGUGGAACUUAUACACUCCAGCUGAAAAAUGAAGCCGGUAGUGAGACUGUUCCAUUUAAGGUUUUGGUACUGGAUAAACCUAGCCCAUGUGAAGGACCACUCCAUGUCACUGGAGUCGCUGAAGAUAGAUGCACACUUGUAUGGCACCCCCCUCUACAUGAUGGAGGUAGUCCUAUUACACAUUACAUCAUUGAAAGAAGGGAGACAAGUCGUCUAGCUUGGACUGUUGUUUCUAGCAACUGUGGCACCACAUGCUACAAAGUUACCAAAUUACUGGAAGGUGACGAGUAUAUGUUCCGUGUAAUGGCAGUUAAUAGUCAUGGUGUAAGUGAGCCACUGGAGUCUGGUGCAGUAAUAAUGAAAACUCCAUUUGUUCUCCCUGGUCCACCUCACAUUGAGGAUGUAUCUAACAUUGCCCAUGAUGGUAUGACCAUCUCUUGGUCUGCCCCUGAGACUGAUGGUGGCAGUGAAAUUACAAAUUACAUAAUUGAGAAAAAGGAUAGAACCGGGAUCAAAUGGACCAGAUGCAACAGACUGAAGGUCACUGAUCUCUCAUUUAGAGUUACAGGCCUGACCACAGGCCAUGAGUAUGAAUUCAGAGUGGCUGCUGAGAACAUAGUUGGAGUGGGAGAGCCAAGCCUUGCAAGUUCAUACUACAAGGCCUGUGAUCCCAAGUACAAACCUGGAGCCCCAGGAUAUGUGCAUGUGAUUGACUCAACAAAGACUUCUAUUACUGUGUCAUGGGGUAAACCUCUGUCUGAUGGUGGCAGUGUCAUUCAAGGAUAUAUUGUUGAAGUCUGCAAGGCUGAAGAGGAAGAAUGGACCAUGGUCACUCCUCCAACUGGCCUGCGUGUCAACAAAUAUGAAAUUACAAAGCUUACUGAGGGUCAGGAGUACAAGAUUCAAGUGUGUGCUCUGAACAAAUUGGGAGUUGGCGAGCCGGCAGUUCUGUCUGGAACAGCUAAGCCUGAAGAAAGGGUCGAACCACCUGAGAUCCACCUUGACUCUGAGCUGAGGAAGGGCAUUGUACUGAAAGCAGGCGGCUCUGUUAGAAUCAAUAUUCCAUUUAAGGGCAGACCAACACCUGAGAUAAAGUGGACUAAGGAUGACGGAAACCUGACUGAAAAACCAGUGGUCGAGAAAGCUCAUAAUUUCACACAGUUGUCUAUUGACUCAUGUGACAGAAGUGACUCAGGAAAAUACACCCUCACACUGACUAACAGCAGUGGCACUGUGUCUGAGGUUGUUUCAGUUAAAAUUCUGGAUGCCCCUGGGGCCCCACAGAACCUUGUUGUUAAAGAAAUCAGAAAGGACUCUGUCACUCUUGCUUGGGAUGCUCCAUUGAUUGAUGGAGGUGCCAAAAUCAAGAACUAUGUCAUUGACAAACGUGAAUCAAUAAGAAAGGCAUAUGCAAAUGUGUCCAUAAAAUGCACCAAAACAACAUUCAAAGUUGAGAACUUGAUUGAAGGUGCUAUGUACUACUUUAGAGUCAUGGCUGAGAAUGAAUAUGGAAUUGGGCCGGGUGUGGAAACAAAGACUGCCUCCAAGGCCUCUGAAGUACCACUGCCUGUUGGAAAGAUCUUCCUCAAUGAUGUCACUAAAUCCAGUGUCUCACUGGCCUGGGAGAAACCUGAGCAGGAUGGAGGGAGCAGAAUUGCUGGCUAUCUAAUUGAGAUGCAACCUAAGGGUACAGAUAAGUGGGGAGUUGCAACAAAUACAAAAACAUGUGAAGGUACUGUCACAGGCCUUACAGCUGGAACAGAAUACCUAUUCCGCAUCAUUGCUUACAAUGAAAAGGGAAAGAGUGAGCCAAAAGCACUUGCUGCACCUGUGAUUGCCACUGACAUGACCAUGGAGCCCAGCAUCAAAAUUCCAUUCAACACUUACAGUGUAUUAGCUGGGAAGGAUCUAAAGUUAGAUUUUCCUGUUCUUGGCAAGCCAAAACCUAAAGUCACCUGGGCCAAGGAUGGUCAGCCUUUGAAGGUGACAUCAAGAAUGAAUAUAAUAUCCACUAAAACAACAACGGGAAUAGAAAUUACUGAGGCAUGCAAGGAGGACUUUGGCAAAUACACAAUUACAGCAGCCAACACCACUGGAACAACCACAGAGGAUGUAUCUGUCAUUAUCCUCGACAAGCCUGGUCCACCAAAAGGGCCAGUCAAGAUUGUUGAAGUGAGCAACACCUUUGUCCACCUCUCCUGGGACCCCCCAGAGUACACCGGUGGAUGCCAAGUAAAGAAUUACAUAGUAGAAAAGAGAGACACAACCAGUACAACAUGGCAAACAGUCACCACUCAGCUAGCUAGAACAGCUUUUAAGGUCAGCAAGCUGAAGACAGGUUCAGAAUAUCAGUUCAGAAUCAUAGCUGAAAAUAGAUAUGGAAAGGGUGCGCCUCUGGAUUCCAAGGCCAUUGUGGUGCAAUAUCCAUUCAAACCACCGGGUCCUCCAGGAACACCACAUGUGAAAUAUGCAACUAAAGAAAUGAUGAUCAUUGAAUGGAAUGAGCCAGUCAAUGAUGGUGGAAGUGCAGUUAUUGGCUACCAUUUGGAAAGCAAGGAAAGAAGCAGCAUUCUAUGGAGCAAACUGAACAAGACUCUCAUUACAGACACACAAUUCAAGAUCGUUAACCUUGAGGAGGGUAUUGGAUAUGAAUUUAGAGUUUAUGCUGAAAAUAUUGUUGGCAUUGGCCGAUGCAGUAAAGUAUCCGAGUCCUUUGUUGCUCGCGACCCAUGUGAUCCUCCUGGUACCCCAGAAGCUGUAUCUAUUUCUAAGAACCAGAUCAGGAUUCAGUGGACUAAGCCUCAGUAUGAUGGUGGUAGCAAAGUGAAUGGAUAUAUUGUGGAAAGGAAAGACCUCGCCUCUCCUGAUGGACGCUGGGUAAGAGCUAACUUUACCAAUAUAGUUGAGACUGAGUACACUGUCACUGGUCUAACAGAAAAUGAGCAAUAUGAAUUUAGAGUUAUUGCAAGAAAUGCAGCUGGCAUCUUUAGCGAGCCAUCUGACAGCUCUGGACCUAUUACUGCUACUGAUGAAAUUGAACCACCAAGGGCCUCAAUGGAUCCUAAAUACAAAGAUGUUAUUGUUGUAAAUGCUGGAGAAAAUCUGCUUCUGGAUGCAGACAUCUAUGGAAAACCAAUUCCUGAGGUGCUCUGGCUGAAAGAGGGCAAGGAAAUGGACAAAGCCUUGCGCAUCGAAGUGAAAACUACACAGAAACGUGCAGCAAUGACGAUUAAGGAUGUAACCAAGCUUGAUAGUGGCCACUAUGACCUCAUCCUCAAAAAUCUGGGUGGUACAAAAGUGUUCCCUAUCACAGUUAAAGUCCUUGAUAAACCAGGUCCACCCACUGGACCCAUGAAGAUUACUGGAGUCAUGGCCGACAGGUGCAUUCUUGCCUGGUCUGAGCCAGCUCUAGAUGGCGGAGCCAGUAUCACUCACUAUGUGCUGGAGAAGAGAGAGACUAGCAGGUUGUCCUGGACCGUGGCUGCAUCAGACAUCAAGGGUCUGUACCAUAAAGUAACAAAUUUGCUUCCUGGAGAUGAAUACAUUUUCAGAGUCAGAGCAGUGAACAAAUAUGGCAUUGGUGACUAUCUGGAAAGUGAACCCAUCAUUGCACGCAAUCCUUACAAGCCUCCUAGCGCUCCUGGAACUCCAGAAGCCAGUCUGAUCACAAAGGACUCUAUAGUUUUGUCGUGGACAGCUCCUGAACAGACUGGUGGAGCUGAAAUUGAAGGCUACCAUCUUGAAAAACGUGACAAAGACAGUGUACGGUGGACAAAAUGCAACAGACAAAAGCUUAGAGACGCUCAGUUUAAAGUCACAGGUCUGAGCACAGAUCACUUCUAUGAGUUCCGUGUUGCUGCUGAGAAUGAGGUUGGAAUGGGAGAUUUCAGUGAGCUGUCCCUGUUCUACAGGGCAUGUGAUGCCAUAAGACCACCUGGGCCUCCGCACCAUCCUAAAGUAACAGACUACACAAAGUCCUCUGUCUCUCUGUCUUGGGGCAAACCUGACUUUGAUGGCGGUGCUUAUAUCAAGGGAUAUAUUGUUGAAAUGAGGGAGUAUACACCGGUACCUGAGUCAACAGAGGAGGCAGAGAUAGCACCAGCAGUAGAAGCACCAGUUGAAAAAGAAUGGACAAUGUUCACUCCACCCAGUGGCAUUCAAGCCACCAAAUUAACUAUAACAGACUUGAAGGAGGGUGGAGAGUACCAGUUCCGUGUCUAUGCAAUAAAUUCAGAAGGAGUUGGGGAGGCUGCUAAUGUCCAUGGCACAGUGGUUACUUCUGACAGGGCAGAAGCACCAGAGAUAGAACUUGAUGCUGAACUCAGAAAGGUUCUAUCUGUCCGUGCUGGUGGGACUCUACGCCUCUUUGUCACCAUCAGAGGAAGACCUGAGCCUGCUGUAAAAUGGGAGAAAGUUGACAGUACCCUUACAGAGCGUGCUGUAAUUGAUACUACUAGUUCAUUCACCAUGCUUGUCAUUGACAAUGUUAAUCGCUUUGACAGUGGCAAAUACUCACUAACACUAGAAAACAGUAGUGGCAAAAAAUCUGCAAUUGUUGCAGUCAGAAUUUUGGAUACACCAAGUGCACCACAAAACUUUACCGUGAAGGAGCUAAAGAAGGAUUCAGUGACUCUUGCCUGGGAUACUCCACUUACUGAUGGUGGCUCUAAAAUCACAAACUACAUCAUAGAGAAGAGAGAGUCUGUUAGGAAGGCCUAUGCUGCUGUCACCAGCAACUGUACAGCAAACUCAUUUAAGGUAGAAGACCUGCCAGAAGGUGGAAUUUUCUACUUCAGAAUCUGUGCUGUUAAUGAAUAUGGCCAAGGCCAGAUGGUCGAAACCAAAGAAGUAAAGGUAGCUGAGGUACCUUUGCCACCAAGCAAGGUUACCCUUGUAGAUUUGACCAAGACUAGUGUGUCACUGGCUUGGGAGAAACCUGCUCAUGAUGGUGGAUGCAAAGUAAUGUGCUACAAUGUAGAAUUUAAGCCUAAGAGUGGGGAUAAAUGGGGCACAGCAUGUACAGUUAAGGUACCGGAAGCAACUAUUCCUAAUUUAACUCCAAAUGAAGCUUAUUUAUUCAGAGUUGUUGCAAUCAAUGAGAAGGGGAAGAGUGAGCCAAAGGAUCUUGGCUUACCUGUGGUUGCAAAGGAUGUUGCUAUUGAACCAUCUAUCAACUUGCUGUUUACCACAUACACUGUGAAGGCUGGAGGUGACCUCACUUUUGAGGUUCCAAUAAGAGGCAGACCAAAGCCCGCUGUGUCCUGGAAGAAGGAUGGCCUUCCUUUGAAGCAAACCACAUCAGUUUCUAUCUUAAACACUGCAGCCUCAUCCAAAAUCAUUAUCAAAGAGGCUAAGAAGGAACAUGUUGGGAAGUAUGAAAUGACUUUGGCAAACACAGCAGGAACUGUUACAACAGAUAUUGGAGUCAUUGUCCUUGAUAAGCCAGGUCCACCUAAAGGAAUUAAGGUGGAUGCAGUGACUUCAGACAGCAUCUCCCUUUCCUGGUCCCCACCAGAAUAUGAUGGUGGCUGCUCCAUCAGCAACUACAUUGUGGAGAAGAGAGACACAAACACACAGGAAUGGCAGAUGAUAGCAAGUAAUGUUGCUAGAACAGCUUUCAAAGCUGGCCGCCUUACACAUGGAGCAGAGUAUCAGUUUCGUAUUUAUGCUGUUAACCGCUAUGGAAAGAGUAGUUAUCUGGAUUCACCUGGAAUCACUGCUCAGUACAAUUUUAAACAGCCCGGACCUCCUUCUACACCCAUAGUGAAACUGGCCACCAAGUCUUAUAUGCUGGUGACUUGGAAUGAGCCAGUUAGUGAUGGUGGUAGUCCUGUUCUGGGCUACCACCUGGAGAGGAAGGAGCGUUCUAGCAUUCUUUGGACAAAGAUGAACAGAGGAAUGAUUAAAGAUACAGAGUACAAAGUCACUGGAAUUGAAGAGGGCAUGAUGUAUGAAUACCGUGUAUAUGCUGAAAAUAUUGCUGGUAUUGGUAAAUGUAGCAAGGCUUGUGAAGCCAUAGCAGCAAGAGAUCCAUGUGACCCUCCAGGUAAACCCAUUAUCAUUGCAAUCACCAGAACAUCAGUCUCGUUAUCUUGGGAAAAACCAGAAUAUGAUGGAGGAGCAAAGGUUUCUGGUUACACAAUUGAACGCAGAGACCUUCCAGAAGGACGAUGGACAAGGUGCAACUUCACCAAUGUACCUGAGACCCAUUAUGAUGUGACAGGCCUUACAGAGAACAGCCAGUAUGAUUUCCGUGUCAUUGCAAAGAAUGCAGCUGGACUGUUUAGUAUACCAUCAGACAAUACUGGUCCCAUCACUAUUAAAGAUGAUGUGGAGCCACCACGCAUCAUGAUUGAUGUGAAAUUCAGAGAGACCGUGUUUGUGAAAGCCGGGGAAACUCUAAAGAUUAAUGCGGAUCUUGCGGGACGUCCUGCUCCUGUCAUUUCAUGGACCAAGAAUGGCAAAGAAAUCGAGCUAAGAGCUAGAAUUCAAAUUGUUUCAACAGACACCAGCACGUGUCUCACUAUGAAGGAUUGUAUCAGAAGAGAUUCUGGACAGUAUGCCCUGACUUUACAAAAUAUUGGUGGAACAGUUACCAUGCCAAUAAACUGUGUGAUUCUAGAUAGGCCAGGACCCUCAGCAGGACCACUUCAGAUUACAGGUAUCACAGCAGCAGAGUGCACUCUGUCUUGGGGUCCACCUCAGGAAUCUGGUGGUGCAGACAUCACUCAUUAUGUUGUUGAAAAACGUGAGACCAGUCGGCUGUCAUGGACACUGGUGAAGGCAGAUGUCACAAAAACAUUCUUUAAAGUCACAGGUCUGCUCAAGGACAAUGACUAUAUCUUUAGGGUUCUUGCUAUUAACAAGCAUGGUGUUGGUGAAGCUCUGGAGAGUGAUGUUAUAAAGGUUACAAAUCCAUACACCUUUGCCACUGCUCCAGCUAGUGUUGAUGUCACUACUAUAACUGGAGACUCAAUGACCCUCACCUGGUGCAAGCCAGCCAAUGAUGGAGGCAGUCCCAUUACUGGAUAUGUGAUUGAGCGGCGUGAGAAAACAAGCAUGCGUUGGGUCCGUGUGAACAGAGAUCCAGUUCCUGAAUUUACCACAGUAGUAACUAAACUCCGCAAGGGUUGUGAAUAUGACUUCCGAGUUUAUGCUGAAAAUGCAGCUGGUUUGAGUCCACCGAGUGAACCAUCUGCAACAUUCAGAGCAGUAGAUCCUCUGGUCGUUCCUUCUCGUCCAACCAAGCCAAAGAUUGUGAAUUCAACCAAAGACAGCGUGUCUAUUGUCUGGAAACCACCAACAGAUGAUGGUGGUGCUCCUAUCCUUGGAUACAGUGUAGAAUACAGAGACUACAUCCAGAAACCAGAGGAAGAGGAAGAAGAAGAAUAUGAGGAGGAAGAGGAGGUACUUGAGUCACCUGAAGAACUAGCAAGAUGGGUUGAGGCCAUCCCUCUUACAAAGAGCUUAGAAUUCACCAUCACUGGAUUGAAGACAGAUGCAGAAUAUGAAUUCUGUGUUAAAGCAAUCAAUAAAGUUGGCAGCAGUGUGCGUAGUCCAUAUUCAAAUCCAUCUGCCGCAAAGGACAGAACUGCAGAACCAUCAUUUGAUGUUGACAUUGAGAUGCGGAAAGUGCUCUCUGUUAAGCAUGGUACAGCAUUUACUCUUAAUGUGCCAUUCAAGGGAAACCCUUUGCCAUCAGUGACAUGGGCUAAGGAGGGUGUUGAUCUGAAAGUCAGAGGAACCAUUGAAUCAACAGAAUCCAGCACUUCAUUGACUAUUGAGAAGUCAACUAGAAAUGACUCUGGAGAAUACACUGUCACAAUUGAAUCACCACUAGGAAAAGCAACAUUGCCUGUGGUUGUCAAAGUACUUGACUCUCCAGGACCCCCAGUGAAUGUUAAAGUAUCUUCAGUGACCAGGGAUUCUGCAACCCUCACUUGGGAUCCUCCAGAGAAUGAUGGUGGUGAUGCAGUAAAGGCCUACCAUGUUGAAAAACGUGAGGCCAGUAAGAAAGCCUGGGUGUCUGUGACUGGCAACUGCCACACUCUGACUUACAAGGUGGAAGACCUACAGGAGGGAGCUAUCUAUUAUUUCAGAGUUAUUGGAGAAAAUGAGUAUGGAGUGGGUGUCCCUCAGGACGCUAAAGCUGGGACAAAGAUCACAGAGGUACCAAGUCCACCUAUGAAACUUGGAGUUGCAAAUGUUACCAAGGACAGUGUUACUAUUGCCUGGACCAGACCAGAAUAUGAUGGCGGAAGCAGAGUCACUGGUUAUCUUAUUGAUGCCCUGGAGAAAGGACAGACCAAAUGGGUGAAAUGUGCCACUGUGAGGACCUUGACUCACACAAUCAAGAGCCUUAGGGAAGGUGCUGAGUACUUUUUCAGAGUCCGUGCUGAGAACCAUGCUGGACUUAGUGAACCCAAGGAGAUGAUCGUUCCAGUUAUUGUCAAGGAAAUACACGAGGCUCCAGAGUUUGACCUAAAGAACUACCCCAAGAAUACAGUUUAUGUAAGAGCAGGAUCCAAUCUGACCUUUGAGAUUCCAUUAACUGGCAGGCCCAUGCCAAAGGUCACUGUUUCCAAGAACAAUAUUGUCAUUAAGGGAUCCAAGAGGCUGCUGACAGAAGUAACUCCAGAUAGUUUAAUCAUCACCCUAAAUGAAAGUGUUUCAGUGGAUGCUGGCAAAUAUGAAAUCACAGCCUCAAAUGCAGGAGGUACUACCAAGAUUUUCAUUAUCUUCGUUGUGCUGGACAGACCUGGACCUCCUGUUGGUCCAGUUCAGAUUGGAGAAGUUGGAGAGACCACAGUGUGUCUGAAAUGGACUCCUCCAGAGUACGAUGGUGGCAGUCCUGUUACGAAUUAUGUUGUUCUUAAACGUGAAACCAGCACUCCUGCCUGGGUAGAGGUGUCGACUACCAUUGCCAGAAGUGAGAUCAAGGUGACUAAGCUGACUAAAGGAGAGGAGUACCAGUUCAGAAUUAAGGCUGAGAAUCGUUAUGGUAUCAGUGAUCAUAUUGACAGCAAGCCGGUCAUGAUAAAGCUUCCAUACACUGUGCCUGGACCUCCAUCCACACCUUGGGUUAGCUAUGUAUCUAGAGAGAGUCUCACAGUCUGCUGGAAUGAGCCAGUCAAUGAUGGUGGAAACCCUGUAGUUGGAUACCAUCUCCAGAUGAAAGAGAGGACCAGCAUCCUUUGGCAGAAAAUCAAUAAGACCCCAAUCCCAGGAGACCAGUGGCGUGUCACAAACAUCUGCCCUGGUCUUAUCUAUGAAUUCAAGGUGGCAGCUGAAAAUUCUGCUGGUAUUGGAAAAAUGAGCAAAACAUCAGAAGAAGUGCUUGCUAUUGAUGCCUGUGAGCCCCCGGCAAAUGUUCAUGUCACCGAAGUCACGAAGAACUCGGUCAGUCUGGCCUGGCAGAGGCCUCCAUAUGAUGGUGGCAGUAAGAUUACUGGUUACAGUGUAGAAAGGAGGGAGGCACCCAGCGGCAGAUGGGUGAAGGCCAACUUUACAAACAUCAUUGAGAUGGGUUUCACUGUAUCUGGACUGACCCAGGAUGAGUCUUAUGAGUUCAGAGUUUAUGCUAAGAAUGCAGUUGGGUCUGUCAGCAAUCCAUCUCUCAUUGCUGGACCAGUGACUUGUGUUGAUGCAUGUGGUGCCCCAGCUAUAGACCUUCCUCCAGAGUAUCUGGAUGUAGUUCAGUACAAAGCUGGAGCUACAGUUAAGCUCAGAGUAGGAAUUAUUGCCAAGCCUCUACCAACGAUUGAGUGGCUCAAGAAUGGAAAGGAGCUAGUAACAACCUCCACUGUGUCUGCUGAAAGCACAACGGACUCUUCUGCUGUUCUGAUCAAGGAUGCAACUCGCAAUGACACAGGUUCAUAUGAGAUCAAGAUUAAGAAUGUUCUGGGGUCAGCAUCUGCAACCAUCAGAACUGAAAUCCUAGACAAACCUGGACCCCCAGCUGGCAUUAUUAACUUCAACUCCAUCACAGCAGAAAGAAUUAUGUUCAGCUGGGAACCUGUGCCUGAGUGUGACCAGGGAGGCUCCAAAGUCACCCACUACAUUGUUGAAAGACGUGAAACCAGUAGAGUGGUGUGGUCAACAGUUUCUGAAAGGUGUGAACAGACGUACAUUGCUGUUGGCAAGCUGGUCCGUGGAAAUGAGUAUGUAUUCCGUGUAAUGGGUGUUAACAAGUAUGGAGUUGGAGAACCACUGGAGUCAGAGUCUGUCAUCGCUAAGAAUGCCUUUGUAACUCCUGGGCAGCCUCAUACCCCUGAGGUGACCACCAUUACAAAGUCCACUAUGGUGGUGGAAUGGGGCAAACCAGGUGUGGAUGGAGGCAGUGCAGUGACAGGCUACUACCUGGAGAGACGAGACAAGAAGAGCUUGCGCUGGAUCAGAGUUUAUAAAGAGCCUGUCACUGACACCAAACAGACAGUUUAUCACUUAACAGAAGGAAAUGAAUACCAGUAUCGUGUGUGUGCCAUUAACAAGGCCGGAGAGGGACCGUUUUCUGAUGCAUCAGACUAUUAUAAGGCUGCUGACCCAGUUGAUCCACCAGAUGAGCCUUGCAAGUUAAAGGUGGUGGACUCUACCAAGACUUCCAUCACUUUGGGCUGGUCCAAGCCAGAAUGGGAUGGAGGAAGUGAGGUCACAAGUUACAUGGUGGAAAAGCUUGUGGAGGGAGAAAAAGAAUGGGCUAUGAUUACCUCCAAAGGAGAGGUCAAAACAACAGAAUAUGUUGUCCACAAUUUAAAACCAAAUGUCAACUACUUCUUCAGAGUCUCUGCUGUCAAUUGUGCUGGUCGCGGAGAGCCUCUGGAGAUGACUGAACCAGUGCAGGCUAAGGACAUCCUGGAGGAGGCCCAGAUUGACUCUGAUGUUGCCAUGAGAACUCACUACAUUGUGAAGGCCGGCAAGGAUGUUGAGCUGUCUGUUCCAUUGAAGGGCAGACCUGCGCCCACUGCCUCUUGGAGCAAGGGAGAAGAAUGCAUUGACCACGAUCCCAAAUAUGAAUUCCACCAUUCAGACACAAGCACAGUCCUUGUUAUGCGUGAGGUGACCAAGCUUGAUACUGGAAAAUAUACAGUAAAGAUAGAGAAUGGUGUGGGUGAGCCCAAGACAGUGACUCUGUCUGUCAAAGUCCAAGACACCCCAGCUCAGUGCAGGAACCUGGUCCUGAAGGAGGUGACCCGUGGAAAGGUGACUCUCUGCUGGGAGGCCCCACUUCUUGAUGGCGGUGCAGAGAUUACUAACUAUGUUGUGGAGAAGAGAGACUCAUCCAAGAGAUCAUACUCUAUGGUGACAAACAAAUGCACAGACACAACAUACACCAUUGAAGAUCUUUCUGAAAAGACAUCCUUCUUCUUCCGUGUCUUAGCAGAGAAUGAGAAUGGUAUCGGUGAUCCAUGUGAAACACAUGAACCUGUUAAGGCUACAGAAACUCCAGGCCCAGUCAAGGAGGUUUCAAUGAAAGAUUCAUCAAAGACCUCCAUCACUCUCCAGUGGCUUAAGCCAGAUUACGAUGGUGGUAGUAUAAUCUCUGACUACAUUAUUGAGAAGAAGGUCAAGAAUGAAGAUUGGUCAUUAGGAGGAACAAGCAGACAGUGUGAGUUUGAGGUAAAGAAACUGAAGGAGCACUCGAAUAUGUUCUUUAGAGUUGCUGCCAGGAAUGAGAAAGGACAUGGAGAUUUUGUUGAAAUUGGACCUAUCAAGGUCAUUGACUACAUUAUUACACCAGAGGCAGACCUUACAGAAUAUCCACAUGGUAGCAUCAGCAUUCGCCUGGGUCACAAUGUGCACAUUGAACUGCCAUACAAAGGCAAACCCAGGCCUUCUGUUCUUUGGAUGAAGGACAGCCUGCCGCUUAAAGAGAGUGAUCAAGUACGCUUCAAGACAACAGAAAACAAAGCCACCCUAAUGAUUAAGAAUGUGAAGAAGGAGAAUGAGGGCAAAUACACCUUAACCCUUGACAACAAAGUGAACAGGAAAUCCUUCCACAUCCAUGUCAUCACACUGGGACCACCAUCAAAGCCUGUUGGACCUAUCCGACUGGACGAAGUGAGAGCAGAAAGCAUUAUGAUCUCAUGGGAUGAACCAAAUGACUAUGGUGGUGGAGACAUAACUUGCUACACCGUGGAGAAACGUGAUACCUCCCAAAAUGACUGGAAGAUGGCCUCCUCCAGUGUACAGGAUACUCAAUUCAAAGUCUCCAACCUUAUCAAAGGUGUCCAAUACCAGUUUAGAGUGUGUGCUGAAAACAGGUAUGGUGUCAGCGAGCCUCUGCUUUCGCAAAUGGUUAUUGCCAAGCACCAAUUCAGACCACCAGGCCCACCAGGCAAGCCAAUUGUAUACAAUGUUACCAACGAUGGUAUGACCAUUCAAUGGGAGAAACCUAUCUAUGAUGGUGGCACCCCUAUUCAGGGCUAUCAUGUGGAGAAGAAGGAGAAGAAUAGCAUUAUGUGGCAAAAGGUGAACACUAUGUUGAUCAAAGAAACAGAUCACAGGAUUUUGGAGCUCAUUGAAGGCCUUGAAUACUCCUUUAGAGUCUAUGCACAGAAUGAUGCUGGGUUCAGCCGAAUGAGUGAUGAGAGCAAACCAAUCAUGGCCGUCAGUCCAGUUGAUCCUCCUGGCCAGCCUGAUUACACUGAUGUGACUAGUGACUCAGUGUCACUGAAAUGGGAUGCACCCAAACGUGAUGGCGGUAGCAAGAUUGUUGGAUACAAUAUCGAGAAACGCCAAGGACAUGGACGCUGGUUCAAGGCCAACUUGACUGAUGUGCACGACUGUCAGUAUACCGUCACUGGAUUGGCAACAAAUGAACGCUAUGAGUUUAGGGUCAUUGCCAGAAAUGCCAUGGGUGUUGUCAGUCCUCCAUCCAACUCUUCUGGCAUGAUUGCUGUCAGAAGUGAAAAUGCUCUUCCAAACAUUGAGUUUGGCCCAGAGUACUUUGAAGGUUUGACAGUCAAGGCAGGAGACAGCAUCAGGCUAAAGGUGACCAUCACUGGACGCCCAGUUCCCAAAGUUGUCUGGUUCCGAGAAGGUGUGGAGAUUACAAAAAAGAUGAUGGACAUUAUUACAGUUCCUGGAUCCAGCACCCUCUUUGUCAGGGAUGCUGAUCGUUCACACUGUGGGCGCUACACUGUGGAAGCUACCAAUGGGUCUGGAACCAAAAAGGAAAACAUCCUUGUUCAAGUCCAAGAUACACCUGGCGAGCCUGUUGGACCGAUCACUUUCAGUAACAUCUCAGAGGGCAAGUGCAGUCUGUCUUGGAACCCACCAGAGAAAGAUGGUUGUUCUGAGAUUUCACAUUACAUCAUUGAGAAGCGUGAGACAGCCAAGAUUUCGUGGGCAUUGGUGUCUGAUGAAUGUAAGGAGUGCACCUUCCACGCAACCAAGCUCAUUAAGACUAAUGAGUAUCAAUUCAGGGUCUCUGCUGUUAACAAGUUUGGAGUUGGCAGACCUCUGGAAUCCAGUCCCAUCAUUGCACAGAUGCAAUACACCACUCCUGAUGCUCCAGGCACUCCUGAUGCAACUGAAGUUACAGGAGAGAGCAUCACCUUGUCCUGGACUCCUCCAAAAUCUGAUGGAGGAAGCCCGAUUCAUUAUUACAUCCUGGAAAAACGUGAAAAGAAGACUGUCCGGUUCUACAAGGUGAUCACCAAGAAGCCUAUUACUGACUGUGCACAUAGGGUUAUCAACCUGACAGAGGAUAUGGAAUACGAGUUCCGUGUUAUGGCUGUAAAUGAUGCUGGUGUUGGAAUUCCUAGCAACAUCUCUUUACCCAUCAAAGCCGCUGAGCCAAAAGAUAUACCUUGCGCUCCAUCAGUGGUCUGUGUUUCGGACUCCACCAGUACCUCCAUCAGUUUGGAAUGGACCAAGCCUGCUGACGAUGGAGGCAUGGAGAUUCUUGGCUACAUAAUUGAAAUGGUGAAGGGAGAAGAGGUGGAAUGGAAGAGAGUAAAUGAGGAGCUUGUAACUGAAACAAAUUAUGUGGUGACAGGUCUGCAGACAGGGGCUGAGUACAAAUUCCGUGUUGCAGCUGUCAAUCAUGUGGGUAGAGGUGAAGACAAGGAAAUUCCAGAGCCUGCUCAGGCAGUAGAUAGGCUAACAGUGCCACAGGUAGAUAUUGAUGCUGCCUUUAAGCAGACACACAUUGUCAAAGCGGGAGGUUCAGUGUGCUUGGGCAUCCACUUCAGAGGAAAGCCUAUUCCUACUGCCACUUGGGUGAAGGAGGAAGGAGAGCUCAGUGUCAUGUCAGAGGUAACAACUACUGAUGGUUACAGUUCUCUGAGCAUUGAAAACUGCUCUAGAAAUGAUACUGGCAAAUAUACUGUAAACCUAGAAAAUUCCAGUGGUAGCAAGGCUACUACAUUUGUUGUAAAAGUCAUGGACACUCCUGGACCUCCAGAGGCUGUUGCCUUCAUGGAGGUGACCAGAGGCUCAGUCACACUUAUGUGGAAAUCUCCUCUUAAUGAUGGCGGAGCCAGAAUCCAUCACUAUAUUGUUGAGAGGCGUGAGGCUAGCCGCCGCACUUGGCAGCAGUCCGGUAGCAAAUGCACACAGCACUACCUAAAGAUACAGGACCUGCUGGAAGGAGUGCCAUACUUCUUCAGAGUCUCAGCCGAGAACCAGCACGGUGUGGGUGAGGCAUUUGAGCUGACUGAGCCUGUCAUUGCUACUGCAGCACCAUCAGCUCCAAAGAGACUGGAUAUCCUCGACACCACAGACAACUCUGUGUCACUAGGCUGGCUGAAACCAGAGCAUGAUGGCGGUAGUCGCAUUCAGUGUUACGUCAUUGAAGCUAGGCCAAAAGGUACAGACAAAUGGGUAGUUGUUGGCAACACCAAAAAUCUGACCUAUGUUGUUGAAAAGCUCAACAAGGGUGAUGAAUAUGACUUCUGUGUGAAGGCUAAGAAUGAAGCUGGUUAUAGCAAGCCCAAGGAAACUCUGGCUCCUGUGCUGGUCAAAGAGCCUCACAUUGAACCUGCUGCUGACCUCAGUGAAAUCACCAACCAGCUCAUCACAUGCAGGUCUGGAAGCACUUUCACCAUCGAUGUUCCAAUCAGUGGCAGACCUGCUCCUAAGACCACCUGGAAGUUGGAGGAAAUGAGACUGAAAAACACAGACAGAGUCUCAAUCAAAGUUACUAAGGACAGAUCCAGUAUCUCAGUUAAGGAGGCCAUGAGAGGAGAUGGUGGGAAAUACCAUCUGACUCUGGAGAAUGUGGCAGGAACCAGAACGUUUACUAUUGAAGUUAAUGUCACAGGCAGACCCAGUCCUCCAAGUGGACCAAUAGAAAUCUCAUCAAUUACUUCUGAGUCCUGUGUUGUUAACUGGCAUCCACCAGAAGAUGAUGGUGGCACUGACAUCACCAACUACAUCGUAGAGAAGCGUGAAUCUGGCUCAACAGCCUGGCAGCUCAUCAACUCCAGCGUGAAGCGCACCUCUCUCCACGUCAGUAACCUGACCAAAUACAUGCAGUACACAUUCAGGGUCUCUGCAGAAAACAGAUUUGGUGUCAGCAAGUCCACUGAGUCUGAGACUAUUGUCGCUGAGCAUCCUUAUACACCUGCAGGUCCACCGACAAAGCCUAUAAUCUUUAAUGUCACUGCUAAUACAAUGACACUGCAAUGGGAGGAGCCCUACCAUGAUGGUGGAAGCAAGGUGACUGGUUACUGGAUUGAGAAGAAGGAAAGGAACAAUAUCCUGUGGGUGAGGGAGAACAAGAUCCCUUGCUUUGAGUGCUCUUACAAGGUGGAAGGUCUGGUGGAAGGCCUGGAAUAUCAGUUCAGGGUUUAUGCCAUGAACAGUGCUGGACUGAGCAAAGCUAGUGAGGCCUCAAAGGGAGCAGUUGCUCAAAACCCUGUUGAUCCACCGGGUAAGCCUGAAGUCACCAACGUAACAAGGACCACAGUAUCCCUGAAGUGGUCGUCUCCACUGUAUGACGGUGGCAGUCCAAUUGUGGGCUACAUCAUUGAACGCAAGCCAUACACGUUGACUGGCGAGGGCCGCUGGCUGAAGUGUAACUACACCAACGUGACUGACAGCUUCUAUACUGUUACUGCGCUGGGAGAGGGAGAGCCCUACGAGUUCAGGGUUAUUGCCAAGAAUGCCAACCAGGUCUUCAGCAGACCCUCCGAGUCCACCGGCUCUGUGCAGUGCAAAACUGACUUUGAGCCUCCAAAGGCCCAGCUUGACAGCAAGCUGCUCUCUGAAACUGUGAUGGUCCGGGCUGGUUCAGACCUGGUUCUGGAUGCUGCAGUGGGUGGAAGACCUGAUCCUAAGGCUUCUUGGUCCAAGGGUAACAGAGAGCUGGACUUGUGUGAAAAGUACCACUUGCAGUAUACCCCGACUAGAGCCAUGGCCAUCAUCAAAUUCUGUGACAGAGAUGACACUGGAAAAUACAUCCUCACAGUCAGGAACGUAAGUGGAACCAAAACUGCAGAGGUCAAUGUCAAAGUGCUUGACACACCUGGAGUUUGUGAGGGCAGCAUUGAGACCAGUAAGAUAACAGAGGAAUCCUGCACUCUGAGCUGGAAGCCUCCUCUUGAAGAUGGUGGUGAUGACGUCUCUCACUACAUUGUGGAGAGGCGUGACACAAACAGACUUAACUGGGUAAUAAUGCAUGCCGAAUGCAAGGAACUGACCUGCAACAUCACCGGGCUGAUGAAAAACACAGAGUACCUGUUCAGGGUGCGGGGAGUCAACAAGUACGGGCCUGGAGUCUAUCUCCAGUCAGAGCCCAUGGUCGCCAGAAACACCUUUACUGUGCCAUCUCCUCCUGGUGCUCCAGAGAUCCUGGCAUCAGGAAAGGACUUUGCCACCAUUGAGUGGCUGAAACCAGAGAGCGAUGGAGGUAGCCCAUUGAUCCAUUACUUAGUCGAGAGACGUGAGAGAAAGAGUGCUCGCUGGGUGAAGGUGAACAGGGAUGGUGCUCACUUAGACACCACGCUGAAAGUGUCCGGUUUGACUGAAGGCAACAUCUACCAGUUCAGAGUGACGGCCAUCAACAAGGCUGGAGAAAGUGAGCCCAGCGAGGUUUCUCUAUAUGUUGUCUGCAGAGUGCCAACAUGUACCCCUGCUCCUCCUUCUAUUCCUCGUAUCAGUGACACACACGCUGACAGCAUCAGCCUGGCCUGGUCCCGACCCGUAGAGGAUGGAGGAGCUGAUGUGAUUGGCUAUAUUCUAGAGAUGAAGGAAGUGGGAGCAGAAGAAUGGAAGAAGGCCCAUGAAAAGACCCUGCGUACCACAGAGUAUGUAGUAACCGGACUUUCAGCAGGCAAGAAGUACUGCUUCAGAGUGGCCGGCAUUAACAUUAAUGGUACAGGAGACUUCAGUGACCCAUGUGCUGAGACCGAGCCAGUGGAGAGAAUUGAAACUCCUGACUUCGAGCUCCAUGAUGACCUUAAGAAAACUAUCUGCUUGCGGGCCAGUGGCUCCCUUCGCUUAUUUGUUCGUGUCACUGGUCGUCCUGCUCCUACAAUAACGUGGAGCAAGCCUGGUGUUGACCUCCACAACAGAGGCUUCAUUGAGGUCACCAACACUUCCACCACUCUCAUUAUUGACAAAGUCAACCGCUACGAUGCUGGCAGGUACACUCUGGUGGCGGAGAACUCUGCCGGGAAACAGGAAGUCAGCAUUUUGGUCAAGGUUUAUGAUACUCCUGGACCAACUGGGCCAAUCAAAAUAAAGGAACUGACCAAGGAGUCUGCAACCAUCUCUUGGGAUGCUCCAACUGUGGAUGGCGGUGCUCCUGUCAACAAUUACAUCAUUGAGAGGCGUGAAGCGUCCAUGAGAGCCUACAAAACAGUCACAGCCAAGUGCAGUAAAACAUCUUACAAGAUCGAUGGCCUGAUGGAGGGCAUGCUGUAUUAUUUCCGUGUUCUCCCUGAGAACAUCUAUGGUAUUGGAGAGCCCUGUGAGACACCAGAUGUCAUCCUGGUUUGCGAGGUGCCUCUGCCACCACAAAAAUUGGAAGUGAUCGAUGUCACCAAGAGCACUGUCACCCUGGGCUGGGAGAAACCGGAACAUGAUGGUGGCAGCAGACUGAUAGGUUAUGUCAUUGAAGCCUGCAAGUUUGGUACCGACAAAUGGAUGAAGGUGGCUACAUUGAAGCUCACAGACUUUGAGCACACCAUUGAGAAGCUGAAUGAGAAGGAGCAGUACUUGUUCAGAAUCAGAGCCAUCAACAGCCGAGGAGCCAGUGAACCCAAAGAACUUGUUGCAGCUGUCACUGUACAGGAACAGAGAGUAAUGCCAGUAGUGGACUUCUCUGGCAUUCCUCAGAAGGUUGUCAAUGUGCUGGCUGGCAAGACCCUGGAUCUGGACCUGCCUAUCAUCGGCAGACCUCCUCCUGUUUGCUCCUGGUACUUUGGUGACAACAAGAUAAAAAUCACAGACCGUGUCAAGAUCAAGAGUACUGGCAAGUUCACCAAACUGACGAUGUCUGACACCACCAUCGAUGACACUGGUGACUACACCCUGGAGGUGAAGAAUGCUGUUGGUGUCAUCACUGAGUUCAUCAAAGUCGUCAUUCUCUCUAAACCUGAUGAGCCAAAGGGACCCAUCAGGUUUGACGAGAUUGAUGCCACCACCGUCACUUGCAGUUGGGAUCCUCCAAUCAGAGAUGGUGGAGCUCCCAUCAGUGGCUAUGUGGUGGAGCAGCGUGAUGCCCACAGACCUGGUUGGGUGCCUGUCUCUGACUCUGUCAGCCGACCAAUGUUUAAAUUUGAUAACCUGAUCGAGGGAGAUGAGUAUGUCUUCCGUGCAGCUGCUGUGAAUCAUUACGGCACUGGAGAAUUCCUGCAGUCUGAGAUUGUCACCUGCAGAAGCAUGAAGAAUGUUCCUGGACCACCUGGACGUCCAGUUGUUUUCGAUGUUUCUCGUGAUGGUAUGACUGUGGCUUGGGAGCUGCCAGAUGAGGAUGGUGGCCUUGAAGUUUCUGGUUACAUCAUUGAACGGAAAGAAGUCAGGGCUGAUAGAUGGGUGCGUGCCAACAAGAACCCCGUAACCAUGACUAGAUACCGGUCUACUGAGCUGAUCGAGGGUCUUGAGUACGAACACAGAAUCACUGCCAUCAAUGCCAGAGGACUUAGCAAGCCAAGUCUGCCAUCUAAACCAGCAGUGGCAACAGAUCCCAUUGAUCCACCUGGCUGUCCUCAGAAUCCAAGGAUCACUGAUACCACAAAGUCCUCUGUGUCACUGGCUUGGAGUCCUCCUGAUGAUGAGGGAGACGCUAGGGUAGAUGGUUACCUGAUUGAGAUGCAGAAGGUGGGCACUAUGGCCUGGAUCAAAUGCAACACCACACCAUCUCUAAUUUGUGAGUACACUCUGACCAACAUGCCACAAGGAGAGCAGUUCAAAUUCCGUGUGAUGGCCUGCAAUGCUGGUGGCUCUGGAGAGCCCGCUGAAGUGCCUGGAACAGUUACUGUGACUGAGAUGCUUGAAUCUCCUGAAUAUGACCUGGAGCUGAAAUACAAAGAUCUGUACGUGGUCCGCUACGGAGGAGUGCUUAGAUUAUCUGUACCCAUUAAAGGUAAACCUCAGCCAACCUGCAAGUGGUCAAAGGAUGGCGGUUUAGUGUCUGCCAGGGCUAUGAUUGCCUCCACUGAAGAUGCCAGUGAGCUUGUAAUCAAGGGAGCUGAGAGGAGUGACUCUGGUGUCUAUGAUCUCCUGCUGGAGAAUAAGGUUGGCAAGAAGAAAGUCCAAAUCAAGGUGAAGGUCAUUGGCAGACCAAGUGCUCCAGAGGGACCAAUAGUCUUUGAGGAGAUUCAGGCCAACUCUGUCAGGCUGUCCUGGAAGGCACCUAUUGAUGACGGUGGCUCAGAAAUCCUUGGUUAUAUUGUGGAAAGACGUGAGGCAACCAGAAAUGCGUGGUAUACUGUAGACUGUAGAGUGACUGAAACUCAGUUGCUUGUUAAGGGCCUGAAGGAGGGAACAGAGUAUCACUUCAAGGUCACAGCUGAAAACUCAUUUGGUAUCAGUGCAUCCCUGAAGUCUGAACAGCCAGUGGUACCCAUGACUCCUCUCUGUUCCCCUGAGCCUUCAACUACCCCACCAGAGAUUAUGGAUGUCACCAAGAGCUCAGUGGCACUUGCAUGGUCCAGACCAAAGGAUGAUGGAGGAUCUGCUAUCACUGGUUACUUUGUUGAGUACAAGGUGGUGUCUGCUGAAACAUGGUCCCGUCAUGAGGCCAAGAUAACCUCCACCAUGUUUACUCUACCUGGACUCACCCCAGAUACGGACUACCAGUUCCGCAUUGUUGCUGUCAAUGACAUAGGCGAGAGUGAGGCAGGUCCUGUGUCGGACCCAGUCACAUGCAAAGAUCCAUUCGACAAGCCCAGUCAACCAGGUGAAAUUGACACAGUGAACGUGAGUAACAACAACAUAACAAUCCGCUGGCAAGCUCCAGAGUGUGAUGGUGGAAAGGAGGUCCUGGGCUAUUGGUUGGAAUACAGGAAGUCCACAGAGAGCACCUGGAAAAAGUGUAACAAGGAGAGACUUAAGGAAAAGGAGUUCACGGCACGUGGACUAGCUGAGGCCACAGAAUAUGAAUUCAGGGUGUUUGCUGAGAAUGAGACGGGAAUGAGCAGGCCUCGUAGGACUGCCACAUGUAUCAAAACCAAGCUGACUUCUGAAACUAAACCAAGCCUGAGAAAAGAAAUGGAUGAAGUAACUGCCAAACUUGGCCAGCCUGCAGUUAUGAAGUGCCAGAUUAUUGGAAGACCCGUUCCUGAAAUAAAGUGGUAUCAUGCAGGCAAGGAAAUUAUCGAGUCUCGCAAGUACGAGAUGAGCUCUGACGGCCGCAACCACUCCCUGUCAAUUAUGACUGACCAGCAGGAAGAUGAAGGCGAAUACACCUGCAAGGCCAUCAAUGACGCUGGAGAAGCAGAGACCACAGGCAUGUUGGUUUUGGAGGCGGCGCCAUCAUUCCACCCUGACUACCCACUGAAGGAAAUCCAUUUUGCUGGCCUCGGAACUACUCUGCGUAUCCAUGCUGUUUACAUUGGCCGUCCUGAGCCAAAGAUCAUGUGGCUGCAUGGGGCAAAGACUCUGGAAAACACAGAAGAUAUAAGCAUUGAGACCACUGAGCACUACACACAUCUGGUCAUCAAGAACGUGCAGCGCAGAGUCCAUGGAGGCAAAUACAGAAUAAGACUGCACAACCACUUUGGCCGAGCUGACACCGCAUUCAGUGUUGAAAUCUACGACAAACCUGAUAUACCUCAGGGUCCCAUUGUUCUGGAUGCCCUGCUGAAGAACUCAGUGAUCAUCAGCUGGAAGCCUCCCAAAGAUGACGGUGGCUGCAUGAUUACGAACUAUAUUGUGGAGAAGCGUGAGGACAGGGAGGGCUCAGAGUGGGAACUGGUGUCGUCAUCCAUCAAUGGCACAUCCUGCCGUGUGCCCAACCUCAUCGAGAGUGCUGGAUACUUCUUCCGGGUCUAUGCCCAGAAUCGCUAUGGCAACAGCGAGCCGCUGGAGCUCACUUGCCCGAUCCUCAUCAAGAGUCAGCUGGAGAGACCAUCGCCACCUCUAUCACCAGUUGUUUCUGGAAUUACUAAGGAUUCCUGCGUGGUUUCCUGGAAACCCCCUCUCAGUGAUGGUGGAUCCAAGAUCAAGAGCUACUACCUGGAGAAGAAGAACAAAAAGGACAGGCGGGAAUGGACUGAAUGGACUCCAGUGACCACAGAUGAAAUCAAACAAACAGUCUUUUCUGUGAAGCGCCUGACCGAGGGUGUUGAGCACAUCUUCCGUGUCAAAUGCGAGAAUCUUGGAGGGCAAAGUGACUAUAGCGAGGAGACCACUCCCAUCAUUCCAGCCGCAGCUGUCGAGAUCCGUGCUCCUGCCUUUAAGGAGGAGCUGAGGAACAUGAGUGUCAAGUACAAGAGCAAUGCUACCCUUGUCUGUAAGAUUACAGGACAGCCCAAGCCUGUAAUUAAAUGGUUCAGACGAGGAAAAGAGGUCCAUUCUGAUGGAAAGAAGAUCAAGAUCCAGGAGUUUAAGGGAGGUUACCACCAGCUGGUCAUCACAGAGGCUGACGAGGAAGACUCUACUGUUUACCAGAUUAGGGCCACCAACCAGGGAGGCUCCAUCUGUGCCACUGUCUCUCUGGAUGUUGAAAUUCCUGCCAAGAUCAACCUGCCAAAGAAUCUGAAGGACAAGGAAGCCAUCCCUGCCCUGCGUGGAGAGGUGGUUAAUAUCAAGAUUCCUUUCAGUGGAAAACCAGAUCCUGUCAUCACAUGGCAAAAAGGACAAGAUCUAAUUGACAGCAAUGGACACUACCAGGUCAUUGUCACCAGAUCAUUCACUUCUUUGGUGUUUCCCAAUGGAGUGGAGAAGAAGGACGCUGGUUUUUACAUCGUCUGUGCCAAGAACAGAUUUGGCAUUGACCAGCAAACAGUUGAGCUGGAUGUAGCUGAUGUGCCUGAUCCUCCACGUGGUGUCAAAGCCAGUGAUGUUGCGAGAGACUCUGUGACACUGAACUGGGUGGCACCAGCAAAUGAUGGUGGCAGUAAGGUCAUCAGCUAUAUCAUUGAGAAGUGCCCCACCACAGCUGAGAGGUGGCAGCGUGUUGCCCAGUCCCGUGACACCCAUUACACAGUUACCAAUCUGUUUGGCGGAACGAGCUAUCAGUUCAGAAUUAUUGCUGAAAACAAGUUUGGACAGAGUGCCCCAUCUGAGUCAAGCGGACCUGUCAUGACAAAAGAGGACAAAUCCCGAGUUCUGCUCUAUGACAGGGAGGUUGAUGAUACAGGAUAUGUCCCCAGGAGCAAGGCUCCACACUCUGAUGCCAAGAAUCUGCACAACAAAUUUGCCAUUGCAGAGGAAUUGGGCAGAGGGCAGUUCGGCAUUGUCCACCGCUGUGUUGAAAUUAGCUCUGAAAAGACUUACAUGGCUAAAUUUGUCAAAGUGAGAGGUGCUGAUCAGACAUUAGUAAAGAAAGAAAUUGCAACACUGAAUUUGGCCAGACAUGCUAAUUACCUUCUCCUCCACGAGUCCUUCGACAGCCCGGAGGAGCUGGUGAUGAUCUAUGAUUUCAUCUCAGGUGUUGACAUAUUUGAGCGCCUCAGUAUAGCAGAGUUUGAACUUAAUGAGCGUGAAAUUGUUAACUACAUCAGGCAAGUCUGCUCAGCUCUUGAGUUCCUUCACACUCAGAGUUAUGGACACUUUGAUAUCAGACCUGAGAAUAUUAUAUACACUACUAGAACCAGCUCGAAUGUGAAGAUUAUUGAGCUGGGACAGUCCAGACACCUGACUCCUGGAGACCAAAUCAAGAUUCAAUAUACCACAGCAGAGUAUGCUGCCCCUGAGAUCCACCAGUGUGACAUGGUUAGCACAGUCACUGACAUGUGGUCGGUUGGUGUUCUCGCCUAUGUGCUUCUCAGUGGCCUUAAUCCGUUCACAGCUGAAACCAACCAACAGACGAUCGACAACAUUUCCAGUGCAGCCUACAGCUAUGAUGAUGAAUCCUUCAAGCAAGUCAGUGUCGAAGCACUAGACUUCACAGACCGCUUAAUGACAAAGGAGCGUAAGCAUCGGAUGACUGCAGCUGAGGCACUGGCACAUCCUUGGCUCACCAAACCUGCAGAGGAGAUCAGUGCCAGAGCAAUCCCAACUGGCAGGCACAAGAGAUACUGCCAGACAAUGGUGAGGAAAGAGUGGAACACUGUUGUCUCUGGUGCCCGUGUGGCUAGCGGGGGUUCCAUUAGGUCUCAGCGUGGCGUCUUUGUUGCGAAGGUGAAAAUUGCACCAUUUGAACAUGGUCCUCUUGCAGGGCAGAUUGGCCACGCAGUGGUGAAUGAGGGUGACAACGUGAAGUUCAUUUGCAACAUUGACAACUAUGAUAGCACUACUGAAGUAACAUGGUACUGUGGUGUCAAGCAACUUGAAGCUAGUGACAAGUAUGAAAUUGAAUAUGAAGAUGGUCUGGCAGUAAUCACCAUCAAUAAGGUCACAAGAGCAGAUGAUGGCACGUACAGAUGCAAGGUUGUAAAUGAGUAUGGUGAGGACAGUGCCUACGCUGAGCUGUUUAUCAGCAGUGUUAGGUCUUACCGCGAUUUCUUCACUGCCCGUGUGGUUAAGAGAACAAAGCGCAGAGUAGAUACUGCCAGAAUGCUUCAGAAGCCACCAGAGUUUACACUUCCUCUGGUCAACCAUACAGCUUAUAUGGGUGAGGAUGUGCGCUUUGGUGUUACCAUUACUGUGCACCCUGAACCUCGUGUCAUCUGGCACAAAUCUGGACAAAAGCUUAUCCCUGGACAUGAUGAAAGGAAAUACACUUUCAUCAGUGACAAGGGCUUGUACCAGCUGAUUAUCCACAAUGUGGAGACCGAAGAUGAUGCAGAGUACAGCGUUGUGGCCCGUAACAGGUAUGGGGAUGACAGCUGCAAGGCUCGUCUCACUGUUGUUCCUCGACCUAAACCAGCAGAUCUCACCCUGAGGCCCAUGUUUAAACGUGUGCUUGCAAAUAUCGAUUGUAAGGAGGGCCAGGACAUACGUUUUGAGAUCAGAGUAUCUGGUCGUCCAUCACUGAAAUGGGAGAAGGAUGGCACGCCUUUAGCCUUUGGACCAUCCAUCGAGGUUGUCCAUGAGGGCCUGGAUUACUACAUUCUUCAUGUGAAGGACACUCUUCCUGAGGAUUCUGGUGUGUACAGAGUUACUGCUACCAACUCUGCUGGAUCCGCCAGUUGCCAGGCCACACUGAAAGUGGAGCGCACCGCUCAUGUAAAGAAGGAAUAUGAGCCCAGUGAAAAGGAGAAGCAAAAGAUUGCCAGAAAGGAAGAAUUAGACAAAAAAGUUAGGCUCUCUCAGAUUUUGGCUGGCACUGUUGUCACCCCCCUACCACCUGCAGCAGUAGAAGCUGUCAGGGAAGCCGCCACCAUGUUUAAACCUGCUGUUACAACUAAGAAGGGUGAGAAGACUGAAGCUGAGAUACAGAAAGAGCAAGAGGAGAGGAAGAAGAGAGCAGAUGAGAAGAGACUGCGUAUGCCCUAUGUUGUCCCCACACCUCGUAUCGUUAACCCAGCUGUUCUUGAAGAAGAUGUAGAAAUAAAACACUUCAAACCUCUUUCUGACAUGAAAUGGUAUAAGAAAUUGCGGGAUCAGUAUGAAUUCCCUGAGCCAAUGGAGAAAAUCCCACAGAAAAGGAUGAAGCGUAUCCGUCUGUCUCGGUGGGAGCAGUUCUACGAGGUACCAAUCAGGAUUAAGGACCAAUAUAAGCCAAAGUGGCGCAUUUCAUCUAUGACUCAGGAUGACUUGGAGACUGUGAGGCCAGCAAGGCAUCGCACUCCUUCUCCUGAGAUGGAGACCUACCACAGAAUCAGGAGGAGGUCUCUAGGUGACCUGUCAGAUGAGGAGCUGCUGCUUCCUGUGAAUGAGUAUCUGUCCAUGAAGAGAACUGAGGAGGAGAGGCUUCGUCUGGAGGAAGAACUGGAGCUUGGCUACUCCGCUUCUCCACCUAGCCUUAGUCCAGUUCGCUUUGAGUUGUCUGCCCUGCGUCCCUCAUCUCCUAGAAGGACCUACGGUGAAGAUGAAGAGGAAGAAGAAGUUCACAGAUAUGAUUCCUACAGAAUUCCAUCCAAAUAUGAGGCUGGCCCAAGUUUUGUUGAUCUCCGCCAGCGCCAUGACAAAACAACUUAUAAACCUCCAAGACAAAAGCAGAGGGUGUAUGAAGAACGAGAGGACCAGGAGCUGCUGCGGCCACACACGACUGCUCAGAGAAUCACCUCUUACAAGAGUGAACUCAAACGAAUGGAGUUUGAGGAGAAGACACGAAUCUCACAAAAGGAAAGCACUGUUGCUGUUUCAAGAAUCUCUGAAGUCACAGAAUCUGAGCACCUGACAGCUUUUACCUCAGAAUAUAUCCCUAAACCAAUCAAAAAGCUCCCAGAGCCCGUGAGGAAAAGAUCCCCUACCCCAGAAAAGGCUGUCAAGACAGAUGUGACACUCCCUAAGGUUGACUUCAUGUCCAGGUAUGAGGAGAGAAAGCAGGCUCUGAGAUCAGAGAGAAGAUCUGUAGAGAGAAAGGUUGAGGUGGUGACACAAGCACCCUUCAGCCUUGACCAUCCCCCACGGAUUACUGUCAGGAUGCGAUCUCAUCGUGUACCUUAUUGGUCCAACACAAGAUUUACCCUGAAUAUCCAGGCCAAACCUGAACCUGAGGUCAAGUGGUUCCACAAUGGAAAACAAAUCCAUGGGAGCAGCAAAUAUACCAUGACCAACAUCAGUGGAGUCCUGACUCUCCAGAUCAUCAACUGUAUGACUGAAGAUUCUGGCACCUACCGUGUGGUUUGCAAGAAUGCCAAAGGAGAGACUUCUGACUAUGCCACACUAGAUGUAGCAGAUGAAUACGCUGCCUUCUCUUCACUUCGCAAAGAUGAGGAGCCUCCAUCUGCCCAUCUGCCAGAGAUGACCAAAACAGAGGUAUAUCACGUCUCAUCCUCUAAAACAUCAGUAACGGAAGCUGUAACUGAGACUGUGAAGGAGACCACUACUGUUGUUGAGAAGCCAAAGGAGAAGCCCAGUGUCCCUGCCAAAAUUCUGACUAAGCCACAGUCCCUCACUUUAGAGGAGGGACACACUGCCAGAUUUGAAUGUGAUGUGGAUGGCGAACCAGCACCUUCUAUAAGCUGGCUGCGUGAAGGAGCAGUUGUUGCUCCCUCUGCCCGACACCACAUUGUGUCUACUCAGUACAACUCCUCCUUUGAGAUCUCCUCUGUUGAGAUGUCAGAUGAAGGCAGCUACACUCUCUUAGUCGAAAACGCUGGAGGCAAACAAGAAGCCCAUUUCACCCUGACCAUCCGGAAGUCUGAGUCAAAGGAGAAAGUGGUUGCCCCUCCCAGAAUAACUUCUCCAGAAGCUAAAUCCCCUCUUGCAAAGUCCCCUGAACCGGUCAAAUCUCCCCAGAGGGUGAAAUCCCCUGAGCCAGUCAAGUCACCACAGAGAGUGAAGUCUCCAGUCUCACCAAAAUCCCCAACACCAAAAUCUCCAACACCCAAAUCUCCAACCCCAAAAUCUCCUACUCCCAAAUCCCCAGUCACAUCUCAGAAGGAACAAGCGAUUUCUCCAAUCAAGCCAAAGAGAGUGAUGUCACCGCCUCUUGGAAAGAAGCCGUCCUUCUCUGUUGGGCUGAGUGACAUCACAGCGUACUGUGAUUCUGCUGUGAAGCUGUCAGUAAAGUUGACAGGAGAGCCCACACCUACAAUCUCGUGGAUGAAGGAUGGAAAGGUUUUGUCUCAAGGUGGAAAGUAUGAGUUAUUUGAGGAUUCUGGCUCAGCUCAUCUCGAGAUCUAUGAAUUGGAGGCCUCUGAUAGUGGGGUGUACAAGUGCACUGCUACAAACAGCGCUGGAGCAGUUUCAACUAUGUGUACUGUCAGUGUACAAGGCUCAAAGAGCUCCAAAACAAAAGCUGAAAUCUCUGAGGAAGUUGUAAAAAGAGAAAUGAUCCAUGAAGAAAUCUCGUCUUCUGUAAAGGAGGUGAAGACCUCCCACAGCCAGAUGUCGAUCACAGAGGGCCAGUCUCUAACACUGAGGGCGAGCGUCCCUGGUGCCUCUGACGUCAGAUGGAUCCUAAAUGGGGUUGAACUGACCAACUCGGAGCAGUACAGAUAUGGAGUAUCUGGAAGUGACCACACCCUAACCAUCAGGACGGUGACUGAGCAUGAGCAGGGGAUCCUCACGUGUGAGGCGCAAACACAGCGAGGACUGGUCCGGUGUCAGUUUAACACCACGGUCACCACCAAGCGAUCAGACGCGCCUCAUUUUCUGGUGCAGCCCAGGUCCCAGAAUGUUAAUGAAGGACAAAAUGUGAAAUUCAUGUGUGAAAUUGCAGGAGAGCCUUCUCCUGAAGCGGAGUGGUUGAAAGACAACAUGAUUAUAUCUGUCACAUCAAACUUGAAACUGAGCCGCUCUAAGAAUGUGUAUACUCUGGAGAUACGUGAAGCCACAGUUGCAGACAGUGGGAAAUACACAGUAAAGGCCAAAAAUCAGUUUGGACAGUGCUCUGCAACUGCGUCCCUCAACGUCCUCACUCUUGUUGAAGAACCGACAAAAAUUAUAAUCGCAGAACAAAGAGCUUCUACUGACACUGCAGCGAGCAUGCAGAAAAGAUUCAUGGCCUCCUCAGUUCACAUGGAAGCAGCUUCCAUGCAGGCCAGCAGUGUCAGCAGCAGCUCCCGCUCUGCUGCUGCCGGGUUUUCAUUUGAGAGCAUGUCUGCGACUAGCAUGUCAGCCACGAUGGCCGAGUCGGUGGUUUCCAUGAGCUCCAGGAGCACGAUGAUGGAAAUGUCUGCUCAUACGCAUGCCGAGUCCUCGUCCUCACUGAAGGCCCUCACCACGGGGAUUAAAAGAGGCACUCCACCAAAGGUCGAAGCUCUUCCAGAGGAUGUGUGUGCAGAGCCAGGGAAGUCUCUAACCGUAGUGGGGAUGUUCUCCGGAGACCCCACACCCUCUGUCCAGUGGGUCCGCUCAGGUCGGACGCUCCCCAAUGGGGAUGAGCGAUACCACGUGGAGAAUACCACUGACCUCUCCACCCUCGUGAUCUCUGCAGUGAAGGAGGCUGAUGCCGGAGCGUACACCCUCAGACUGUCCAACGAGCUCGGCUCCGACUCUGCAACCGUCAACAUUCGCAUUCGGUCCAUGUAAAAAGGAAGACAAAGUCAAUUCACGCCCCCCGUUUCCCUCAUCCAGAACCUCUUUAUUUAGUGACGCAGCACCAAUAAUCCUACUUGAUAAAGAUCUGGAUUUCUGUUCUUGUAAAUAUGAACUAUUUUUGACAUUGAUUUAUGCCAAACUAGACUAAAGUCUAAAGUUGUUAUAAAAUGUGCCAUAUUGGACAGUUAUGACUUAGGAUUUUUGACAGACGUUUCUGUGACAUGUACAUAAUGUAUAUAGCCGAAUUUAACGGUUAUGGGAAAUGUAUGCAUUGUUAUUUAUGACAAUAUAAUAUUAACUGAAACAAAAGAACAAAUGUUUGAACAGGAGAAAGUUUCCGCUGGAACGAAUACCCUGUGAAACCAAGAAACUAAAAUCUGUGCCUCAACGGUAAGUUGAAGUCUUUAAGAUUGCCUCGGCAGGUAGAGAGGUUCCCUGCUGACGUUAUAAAUCAGAAACAGAAGGACAACGUUUUUUAUUGUAUUUUAUUGUUUUUUGGACGCGCUCCUGAGCGUGGGAUAUUACAGUUUCAUAUGAAUUGUACCAUGAGCGUAAGACCCCGAGUGCUGUUUUCAUUACCCUCGUGUAAGCAGCGCAAAACGGCCUUGCGCUCUGACCGACUGUGUCGUACCACCACAAUUUGAUGACCGGCUCCGAGUGUGAGCGGCCUGCACUCGGAGCGUUAAGAUCAUUUUAAUGAAGAGCGCUGCUUCUGGCGCAGGACGGCCGGCCUGGCUUUGGAAAACAGAACAUCUCCUGGCCAAAUAAGUGAAGAGAAAGUCAGAGCCGGCUCUUCUGUGCAGAAGCAGCGCCGUCUCUCGGAGGACAGUUAGCAACAUGCUUUGUGUGUGUGAGUGUUUGUAGCUUUUAGUCGUUUCACCGUGUCAGUAGUCAGGGUCUCCUUCGUUCGCCACAGGGACUUCAUGUCCCGUGAAGAGAAAGCAGUUAAGUCUCGCCCUGCACUUUGAGUUCAUUGAUCUGUUGAUGUAGAAUUGUUUCCUCCUCCUUGAGAUUUGUGCAUUACUGAUUUAAUAAAGCAUGAUUUCAGCACUA